AUGUUUGAAACAAUAGGUAAGACAUGAUACCAAAACACAUUUAGAUACUUAACAAACCCUUUUCAUUCUCUUUUUAAGGAGCUAUGGUGAACUGUGUUUCCUCGUGUUUAUCUAAAUUCAGGAGAAAUACAUGUGACGUUCAUCGGUAAACAGUUCACUGAGAUGAAGUCCUGGUGGAGAUUAAUGUCUAAGACUGCUGGCAAGAAAUGCUUAUAGAUCUAUAUGAAGAUGUAUUAUGCCAAGUGAGGUCAUUGGUCCAUCUUGCUCAGUACUCUUGACUAGGAGCAGCUCUCUAAGGUCUUAGGCAGAGCUAUUUAUCAGCCCUGUUAGCAGUGUUAGAAACAAAUGGCUCCUUAAACCAAGGUUACAUUCACCAAAAUGGAAUGUCUAGUUGCCAUUUUGGGGCAAGCCAGCUCCAGUGUCUCAUUUUUCAAAUGAUAUACUGACUGCGAUUGAUUCUCUGUUAAACAUCUGGCUAGCUCAGAUGACUGCCUUGAACUAGGUUAAGAACUUUGACAACCUAAAGCAUGGCAGUGGGGUGGGGUAAGUGAAGUGAAGAUGCACCUCUAGAUGGUGUAAAUGCCAGGUUACAUUCUGGCACCCUGGCAUCUUCAUUGAGUCUCAAGUGACCGAUAGCCAGGUGCAAAAUGCACCUGGUGCUUGGCUUAUUUCAAACACUGCCUAUUAGCUGAUAAUUUUUAGCUAGAGAUUGAACUUGGAGCCAUCUGCAUGUAAAGCAUAUUCUCAGCCUCUGAGUUAUAGCCUCUUGCAGAUGGGUGUUGGUGUCCAAGGAAGAGGUGAAGUUGAUCUCAUUAGUUAAGCCAACACCUGAAGCAGAUAGUAGAACAAUGAAGCAAGGUGAACAGGCCCUGGAUGGGGAAGACAGCUGUGGCUCAAUCUGGGACAGAAGGCCAAAGGGCAAGACAAAAUAAACAGGGGCCUUCAAAGGCAUUUCGUAUGGAACAAAGCCACGUCUCAAGUAGUAUGGUUGGAAGGACAUUCCCAUAUAUGGAUAGAGGAGAAUGAUUGGACCAUGUUAUUGGUACAUCCAUCAAUCAAUGAUUGGGCCAUAUGAUUACUAUUGUCUGGAAAGGAGGACUAUACAUUCCUGAGCUUCAAAACAAUGGUGCAUCCAUCAUUUUGUGUUAGCUCCCUGAUAAAAAUCCAUUCAGGAAAUCAGAAUCCAUUUGGGCCAUGGGUUAACUGUAGAAAGCUAAAAUGCAGUCACUUAAAAGUAUAAUUAAAUGCAUAUUCUGCUAGUGUUGUGCUGUGACAGGGCAGUUUCCACUAAACCGGAUGUUUAAAAAAAGUGUGUGGAGACAUCCACAUUUCCAUCUUGUUUUAAGAGCUGAUAAAGUAGCAUGUAAGCAUCUAUGCCUAACAGUAUAUACGCACAUUAAGGGUACCAAGUAAUAGGGAAUAUUCUUUCAGAUACUCACCGGGCCCUCCAGGCAGUGGAACGCCUGCAAGCUAAGUUACGGGAACGAGGUGAUACAGCAAAUGAAGAGAAACUGAGUUUACUGAAAUCAGUGCUGCAAAGUCCUUUGUUCAAUCAAAUCCUAAACCUUCAGGCUUCUCUUCCACAAUCAAGAGAUCAGGUAGGAUGGUACCAUCUCCAGGGGAAAGAGGAAAUGCCAAUAUGACUUUGUCAAAUCCUUUUAUCUGAUAACUCUCUGAACAGCUUGCAAAAUAGACGCCAAACAGUAAAAAGGUCCAAAAUUUUCCUUGUAACUUAGCAAGUUUGGCAUUCUUAAAGUUAAUUUAUGCAGUUUUCUCACUGAAUACUGAUCAUAGGUAUAACCUGUAAACUUUAGGAAUACUAUUACUACUGAACUUAGGAUAACUGGUAUCACACACUAUUUUCCCCAAGGUGUUUUGUGAAGAAUGGUGCCAUUUAACCUCUGUCAGACUAGCUUGAGAGUAGUGGGGAUUCAUUCUUUGACCUUAUUUUUAGCUGUUGGAAAUAAAAGAGAAGUUUCACAUUUGCACUGACAUUGUGAGAUGAAUAUAUAUAUUUAUUUCACAAAAUGUGGAUACCUCAAAGCCCUCAAAGUGGUUUGCAUAAAAGAUAAAACAAUAAAAUUAUUAUUGCUAAAAACAUUACAACCGUUUGCUAACUUGUGCAACACAGAAGAAUGCUGGUGUUAAGCCCUGCCUUGAGUUAUGUGACGCAUGCCUGUGGAAACAUACCAUUCGUAAUGAAGGCCCGACUCCAGCCAUUAUCAGGAAUGUGAUAAGAAUGGAAUGCAGUUGUCAUAAGGAAUAUGAAUCGCUAACAGUGCAGAACUAUACAUGCCCGCUCAGAAGUAAAUCCCAUUGAGUUCAAGGGGCCUGAUCCUCAGUUAGGUGAGUGUAGACUUGUAGUCUAACAUGCCUGGUUUUCACUCAAAUGAGUGGAACACAAAUGUGUGAGGUGCUGGUCAUAGUUUAAAUAUAGAGGCAAUUGUCACACAUCUUUUUUAUUUAGUUAAAUGUGGUGCAUUGAAGCGAGUAUAACAACAACAACAACAACAACAACAACAACAACAACAACAACAACAACAUUAUUCUUUGUACCCCGCUCAUCUGACUGGGUUAUGACAAAUUUAGUAUAACAUUAGUAUUACUGCUACAUAUCUCAGCCAUUAGCCACCUUUUGAAGAAAUGAAAACAUAAAAAUCUUUUACUUCUAUUUUUCCUUUUGCUAGAAGCAACAACGUCUUUGCUCAUCCACGUAUAAUAUGGCUUAUUACAUUCUGAGCCCCCUGUUAUCAUUAUUACAGUGCCUUUACUCUUCUGCGCUAUGUAUUUUUUUUAAAAAAUGUGCAUUUUUGGGCAUAGUUGGGAAAGAAUUCCUUUGAUGAGAUAUGGAGCUUCCUUGUCUGCGUGCUAAAGGGCUGGAAGAACCAAAGCUUAAGGAGUUUUUAGUUAUUUGUUUCAAACAUUUCACUUAAGCGUGGAUGUUUUAUAACUGAUGCUCAGAUGCCUGUUGAUAGGUUGCCUUGUAAACCUUUUCAUUAAAAUAAACAAGAUUUGUUGCUUAUGUUGAGGAUUUUAAAAUGCAAAGUAAGCAAGAUAAGUAGGAAGAAAAUCCCAACAGCUAGGGACUAAACCAAACUGAAUCAAUUCUCUCUUUCAGAGAGAGAAACUGGUACUUUGCCUUCAGCACUCAUUUGCAUGUCAGCACGCUAAAAGCAAGCGCAUAUUUUCCCUCUGAGCAUUCCCACUCUGUCCGUUUUUCUAAGUCUGAUGCCAUAGCAAAAGCCCGGUGUUUGAAGAUAAGGGAGCAACGACAAAACUAAAAGAAAUAAAAAUAAAUUCUGCUCUUGUGAUAUAACGAACUUCUUAAGUCUUCAUUUGGCUUUUGUUUAUAAUUUGGAAUAUUUAAAUAUUCAAAUAAAAACAACCACAACCACCACUCAGUGUUGGCAAUCCAGCUUUCGCUCCAACAGUGCUUGCUUCCCCUCCUCCACUGGAAAAGCUCAAAGCUGUGCUAAUGAGAAAAAUCCCUUUCCUUGGCUGGGUGACAUUCUUCAAAUUUUUUUCAUACAAGUUUGAAGAUAGAUUUUGCAGGGUGGAAAAUUACUGACUGCAGUGUAAGGGGUCUAGCCUGUCUUCACGUGCACCCCUUUUAAGUCCUGUUUCUACUUCCUUAGUGGUUUCCUUCUUUCUUUCUUUCUUUCUUUCUUUCUUUCUUUCUUUCUUUCUUUCUUUUGAUAGUGGCUUCAACCGGAGUUGCAUUGAGAUGUAACUAUGCUUGCUUUCCUUUGAUUUGUAGCCUGUGCACAGCCCCAGCUGGAAAAAAAAAGUGCUGGAGCUUAUCUUGUAUUCCACUGGGAAAAAAUGUGUGAAGAAAAACAGCAGAACCAGACAACUGGUUCUGUUGCAGGCAGUUCUGGCGUUACUCGGAGGCUGUGGUAUUAUUCACUCUUAUUUACAUGGGUCUAAGUCCCAUUGAACGCAGGACUGAUUUCUGAGUAGACCUGCACAGGAUUGUUCUGUAAAUUGCAGAACUACUUAAUUACCCUAAACACCAAACUAUCCAGUGUGGAUCACACCAAAUCCUUUUGCCAUUGUCUUUCUACCCAGCUACAGAUUGCUCUUGGUUCAGUGCUUCCUGCUUUUAAGAACCAUGUCUGUACCAACGUUCCUUCAAUUAAGACACUGAGCUCUCAGAGAAAGAUAUCACAAGUCGGAAGUCCCCUGUGAAAAUCAUGGCACUGUGCUAAGCACCUUCUCCACCUUGGGGAAAUUAUAAACCGUCAGUGUAGAAGGUGCUGGACACAAGACUCAGCUGCAAAUACAAUGUUUUAAGUGUGUUUUGCAUGCAUUAUACAAAUGUGACACUAGAUGGCAUUAGUCUUAUACAUGGGGGGUGUUAUACAUGGAAAAAUAUGGUACUCCUUAGAGGCAUAACCUUUCAUGGAAGCCACUGUUGCCAUCAGCUUUUUUAAGUUGGAAAAGAAGAAAUAUAAACUAGGUUCUGAGACCAGUUCAAAUUUCCAAGAGUUUUGUGCAACUUCCAUUGCUAUUUUAUCAGGUAGUCCAAUUGCAUAGUUUUCUUUAUACAUAUAAGGCAAUAAAUUCAACCAUGAUCAUAGUAUCCCUGUUUUCAGCAGUGGACAGCGCAGUGGGGCUGCUCCGCUUACCUGAGCUCCCCUCAGCUGAGUUGCGUCUGCAUACUGGGAGGGAGAGGGGAGCACGAGGAGGCAGUAAGUUUUGUGCAAUGCAAAUGAGCCAGCAGGAGCACCGGAUUGGCUCUCCUGGUUUGCUUGCAGCAUGCCAGCUUCAUCACUGCUUCACCUCUUGCCCUCUCCAACUCAAUAUGCAGCAGCAACCUGGCACAAAGGAGCUCAGGUUAAGUGGCGCUGUGUCUUAGUGCCCAUUUUAAGCACAGAAACCAACCCCAUCUUUAUGUGUUCCUACAUGCAUUGACACCCUAGCUCCACCUUCCUAGCAAAACUUGUGCUCCUGUAGGUUGCAGAUGAAAUGCUUUACCAAAGAAUGCACUUUGAACAAAGAACAAGCAGGGAUCUCCUAAAUUUUAUUGCCCUUGCUCUCCUUCUCUUCGCUCCUUUCAGUGCGAGUUAAGGCAAAAGUUUUUGAAAUAAGUGCUCACUCUCAUUUUGUUGCCUAAAAUGCUGACAUUCCAUAAAUGCAACUGAAGUAGAUUUUUUUUUUAAUUGGAUAACAUUUCAAACAAAAUACAGAAAGUAGCAUUUGAUUGCAAUGAAAGUUACCCAAAUGUACAUUUUAUCAUAUAUUGUGGCAUCGAAGGGUGGUGGGUUUUUUUUUUGUUUCCUUCCAAAUUAUGCCAAUAUUGCAGAUGUUAUAUACAGUAAAAGGAAAGGCAAUUGUGGCAAAUUAGCUUAAGGCAAUUUAUAGAACAAAGCUAUGCUCUUUUCAUACAGUACAUACAUAAUCACUUUGCUAUAAAGCUACCUCAUCAUGGAGUUAACGGUAGCUUUUUUAUUGUGAAGCAGAACACUUUAUAUGCAAUGAAAAAUAUGACUUACAACUACAAAAGGCAUUAUUGUUGUGUGGCAGUGAUCACUGAGCUACUUUAGAAUAUGUCACAUCUGAACUGAAUCACAUGCAGAUACAGACACUCAGAGAGUCCUAUUGUUUCCUGUGGAAAUACUUAAUCUGGAUGAGCACACACCUGCGUUUCUCUCCCCACCCCAACCCCAAUUUAUUUUAUUAAACUUCCAGAAAUUCCAGCUACAAUUCCAAUACAUAUUAAAAAAAACAUUCUUUUAUAUUAUUGACUUCCCAUCCCAUUUUCUGUGAUGUUUUUCUUAUCCCCUUCUUGCUGCACCCUGGUUUCCCUUUUUCUUUCUUUUUUUUAACAAAAAUCGUAAUACAACAGUCUCUAGUUCUUUCUGCUACUCAUAAUUCAAAUCCUGCUCAUGGGUUCUUCAAAUUAGAAUAUUGGAUUGGUUCAAAUAAUCCGGAAAGGGCUUCCAUUCUUCCAAAAAUAAAAACAAAAAAUCAUCAAUUGAUUCUCUUAUUUUAGCUGUUAGCUUUGUUGAUUCGACAUAGUCCAUAACUUUGCUUAUCUAUUCUUCUUGAGUAGGAACUUCUUCCUUUUCCCAUUUUUGAGUGUAAAGGAUGCUAGUUGCUAUAAUUACAUACAUAAACAACUUAGCAAUCUUUUUUGGAAUUUCUGUCCCUAGCAGUGUCAGGUUUUUUGGGGCUUACUUUAAACAUCUUUUUUUUUUAUGUCACCAUAUAUCAUUUCCCAUAAUGCCCUGCCAACCUACCAGUUCAAAAACGAGUAGAUAAAUAGGUACCACUGUGGCAGGAAGGUAAACAGCGUUUCUGUGCACUCUGGCACUCGUCACGGUGUCCCGUUGCACCAGAAGCGGUUUAGUCAUGCUGACCACAUAACCUGGAAAGCUGUCUGGGGACAAGCGCCGCCUCCCUCGGCCUGAAGCGAGAUGAGUGCCGCAUCCCAUAGUCAAGUUUGACUGGACUUAACCGUCCAGGGGUCCAUUACCUUUACUUUACCUUCUAGGUAUUCACACAUAAACUGUAGCUGUGUGGUUCUGAUGCCCCAAGUGCAUGUACAUAGGGCCAAGAAGAAUCAGUCUGAGAGUAGGGAAUACCACCUUUUCCUUGACAGAAGGCCAUCUGUCCUGAACUGGUGAAUUUAACAGGCAGAAAUUAAUUGGACCAUCUUUCCCAUCACUGUAUCUCUGUGCAGAGAAAAAUGGCACGUGUUCAGUUCCUGCUCAUUUCUAAAGCUGUUGGGGAUUUCUUGAGGGAAAGGUGCUAAUCCUAGCUGGAGCCAGAGUAGUACAGUAGGUCAAGAUUCAGAUACUCAUGUGCUAGCUUUGGGCAAGUCGCUAUGUCUCAGCCCUCACAGGGUGGUUGUGGAAGAGGCCAGACAUGUAGGACACACUGAAUGUUGGAAAGUGUUACAGAAACGAUUGGUGUAUUCACUGAACAGGACAAGAGUGUCAUUAACCACGACUUGAAGCUGUCAUGUCACUUAAAUUGUUUACUAUUGGCCAAUUGCAUUCACGGUGGCUAAAAUAUUUUUUUUCCCCAUACACCUGAGUUACUCUCUCGUUUUUGUGUUUGGCUUGGUUUUACCCACCCCCUCUGCUGCCCUGUAAUGCAGUAACCAGAAGCCACUUUGUCUGACAUAGUCUUUUCACAUUAAGCUAAUCCCCUUUGAACAGGCAACUCAAUUUCUUUAAUUAGCUUUAAGAAUAAAGAUCAUUAGAGUGGAGUGCCACUAUCAAUUACUAUGGACAAGUUAGUAGUCAAUAAUACAUCAGAACUCUACCAUAGUCUAUACUAAAGCAUUAUUAAAAAACAACAAGAAGUCUUAGGAUCUUGAAUUAGAUGAAUUAAGGUUAUGUUUUCAUUCUUCUCUUCUGCAGCUGAUCUAAAGGCAUACUAGGAAGCUGUGCUUCACUUUUCCCAGGGUGGAUUUGAUUUAAAUCAAAUCGAUUUAAAUCACUAUUUAAAUCACUAGUCAGUAAGGCUUGAUUUAAAUCUUUUUUAUUUUAUUUUACUGAAAGGCAUUCCUGCUAGUAUAUUCUUAAUAUUUACAACCAGAUGAAGGUUUCAUUUUUGGAAUAAUAAUUUUUCAGAAUAGUUUUUACAGUUAUAUAAAAAAUUACUGAUUUGGUUAUACUGUUAGAAAUACAUACACAGAUAAUUAUUGUGAGGUUUAAUAAGUUAUCUGUUUAUAUUUGGACAACUUUUCUGCUGUACUUUAUUGGAAGGAGAAAAAUAAUCAUUUCCUUAAUAACAAUUUAAACAAAUUAAUUCAAACAAUAACAUUAUAGUAUAUGUAUCCAUGUUUGUUAACUGAUGUAGUUAAACUAAAAAAAAACAAAAAAAACCCCUUAGACUGAGUUUCAGCACACAUGAAAAACUUAAAACAAAUCCUUAUUUCCUGAUGGCCUUUGGACUAUAAUGUAACUUAAAUAGAAAACUAUCUUUAGAAAGAUUUUUUUUCCUCCAAAAGCAUUUUAUUUUAAAAAUCCAAUUUAAAUUAAAAAGAUUGAUUUAAAUUAAAACAAAAUCCAAUUUAAAUUAAAACAAUCCAUUUUUUAAUAUAUAUAUUUUAAAAAUCAUUGAUUCACCUUGACUUUUUCCCAUUCUACCUUUGGAAGGGUAGUAAGAGAGAAAUAUUUUCUUUCUAAAGCAGUUUCUUUGCAUUAGCAGAAGCAUGCUAUGUUGUUCCCUAAGAGAGGGGAGAAUUAAUAGUUUGAUGAGCUUCCAAGAGCUGUGAUUUGUUAAAAGCAUUGAAGCCUGUCCCCAUUUUAUAUUUCAAGAGAGAUGGCCUUUGUUUUCCUUGUGAGAACAUUAAGUCAUAUUUUCCAGCAUUCUGUCUUUUGACAGUGGAUGCACCCAAAAUAGCCCUUAGGCUGCUAUAGAAUGAUCUAUCCAAAUGUUUUGUUUGUAAUGUCUAAGAUCUUCUCCUGGUGCUAUAUUCCCCAAAGUUUAGAAAUAAUCCUACGGACCACUGCUUCUUUCAGCUGGUUUCUGCUGGCUAUAGCAUUUGUAAUGUGUCAUGCUAGAUGCUGUGUGAUUUCGAAUUGUAAUUUUAUUGCUUCUUUUAUUUCUUAUGUUCCACAAAAUUCAAAUGGUAAUAAAGGAAAAUAUAAUAUAAGGAAUAAAAGAAGCAAUGAAAAUAUAAUUGAAAAUCAAUAUGAAUAUUAAAUGCAGACGCACCACGGUUUGGCACCCCAGACAUACCUAACACAAGUACAUAAAUAUACAACAUUUUGUUCAUAUAUUAGAAAUAAUUGAAGAGCACCUUAUCUCCCUACAUAAUAAUUAUUAGCAAUCAAUAAGCGAUAUAGUUUCAGAAAGUAUAGUAUACUAUGCAGAAAAGCUGUUAUACUUAUCUGUAGCCAUACCAUAUCUGUUUUUUAUACCUUCAAUCUACAGAAGUAAUUUACUUCUAAAAAUUUCCUUUUUUUGUUUUCUGCGACGCAGUUGGACCAUUUCAAACCAUUUCUGCUAUUCUUUUAUCAUAAGUGGUUGCUUGUUGUUGCAUAUUUGAGCUACUGACAGAUUGACAACAGUUAAUAAAUUCCACACCAGUUAUUUGGGGUUUAAUGUGAUCAUCCUGAUAGCCCAACAAAACUGUCCAAGGAUUUAAUGGUAUAACCUAAAGGGUCAUUAGUGUGAUUAAUCUGAUUACUUCUUCCCAAUAUUUCUUUAUUAAUGGGUGGGACCACCAGAUCUGCAUUUGAGGAUCUACACCUCAAGUCUUUGUCCUAACUCCCAGUGUAUAUUUUUCUCAGUCUAUGUGGUAAAGCAGUUGCUAACAUUCACUUACAUUUUCUAGUCUUUGGUUAUAAAUUUUAUGCCAUUCCAGCUCAGGUUUCUCUGUCCAUCACUUCCUUAUAUUUCUUCUCAAACUAUUGCCAAAAGCCCCUUUAUUGUUAUCCUUCUAAAAAUCUUACCGUCUACAUGCCAUUUUCUGUGCCCUCAUGUUCCCCGCCCCCCAAAAUAACUUCUUAACUGCCACUAAGAAAGUCAAUGUGUGGUUAUACUAAAUUUCAAUUACAGUUGACUCUUAAGCCAGCAGUGUGUACAAUAUUUAUCAUACAGUGUUCCAUGAUUUGUUUCAUGACUUCUGUAGUGUUUUAACUCUGUUUUGAACACGUGUCGUAUCAUUAAGGGCAUGAUAAACCUCCAAUGUUGGAUUAUGUGUGAGUUUUUUCUAUUUUGUUUUGUGUGUUUUGCCCAGUAACUGUGUGUUCUUAUGUUCUUCACAAAUAAAAUCCAGUAAUGUUGCAUAAUUUUUUAGGUACAUGUUGUACCUUCUAUCUCCUCAUCUGGCGAGCUCCUACAGCUUUCUCAUCAUGCUGCUAUUGUGGAAACUUCACUCCCAAAUGAAUCCUAUCUGUUGGCUCAGCAGAAUGGCAGUCUUUCUAGUGGGCUAGAAGCAGCUGCCCGAUCUCCUCAGAUUAUUGUGAAGUCUGCUAGUGAUGACUUUGAACUGCUGAUCAGAAAUAUGGCACAGGUAGGACUUCAUAACUUGAAUUAACUGUCUGGCACUGUGGCCUUCUGCUAGGGCAGACAGGUCCAACCGGUUGACCGCAAUCUACAGGUAGAUCCCCAGAUGAUCUAAUUGAUCCCUAAGUGGGAUCCAGCUGUAGUGGGCAAUGAAUGUAUCCACCCCCGCCCCCCCUUGGGCAGUCAUUAGGUGCCCGCUGCUGGCAAUUUGGGAAAUGAAAGUUGGCUUUAGCGCCGUGUGUGUUUCAAAGCUGUGGAUUGUUUGGUGUGCGAGUUAUGGCACCCCCCCUAAAAAUAACUCCACAACCCUGUGCAUUAGUCCCCAAAAAUAGCUCUAUAGCUCAUGGUACUCUCCCCUAAAAAAGCUCAUCAACCCUGUGCAAUCGUCCCUCCAAAAAGCUCAACAACUCUGGGGCACUCCCUAAAAAAAGCUAAACAACUCUGGGCAAUCCAUCCAUCCCUUCCUUCCUUCCUUCCUUCCUUCCACCCACCCACCUAGCCACCCCACGCAUGCUCCUCCUCUCUCCAACGACAGUGGGUAGAUCACUGCCAGUUUUCCUAUACUGGGAGUAGAUUGCAGUCUCUUGGGAGUUGGACGUGCCUGUGCUAGGGGAUUAGGAAUAUGCCACAAGUUUUCUCGAUUUUUACGAGCUUUGCCUCCCAAAUGUUAGCACUACCUGUAGUUACUCCAAACGCAAGUUCCUAACCCACUUUUGCAUGGUUGCAAACUGUGAUUUGUCACUAAAUUUGGUUAGUGAACAUGCUGGUGGAUAUGUAAAGGUAACCGUACUUAGUCCCAAAACUUGAAAGAGAAGGGUGAAGAGAUGCUUCAUUGUGGGAUGCCCAGACUGCCUAACCACAGUGAUCAGAACAGGACCCCUUCAUUAUGCCCCUACUGGAUUAAUUAUUGCCUGUUUGUUUAUUUGUAAUUUGUUUCGUUAAACGUGCACAAACUUUGAAACCACAUUGCUUCUGAAUUUGUUUCAAAAUGGUGCUGGUUUUUCUUACAGGGACGCCUUGUUGAAACCAUAGAACUUGUGAAGCCUCUAAGCGGUGGCCUAGGCUUCAGUGUAGUUGGCCUGAAGAGUGAAUAUAGAGGUGAACUGGGCAUAUUUGUGCAGGAGAUUCAAGACGGAAGUGUGGCACAAAGGUGAGAUUGCCAGGAACCACUUUCUUAGUCAGAUUUUAGAGAUGGGAAGAAAUCUGUAAGAGACGUGCCACUUUUAGUCAUGAGCAAUAGUAUAACAGCUACAAAGGGAUGUAUUGCUCACGACUGAUAGCUCAUUGGAAGUUAUAAAGAUUGUAAUAUUCAUGCCAUUCAUGUACAGUUUGAAUUUCAGAUCUUUCUGAAAUGGCUCCUUUUCCAAAUUGUUUAUCUAUUUUUUAAUCAUUGUGUUCAUUUAUACAUGUUGCAAUUUUCCUUUGUUGUGUGGCAAAGGAUAAGGACUGCCCAGAAAGUAUCCCACCCUUUUUAAUAUUCUUUUGGGAGCCGCCCAGAGUGGCCGAGGAAUGAAUGAACAAAUAAAUAAAUAAAUAAAUAUUCCAAAGUUCUUAUGACCUCUAUUUCCUCUUCUCACACUCUGUCCCAUUGCAACCAGUAUAUUGUUAACUCCUUCCCCUGCCUAGUUUUUCUUUUUUUAACAAGGUGAAUCUGUUGGUUUCUAUAAUUUCUUUGAUUCUUGAUAUUUCUUUGUUUCAUUCUUCUUCUGUAUUGAUGUGUGUAUUCUGCAGGUUGUUUUGUACUGCUGUGGGAGCUUUUGGUUUAAAGGGCAGCAUAUAAAUUAAUAAAAAUAAAAAUAUUUUAAAAUUCUACUGAUUUCAGCAGAAGAGAAUUAAACAUGAGUUUCAUUCUCCCGUUGGAAGCAAUGACACUUGACAGGACUUAGUUUGUGACCAAUAUAUUUUGGGCACAUAGGUUUUAAAGACUGUUUAAUAAAUUUAUUGAUCCUAAAAAGAAACGUGAAUUAGGCUCACAGCUUACUUUUAUUCAGCUUACUUUGACUCAAGUCCGAAGAAAGGCAGAUUAUGUGUUUCCCUGAAAAUACAUUCUCCACCGGCAAAUGAAUGAAUCCCUUUUGUGACUAAGUUAAGAGCAGAAAGAUGUCCUUUACAAUGUAGUUUGCUUCUUUGGUUUUAAAUAAGGAAGGCUAGUCUCCUCCCCACCUCCCUCUUACACACCUGAUGGCAGUGUUUGGUAAGUAAACUGUAUGGAUUGAUGAAUAUUCAGUACUUGUACCGUGAAUGAAGUAGAGCACAUGCUCUGUUAAGCAGCAGGCUCAAAGUCAAGAAUGAAGUUCCCAGGCUAUAGCUGGAAGAGCUGGAAGCAACCCACUUGUAAUAUGCUUAGUCUCGGAUGCGGGUGCAGGGAGAAGGAACUACCGUAGCUGUGGGGUGAAGCCAGGAGACAGUGGCAGUGGGAUUAGCUUCAAAGAAAGCUGAUCACCAGGGUGCCAAAAUAGUUGCUCACAGCAAAACUGUAGGGAAAGAUUUUUUCUAAAAAAAAAAUAAAAAAAAAUUGGGUGGGGAAACAGAAAAACAGGAUUAAAAGAAACUAUUUUGGAAAAACUGACAAACUAAUAUUUGGUGGCACUUAAUUUUGAUAAUUUCUUUUACCCUUUGCUUGCCUACAAUAGAGAUGGAAGGCUGCAGGAAGCCGAUCAAAUCCUUGCUAUUAACAGGCAACCCCUUGACCAGACCAUCACGCACCAACAGGCUAUCGGGAUCCUACAGAAAGCAAAGGAUUGUGUCCAGCUGGUUGUGGCCAGGGGCGCCUUGCCUCAGCUUAUCAGCCCUGUGAUUUCUCGGUCCCCAUCAGCUGCUAGUACAAUCUCAGCCCACUCCAAUCCAGUGAGUACAUUGUAUGAGCAUUGAAAACAAGCAUGCCUUCCUUUUUCUUAGCUUGUCGGUGGUUGUAGUUUAUAUGCUGUUUUCCGUAGUCUUGUAGACUAAUCACCCCUUGCCUCAAGGUCAAGAAAGUCAUGCAUAAUCUUCUCCCUGAACAUUAAGCAGGUGGUUGAGUCAAACUGCAUCUCCAAGUGAAGUUUUCCCACGCUGUCAAUUUGUCUCCUAGUGCUCAGGCAACAAUGUUCCUUCAGUAGGAAGGUCAGAGGUGCAGAAUUUGUGGCUCUUCACAUGCUGCUCCCACCUGGCUUUGAGUGCCCUUUAAGUUUCAGAUUAUUUGCGGUAGGGUAGACUUGGUGAAUCCAUAGAUGGAAAGAAGCCCAUGCCUUCAGGCUCCAAGAAUGAUGACCAAGUACCAGUCAAGGUAUCAGACCCAUUUGGAUUGUGGGCAAGACUCCAUAGCAUUCUAUGCUUCUGGGAAGCGUCUACAUUGAAUCACAACAGCAGCAAAGAACUCACAUAACACUCUCUAAAGUACAGCGAAUCAUGCAAGAAGCCAUCAGUCACCUAAUAGUGAUAGAGGCUAUUAAACCUGUUUCUGCAGAAGAAAGGUGCUUAGGCUUUGACUUAAUCUUUUUCAUCUCCCUCUUCUCCCCUUGCAAACUAUUCUGGAGAUUCUUCCAACCCUCCAGAACAGAUUUUUUGGGGGGUUGGGGGUGCUCAGGGGGUAUGCGGGGAAAGAGAGUCUUUUUUUUUUUUUUUUUUUGCUAGCAGGAAUCAUUGUGGUGGCUUCUGCUGGUGCAGUAAUUUAGUUGAAUACUACCCCUAGUUGCGAAAAUUCUGUCCUGAAUUUCUUAUAAUUGAGAAGACCUUGCAAUCCAAUAUUGCCCACCAGUUGUCUCCUUUCUUCAGGUGCCUCAUUGUCCCAGACAUCCUUGGUUCUUGGCAAUCCUGUAGUUAGCACAGUUGUCCUGCUGUUUUCUCCCAGCCAGGAUGGACCUUCUCUUUCAGGGCUCUGUCACACACCUAGAUUCACCUAACAGAAAUCUAACAGCACCAUGGCUGCAGUCUGCCACUUGGAAGUUGAACCUCAGUCCCUCUUAGCUGCUAACAAGCCCCUUCUAUAUGCUGGUGUAGUGCAUCAUUGGAACAUCCCUCUACAUCAGCCAGUGCUAUGGCCCACCUCUUCCAGCUCACCCAUCUGGGUGAGCCAUGCAGAGGAUGUUAGGGUAGCUGAUGUUUCCCCUCUUGGAUGCCCUUUCCUGACAAACAAAUGGGCAGUGAGGAAUUGUGUAUUCAAUCGCUGGCCAACCUGUGCCUUCUCCCCCAUGCUAAUUUUCAGAGGCAUACUGAAUAUAUCUGAAUACACAUUGAGCUUCUACCACCUUUACCAUGGAGUUUCAUUGGAUUAUGAGGUAGAAAGACAUUUCAUCACCCAUGGCAUGCAUAAUUUUAUAUAUUUCUGUUAUAUUGACUGCUUCAGAGCAGUGGGUCUCAAUUCCUUUUUCUAUACCUACAUAGAAAAGAACAUGCGUUCUCAGCUACAAGCUUUAAUUUUGAUUCCUGGUCCCAUUUUGAGCUAAUUCAUUGAGACAGUAAACACUGUUGAUUUGCCAUUGAAUACGCUCAGAAUGAACAACGCUGCAUAGUGAUUACUCAUAGGCAGAUUUCUAGAGUGAGGAUACAGCCAAUAUUUAGCAUGUUUACAGUUCUGUGCUCUGUUACACUAGAAACAAGACAAAUGCUUGUCCUCUAUUGUUGUUGUUGUUGUUGAAAUUAACUUUCAAUAUUGAUAUUUUCAGGUUCACUGGCAGCAUGUGGAGACCAUUGAGCUGGUGAAUGAUGGAUCAGGCCUGGGAUUUGGGAUAGUGGGUGGAAAAUCAACUGGAGUGAUAGUGAAAACCAUCCUUCCAGGAGGAAUAGCUGAUCAGGUACACAAACUAUGUUCUUGUUUAUAGCACAGAACGAUAUAGAAUUACAGUUUAUAAGUAUUCUACCUACAAUCGUACCUUGGUUUUUUAACAGCUUAGUUCUCGGGACGUUUUGGCUCCCGAACACCGCAAACCUGGAAGUGAGUGUUUCGGUUUGUGAACUAUUUUUUGGAAGCUUUGGUUUCUGAACGUUUUGGAAGUCGAACGGACUUCCGAAAUGGAUUGCGUUUGGCUUCCGAGGUACGACUGUAAUUGGUACCCAUCUUUUAUUUUCUUGAAGUAAAAUGAGGGGGUUAGCAUUUUUGUGUGGGAAAACUGCUUCAUUAAUUAAGAUCUGCCCCACUCCAAAAAACAGCAACAAUAUAAGCACAUAUCAAAAGGGAAGAAGGAAACGGUUGGAGCUGUGCUCAGUGCCACCACCCAUCCAAGAACAGCACUGCUGCCAUCCAGCAGGCACAGAUUCUGUUGCAAAAUUAUGACUCCCUCAGCUGAAGUUGCCGCCAGAGGUGGAGAGAGAAAAGGGAUGGUCCACUCUAGCCUCAGCUUCUCUCUCUCUCCUUCCCGCUUCACCCCGGUGACUGGCAAGCUCUCUGGAGGUUUCCUCCUAUUCUUCUUCCAGCUGGGCUGCCAUCUACCAGAAACCAUGAGAAGGGAGAGUGCUUCUACAGCUGCCUCCUCCAUGGCCAAACAUGAAGGUUUGUUUGCCAGAAGCAUCUUAAAACCACGGGCUAAGAAGCUGGCUUGUUUAAACAAAUCCUAGCUGAUAUUGGCCACAGUUUAUGGUUUAGACAACAUGCUAAACUGUGGUUUGGUGUUGUUGUUGUUGUUGUUGUUUGCGCUAAAUCCCACUUCGUUUCUUUUCACUAAAACCCUACCAAGCAGUGCUAGGUGCAAAAGAUGCUCCCAAUUUUCGCUACUCUCUUCUCAUUGCAAUCCCCCCCCAAAGCUGCUCUUAAGAGUUGGAAGAACCCCUGGAACAGUAUGGGAUGUGGCACAGAGGGUUGCAAAAGGCUGUAUAUUGCAAUAGUGUAUUAUGCUUACUUUUUGAAAUAUAAACACUAGGCAUCUUGGCAUCGCUUUUACCUGUGUUUAUUAUUUUACUGCUGCAACAACAGAUUAUACAUUAGAGCAUAAACAAGUUUUUUGAAUUCCCCUAUAUCGUUAUUGUUGCAAUACUAGUACUGUUAAUGCUGUAUUGUUUUUAAUACUCGAUUGGGAGCUGCCCAGAGUAGCUGGGGAAACUCAGCCAGAUGGGUGGGGUAUAAAUAAUAAAUUAUUAUAAUUAUUAUAGUAAUUUCUUGUUGGGGUGCAUGUGUGCCCUCUCUAUCUCUCUCUAUAUAUUUUGCCAGUGAAGUAAUUGGUUUUUUUCCUCAUCUAGCAUGGUAGCCUGUGCAGUGGAGAUCACAUAUUGAAAAUUGGUGAUACAGAGCUGGCUGGAAUGAGCAGCGAGCAGGUGGCGCAAGUCUUGAGGCAGUGUGGAAACAGAGUGAAGUUGGUUAUAGCCAGAGGCCCACUUGAGGAGCCCACGCCACCAGCAGUUCCUCCAGGAACACCAGUACAAACCUUUAUGAUGGAUAACCAGGUAAUGAUUUGACAAGGUCAAUUUAAGAAGCUGCACUGGCAAUAGAGACUUCAAUGGUGGUUCAUUAUUUAGAGUUCAUGGCUCACUAUUUUCUUAAUCCAAAGGCAUAUAAAUAGAAUGUGCUUAUCACCAUACUUAAAAAUAAAUCAAUCAAUCCCUCACGGUAGUCAGUAGUGCAUCGGUGCACUGGGAACUCUGAGGAGCCAGACAUAAAAACAUGCAAAUAAUUUCUAACCCACUAACCUCAAUGUGCCACUUGAACGAUGCUUCAACAACAGCUGAGCAAUCAGUGUUUUGCAACACCUCCCACUUACUCUGUGGCAGCCCUUUCAGUCCAGCUGGAUUAUUAAAACAGUUUCUCCCAAUAUGCCUCUCUUCCUCCUGCCUCCCCCACCCACCUCAUCACCCCCAGCAACCAUCAGCCUUUUCCUUUCUGUGCCAGCCGGCACACAGCUGCAGCUCUUCACCUAGGUCAGCUGCUACAACUUCAGCUGCUGCUAGCUGUGUGCCAGCUAGCCAGCUGCCACCUUCAUUGCAUGCUGUAUACCCUUCACUUCUCUGUUUUGCUGUUCUGGCUCUCUUUCUUUGCUCUCUGAAAGGCUCCCUCAAUUCCCCCGCCCCGAAUCCCUCUGCGUUCUCCCGUUCACAAAUGAGUCCUUCGUUUAACGUUCCGAAGGGAUGCCAAGCAAGAUUGCGGUUAGUAAUGUGAGAAAUGGGAGAGGCAAUCUGAGGCGUUGGGUGUGCGAAAACAAAGAAAUACCAUGCAGUAAAACAACACACGUAUUUUUCUGUGUCUUAAGAAAGAAAAAAAUCUACAGUAACAUGUAGAGAGUCUCAGCACCCUGUACAGAUAAUCUGACAGCUGUCGAACUUGAUGCAUCAGUUGAGCUGAUUUUAUUCAGCAAAAUGAGGUGCUACUUGGUGGAACUGUGACUGCCACAAUUGUAUACUGAAAUAAAUAAAGGAAAUAAAGAGAGGAUCAAGCUCAAACCUUUCUGCCGGGAGGCAUGGCUUGUUCCAGUGACCUCACAGUUUUUCAUUGCACUUUCUCCCCCUGCAGUUUUCAGGAAGAAUUCCUGAAAGAUUAUUUGAACCAUUGCUUCUCAUCAUAUGCGUAAGGUUGGGAAACAGUCUUUUAGUUUAUAAAGAAGCCUUUCUUUCCUUUAAUAGUUGAAUUUAUACUAAUAGCUAUUUUUAGGGACAAAGAGUAGGCAGCACGGCAGCUUUGCCUCUCGGCUCUCCCUGAAAUCAUCACAAAAAAGCUGCUAUUAAUUGUUACAUGCCCCAGUUCCCAAGUUAUUUUUACUUUGCCAAAUAGAAUUUGCAUUUGUUCAGUUUUACUCAGUGACCUUCCCCUCUCCCUGCCCCUAGAAUCCUUUGUGCUCCCAUUUCUCUAGCAUACAUAGUAUGUUACCCGUAAGUCAUCUGUAUAAUACACUAUUAAAUCAUGGCUCAUCAUUUAGUUAUCAUUAUUAGUAAAGGAGGAUUUUUUUUAGCAGAUCCAUUGUGCCACACUGGGUGUAAACAACUGGAGUUCUGCUUGUGCAACAGGACCUCCCUGUUCUCUAUCUACAGCACCCCGCCCCACCAAAUAUGUUUUGAAGGUCUCUGGACAUUAUCGGAUUCAACCCAUAUGUUAUAGGCGAACCAUAGCUCUAUUUCCUGUUGACUUUCAUAGUAUCAAGAAUUAUGGCUCUUGUUAUGCCUACUGGCGUGGUUGCUCGAGAGCGAACAGGCAAGAUCCCCACUGGUCUUUUCAAAAGGCUUUAUUAUUGGUGCAAAAACAUUUACAGUGCAGAACGUCUCACUUCCAUGUGUUGCUCAGUCACUAGCAGAAUCUGAGAGUGGGCGGUCCUUAAACUUUCCCCAGCAGAGUAGUCUCUUGACCCCCAUCCAACGCUCCCCUCUCUGCGUGUAAACCUACUGUGCAGAGAGAGCGUGGGUAAAGGGGGACCUGGCUCCCCCCCCCGCUUUGCUCAUGCACGGUGUCUUGGCUCUCUCUUGCAUCUUCUGAGCCCUGCAUCUCUUCCCCACUAGAGGCGGGGCUUCCCUCCUCCGCGGAUGAAGUGCUGCUUCUCACGAUCUUUGGAGGCUCCCUGUAACCCAGCUGCCCUUCCACCUCUCACCUCUGAGCUGAUGGCAGUUCCCUGACAGCUAUUAUUAUUGUUGUUGCUGGCAUAUUUUGCACUCAGGUGUCUAAAAGUGAAUGGCACAAUGGAAAUACAAAUGACAGCGAUGUUAAAAUCAGAUAUGAAAGCAGCAGUAAGCAAAAACUCAAACACUUCUACUCACCACUUUCACUUAAAGCUACUCUGUUGAAUAUUUGUUUGUCUAUGGUAUUUUCAGUAAAACAAUUUGGUCAUAUUCUAACUCUACCAGCACAAGGAGUUCCUCUUCUCCUUAAAUCUGCUCCAGAGGGAUAUGGGAACCCCUGCAACAGAUUUUAGGGGGCACAUGGGGGGUGAAAGAGAGGGUUGGCAGUCCUGCUGCAUUCUUGAUAAUUUUUUGGACUGACGGGACCCGAGCUUAGCACUACAUUGAAUACAACCCGUUUGUCUUUAAGUGUUAGCUCCUGAAUUGAAAGUUUCAGGACCAAGUUGUCGUUUUAUUUGCCUGAAUCACAUAUCCUCUUGUUAUUUCAAUUUUAAUAUUUGUGUGCGUAUCUUUUAUUUUGAAACAUUUCAGUAAUAAUAAAAUUUACCCUGACCUUUAGUUUACUUCUCUUGCAUGAUAGUAAUAUCUGUGGAACUGAAUCUUGAAGGACCUCAAAACUGCAAAACACUUCAUGGAGCCCCAAACCACAAAUUUUUUUGUUUAUUUAUUUUUGUUAUCUUACUUAUUUGCAAACAUUUCUUCAUGGAUAACAUUUUAACAAAUGUAAGGGAGGUGAACAGCAUAAAAUCAACAAUAAAACAACAUCAAUAAAACAAGUGCAGAAUACAUCAUAAAUCUGUAAAUCAGAAUAGUACAUCAGUAUAGCUGGAUUGAGCUGUAUAAAUAGGUAUUUUGAAGACAAGUAAAACUAACAUUUUCAGCAGUUAUUUUGGAGGGUUGCCAUCUGUACAACUAUCAUUCCAGUUCCAUGCUAUCUAUUUGCAAUUUUGGUACCUGAAUUGGUUUGGAAAAUACGUACCAAAGUUUUUGUCCCUCAUGGGACAUUCUUUCAUUUGUUUUUGUUUUUUUGUUUUCUUUUUUCUAAGAGAGAUGAAGAGACACAAGUUGAAAAUGAUGCUAAUGGAAAUAUGUUUGAUGUGGAACUCACAAAAAACAUCCAAGGAUUAGGAAUAACUAUUGCUGGUUACAUUGGAGACAAAACCUCAGGUAAUAUUAAGACCAGAUCUGUGGAGGGCUAUAGCUUGGUGGCAGAUGCCAUGAUUUGCACACAAGAGGUCUUAGAGUCCAAUCCCUGGUAUCUCCAGGUAUGGGUGGAAAGGACUUCUUACUGAAACCCUGGAGAGCUACUGACAGUCAUUAUGGACAGGGCUCAGGCUAUUUUAACCAAUUUUCAGGCUCUUUAAUGGUGGGCCAAGCGGGACUUCAAAAGCACCAUCUUCAGGUACAGUGGUGCCCCGCAAGACGAAUGCGUCACAAGACGGAAAACCCGCUAGACGAAAGGGUUUUCCGUUUUUGAGUUGCUUCGCAGGACGAAUUUCCCUAUGGGCUUGCUUCGCAAGAUGAAAAUGUCUUGCGAGUCUUGAGACUUUUUUUUCGCUCCCCCCCCCCUUUAUCUAAGCCGCUAAGCCUUUAAUAGCCUUUUAGCAGCUAAUCCGCUAUGCCGCUAAGCCUUUAAUAGCCGCUAAACCGCUAAUAGCGCUAAUCCGUUAAGCCGCUAAUAGGGUUGCUUCGCAAGACGAAAAAACCGCUAGACGAAGACACUCGCGGAACGGAUUAAUUUCGUCUUGCGAGGCACCACUGUACCAUUAAAAUACAGGUGGCUGAAGGGGAAGGUAGCAAGACCAUUACAAGCAUCCAAAAUCCAGGAACCUCCCCACUGCUGGAGAGGGUUAGACACUUUAAAGAGCAGCUUGCUUAACCGCUCUCUAAAGCACCUCCCACUCUCCUUUAAAUAGCUCACCUGGGCUACCAGCUGCUUUCUUGCUUGCUUGCCUGACGGUCUGUUGUUGCUCUGCAGUUGCAUGACUGCCUGUUGGUGGCCGUGUGAACUGCAGCACGAUGACAGCCUUACAAUUUUAUGUAUAUAGGAGGCUGUGCAUGUUCAAAGAAGCCGGCAUUAAACUGGGGCUGCCUCCUUGUAUGCAUCUAUGCAUUAAAAUGUAAGCUUAUAUCCUGUAAUGUGUGGUACAACCCUUAGGGGAAAAUGUCUUCAAUGAGACUUUGGACUUACAUCAUAGUACUAAGGUUAAGUGCUUGGGCGUUUUUUGGUAUGAUAGAGAACAGCGAAAUGUCUCUGUGCUGUGUCUGGGAUUUUGGACUCGGGUCCUAGGUGCUGAUGUAGCAAGAGCUGAAAAGUAGUUUUAAUUGCAUGAGGUUUUUCCCUUUUCAACCACAGAACCUUCUGGUAUUUUUGUAAAGAGUAUCACAAAAGGCAGUGCAGUUGAACAUGAUGGUAGAAUCCACGUUGGAGACCAAAUUAUAGCAGUAAGUAAUCAUAGAGGAGUGAUUUUAUUGAAUACUUGCUUUUAUUACCCUCACUUUUAUGAUCCCCAUCCCACCCCGUGGCACAGUUGACCAAAACGAUUGAUUUAUUUAGAACCUUACAUACCUUUUGUCUAACAGAAAAUACACCUUAUGCUAAACAUUGAAUAGCCAGCCAUAGGAUUGGGCCAUCUCCUUGGUGUGGAGACAUGUGUCCAGCAGAAGGCUGAUUAGAUUCAGUGUUUGAAGCUGCUAUGAAUAGACUGCAUAAAAGAAACUGGAAUGGAUAAUUCACACGGGCCUGUUUGUAAUAGCUCCAUCAUCAAAUGCAGGUGUCUGUUCCAAAGACAGGUUUUUGCAUGCCUGCUUUCAUUGAUCUGCACUUGGAAACAUGGUUAUUAAUGCAAUCACAUUAGCUGUACCCAUACAGAGAGAAAACACAAUUGCUCUGUUCUUCCAGUUUUUCUUGUAUCAGUCAUUUGGUCAUCCCAGCUGUCACUGAUGACACAAAUAUAUCAAAGUGCUGUAGUUGGUUAUCAUGUGAACACUUAUAACACCAGACUGUUACUCAGCAGUAGAAACCAAGAAGGAAAGUGACUUUUUGGUUAUGAUAUUACAAAGCUACAUAAACCCAGUUCUUUUCUUUCACAGUGGCUUUGUAUAAAUCUAAACACUGAAAGCUAAAUGAAUCUGAAUGUGGUUUUCUGGGAUGCUCAUAUUCGGAGACAACAAAGCAAUAAUAGAUAAAAGUGGCUGGAGACCAAAAUAAGACAUGACAUUUUGCAAGUGGCUAAGAUGAGAUUUGGCUCAUUUUGAAUUACACACUUCUUGCACGUUUAUCUUCUUUAUAGUGGCCUGCUGGAAAUUAAAACACAUUUAAUCAUUCAGGUGGAUGGAACAAAUCUUCAGGGUUUUACCAACCAGCAAGCAGUGGAGGUUCUGCGGCAUACUGGCCAAACAGUUGGACUCACGUUGGUCAGAAGAGGCCUUAAGCAGGGAAAUCACAUUCAACCCCAUGAGGACUUCAGUGGUGCUGUUGAAAAGGAUUUAAUUUUCCAAACGAUGGAGGUUGGCACAGGCAAAGGUAAUUAAGAAUGGCUUUGCUUCAAAUGAGUUGGAUUUUAUUUCUCUUUCUACAGCUUAUCAAACUGGGGAAAAUGGGUUAAAAUUUGCCCUUAGAGUCUGCAUUUCAUUUUUUUAAAAAAAUCAUAUAGGGCUUUCUCAUGUAAGGGAUUUGUGUUCUCAUCCAUAGCUUUUAUAAAGAUUUCCUCUUGGAAUUUCAGAGCUAAAUAAAGUGUCAGCAGGAAGCUCCCUGUUUAAGAGAGUCAGCAAAGAUAUGGAUAGAGCAAUGGGAUAUUGGAGAUUAUUCUUGGUGUUGAAGGAGAAUAUAGUGGUGUUUUUGUUAUGUUAGAUGGAUGGAUAGCACCACUGUCUGUGAUCUUGGAAAGUUGCCAUCAGUCAAAAUAGACCAAAUGGAUUGAUUGGCCGACAAUAUAGGGAACUUGAUAAGUUAAAACACUUUCUCCACUACUUUACAAGUAAAACAACUGUACUGUAUAUGUGACGAACAGCUGAGCUGGUGAUGCAGUGCCUUAGAAUUCCACCAGAGGGCUGCAGCCUCUCUCUGAUUGGCUACUAAGACAGCCAACCAGAGAGGGGUGGAGCCAGUACUUUGGGAGGGCAGAUAAAAGGAGCUAUUUCAGAGAGAGUGCUAGGAUAGGGAGAUGGUUUAAGAGAGAGCAGGAGGAAGAGAGAAAGGAGAGACUUGAGAGUUGCUUCUGGUCUGUGUUAGGGCUGGGCGAUAUCUGGUUUUUGACAUCUUGAUAUCUCACCAGUUAAACAUUGUGAUCUCCCAAUAUAUCAUGAUGUCUGAAAGAAGGAUGGAGCUAUGUAGAGGCACUGAUUGGUUUCAUGGUUUUUCCCACAUUGUGGUUUUUGCAUAAAACACACACAUACACCAUGAUCUCCAAUAUAUUGCCAGGUCAAAAAUUAUGAAACCUAUAUCACAAUAUGAACUUCAAACUGGUUUUGGACAAUGUAUUGAUAUAUCACCCAGCCCUAGUCAGCGUGUCAGAUCCAUUCUGAGGAGAAUAUUUACAGCUAUAGAAAGGAGUCUCUCAGUUUAGAUAGAAAGUGGCUUGGGAGAGUAUUCAGACAAGAGUUAACUGGAGGGCUGAGUUUGAAGAAGGAGAAGUAGAAGCUGUGAGGGUGAUAUACUUUGGUCUUGUUUCAGUCAGGAGGGGAGAGAUAUUCAAUUAAUAUUUAAGAAGGACGUGGUGAUCCCCUGGGUCUGUUAUAAUGCUAGAAGUAUCUCAGGAGUAUGAUUGAUAGAAGGUUGGGAAUCUGACAGAAAGUACCACCAAAGUAUUAAGCUGUAACACCUAUGGUACAACUAAGUUAAGGAACUGAAGUGAAAUAGCUGGAAAUAAGCCAAGCAUUUACUAAUUAGUCUAGAAACCGGUAACAUCUAACUGAAAACAAGCAACUGAAGUUUAAAAGAAGCUGUGUGUUUGCUACCUUGUUAGAAGCCUGUAACAUCCACUGGUUUUAGUAUACCGGUAAUUAUUAAAUAGUUGACUGUUUCCUGAAAUAACGUUAUUGCUUCACGAAUAAUUUGUUUUAUCAACUUUGUUGCUGUUUGUUCAACUUCUGCCUGAGUCUCCAAGUAUUGAAGUUUUACCUCCCACAAAAAACAUAAGUAAACCCGUUGUGGUUAUAUAGGGUCUAUGAAGCUCAAUAUGCUUCAUCCUAGAAGGCUUAAAAAUGCAGCAAUGUGACAUUGACAAGGUGUUGCAUGGAAAUAUGUUGUUGGAUUCUAAUCAGACUCUCUGAGGCAUUAAGACAUCAGCCUUUCCAUGUCUUAAAAAUCCUCUGGAGAAGCCUGUCUCCAAGUACCCUCCUUAGUAGAGGAACACUGCUUCUGCGAAGGAGAAGACCUUUUUUGUGGUGGUGCCCAGACUCUGGAUAUCUUCCUAUUUUAGAGUGUAGAUUUUUGGAAUUGUGUUAAUUAUUGUGUUUGUAGAUUUUUAGGUUUUUAUUUUGUUAUAAUUAUUGGUUUUGAAUUGUAUUUCCAUGGUUUGUGUUUACCCACACUUAUGUAAACUGCCCUGCAAUCUUUUGGUGAAGGGUGCUUAAGAAAUAUCUGAAAACAAAUAAGUAACUUUAAUUUUGAUAAUAUCGCCGUAAAGUAAGAAUUUCUUGUAGCAUUCGUGUGGUGACUUUUUCCUUCUGGCUUUAACUCCAUGAGAUAACUUCUGAGAGCUAAUAAGCCCCGUACUGAGUUUCUGAUAAUUUCUGCAGUAUGUUACAUAUCACCAGGUUCAGACAAAGCGUGUUCUCUUUCAUGGAGAGCACGUGUUGCAGUGGGGGCUGACAGGACACUCCAAAGUUGUGGGGCAGGCUAAUUGAUCGUUGGCCACUGUUGUGAUUGUGCUUCCCUUGUUGUUGGGAAGAAGUUAAUGUUGCCAUUUGUUGAUUGACAGCCAGAAAUGCUAAAACUCCCUGCACGAGGUGUAGAGCUUCCUCUUUUCGCCCCGUGCAUCGGAUUGCUCGUCCCCCCUCCCUAUAUUUAGAGUUGUUUGCUUUGACCUUGCUAAUCCUGUCAUGGGGUCGUCUGCUCUUGGGGCAGGGGCCCGGUAGGAAUUUUGUCCAUCUGGCUGAUUGGCUGGGGCCAUUUGGUUUUUGCCUACUGUGUAGCAAAUCGUCACAACUUGUAAGGUUGCGGUUAGGCAUUGGUUUAUGGUUUAUUUGGUUGAGGGGUAUGGAUUGGCUGUGCCUGCCCCUCUAAUGCUGCUGCUGCAAGGGAUUUCGUUAAAGGAAUACAGGGGCUCACUAUUGCUUUUGUCCACCCUGUCAAGGGGCUAGGGCCACGCAAGAGCCCCUGGUUGUAUUUGGGGAGGGCUGAGGGCAGGUUCCCUGCUCCGUCGCUACCCCCAAGUUUAUUCCCCUUUUCUGACUUUCGCAGGCGUGUGGAAUGUCAGUCUGUCCCCCAUGGGGGGGGGGGGCAGAUAGUCGCAACCAAUGCCUAAGCAACCACUCACGUUUUUGUAUUGUAAUAAAGCUGUGGCCAAAAUUAUGUCAAAAACCUUAAACAAAAAUUUCUGUGUGAUGUGUGAGUUAUUGGGGUGGCCCUGGGGACCUCGACAUGCAAAUUAAGAAGACAUAUUCACCAUAAAGCUGGGGGUGAGAGAGAUAAACUUACGGGUCAUUUUUUCUUCAUUAAGAAUAAACCAUUAUUGAUGGAUAAUGCAACUGCAAGAUUUAUAAUUUUCAGUGAAACUAAUAAAAAUAUUAAGAAUGCAAUCUUAUACAUGUCUUACAGAUGUUUACUUAGAAGCAAGGCCUGUUUAGUUCAGAGAGAUUUACUUCCUAGUUAGUGGGCACGGAAUUGCUGCCCAGUGCACAUAUUAAUGUGAGAAAUUGGCCGUCAGAGGACUUAUUUGAGUUAUGCUUACUAGCAGCCUUUUAAAUAUUCUGAUUGGGACUUGAACCUCUGUCUUUCAAAGCAUGGUCAAGACAAUUGCAGCAAGGAUUCUUCCCAUUGUAGAAUAAAUAAUGCACAGGCAAAACUUUUCCCACCUGUAACCUCCACUUACUCCCCUCUCUUUGGAUGACGUAGAUUGAAUAUACAACAAGAAGAGUAUUUGCCAACUUUAUGUAUCCACAGUAUUUAACAGCAGUCUAGUGGUUAAAGAAACGGUGGAAGAACAGAUUUAUUGUUUCCAGUGAUUUGGCAAACGUUUAUAGGUGGAGUGAUUAUUAGAAACCUCGGAGUUCUGUGUUCUUUCCCCUUUAUCUGAAACAAAGGAAUAAGAAAAAAAAGGCCAGUCGUAUGAAUUAUUUUGAUAGCAUACAUUUUUUUCUUCAUGGCAGAAAGAUUUAAUGUUUAGAUUAUUAUGGGGAGUUGUUCUUCAUGUAUAAAACUCUACAGUGAUAAUGCAGUACGUUAUUUUUUUAAAAAAAUAAAAGCUACUUUCAUUAUUAUACACCUCUACAAACACAAUUUCUUGUUUGAAAAACACACCCUAUAUUUGGUCCAGGAGGGAGCUCUUACAUGAAGCUGGAUAACAAAAAAUGAAAGCAGGAGAACGUAUUAAUUGCACAUCACAGAACAACGGGGUGCACAGAAGCUGCUCAGAAUAUUCUUCUUCUUUUCCAGAAAGCUGUGAAGGAGAGCAGGAGCCUCCAUCAUUGUCAUGCAGUAGCAGUGUGAUUCACACUGGAGAAGACGUUGGUCCAGAACAAUCAGGUCCGAACUGGGAAUUUAUAAUAUAAUCCCUCACACACACCCAUUGGAAACACACUGGCAUGCAUAUCUCAGCUUUUGCCUUAAUUUGUGUGUGUGUGUGUGUGUGUGUGUGUGUGUGUUUGCAUCCUCUGCCUUAAAAAUCUGUGAAAACCUCACUGGAAAGAACAACAGACAAAGUCUGGAGCUGUUUCUAGAAUUUACCUUUAUAACAUGUUGUUGUUUUUUUAACUGAAAUAAGCACCAUACAUCCUUCAGAGGUUAUGUUUCCAUAGAACUUUUAUUCACAGAAGCAAGUUUCCAAAACAUUAAUAUGGGUCGGUGCUUUAUCCUAACUUCUUCAAUGUAAUCUCCGCUUUUUCUAUUUUGCUCUUUGGGAACUUUCUAACUUCCUAUCUGUGAUGGCCUAAUCUCCAUGUUUAACAUUGCUUUCUACAAUAAUAGCAAAAGCUGUUUUUAUUUGCAUUUUUUUUUUCAUUUCUGUAUUUUCUAAUAGUAUUUGAGUUGAGUGGCUUCAGACACAGCCUUUCAUGUUCUCUCUAAAUAUUUGUCUUCUAACACAUGUUCUUUCAUGUCAGUGCUACAUGACUAACGGUCUCUUAGAAAGUUUCACUAAAACAUUCGUUCUGAGUCUCACAAUUGGUUUUAUAUAUAUAUAUAAAUGCUUUUUAAAAGCACCCUUGUUUUAUACUAGCAACAGCUUUCUACACUUUCAACUCAUAAGUCAUUUUGAAUGAUGUAGCUUUUAAAACAUGCAAUCUGGAGAGUACACACAGACACAGACACAGACACACAAACACACACACAAUCUGGUGGCAAAAUGCCCACUGAUUUUUAAUAGAGCCAUUUUGUAUCCCAUGAAGUAUUCACACAUCUGUGGGUGGUCAUGGUAGAGCAUGUCUUUGCUUUAACAUAGGUAUGCACUAUUUCUGAUGUGGAAACUUGAAUGUAUAGCAGCCCACCAAAGGCUCUGCAGAUCUCUUGGUUUUACUAUCUGCUUUGGAUUGCAGAAAUGGGUGUGGUUGUUGCCAUACAUUUGGUUUCCUGCUAUACACUAUAUACCUGGUAAACCAUAUUUUGGUGUGAUAGGUUAUAAGUUGUGCUGGUUUGAUUUCCAUUAUUAAAUGAUCACAUUUGUGGAGAUCAUUUCAUAUUCAUGUCAUAGUUAAAUAUUGCAAUGUUCACACUUUUUCGUGGCACUGGCUGUGUACUGCGCAUUCUCCUGUAUUUCUUUAGCCUUGAUGUAAACUCUUUCGAGUCAUUCAGGUUUACUUUCCUGACACAUUUCUUUUAGCAUUUCCUCACUUCCCUUUUCAUCUUUCCGAAGAAACCUUCAUGUUGUAUAUAGUAUUAUGAAUUCGUGAGCAGGAUUUGAACUAUGAGCAACAGACGGAAUGAGAGAUUAUCAAAUUAUUGUUAUGGUAUAAGAGGCAGAAGAUAGGAUGUGGCAAGGAGGAGAAAUAAAAAUCACCAUGGGAAAUGGGAUGGGAAGUAAAAAAAGUAAAAUAAAAAUCUAUUUCUUAUUGGAACGUUUAUGUGAAAUUCCUGGAAAUCUAAUAAAAUAUAUCUUAAAAAAGAGCGAAAGAAACUUUCAUGUUGUAGUACUACACUACAGCAGCAUAUUUCUUAUUUUUUUCCAUGGGCUAAAUCUAUUAGAAGUGCACAUAUGUUUAUGAACUUGCAUUCUUCCACUGCCCUCUAGGGACCAUAAUUCAAUAGUAGCCUCUGAAACUUUUGAGUGCUAAAAUCUCAAAUCAUUUGUGCAUAUCGAGAGAAUGUUGGCUGCCUCUCUGCGUUUUAUAUUAGGACAUUUCUGUUGUAAGCAGAAGGUUAUUUAUUUGCCUAUAAUCACUCAACGGCAAGCCAAUUUUAAGUAUAUUAAUAUCACCAAAGAAGUUUGUGAAAUUGUAUAACUAUAACUUGUGUGCCAGCUAUUGAAUCUGGAACUGGUGUUGCUUUGGAUCUUGUAAAACUGGUCACUUAACAGUAUCUAGCAACAUACCUGCUGUUAUAGCAUAAAUGCUAAGUGGUAGUUGCAUUUUAAAAAGAAAAACCAAGACCUUUUAUUAUGUUGUUUUGAUAAAGAGUUUUGGGGAAAAAAACAAAACCUCGCUAUAUCAAUGUUUUGUGCUGUAUUUUUUAAAGAUACCACUUCUUAUUUUGAACUGAUAGAGAACAUUACGGCCAGUGCUUUUUUUUCUGGGGGGAUGCAUAUCCCUAAACAUUUUGUGAAUCUAAGUUUGUAAAGUAAGUAAGUAAUUUUUUUAUUUAUAACCCACCCUCCCCGGCCAAGACCAGGCUCAGGGCAGCUAACAUCAUAUAUCAAAUACAUUAAAACACAAUCAAACAGUUAAUUAAAAUACAGCUUAAAAAUAGAAUCAGGAUAAAAUUAAAUGAUUGCCCACAAAUUACAACCAUAGGGACCGGGAACCUCAAGUAUUUAUCAUUUGGCCUCAUUGAGGGGCAGUAUUUCAAUAUGAGUAGGAAAAAGAGAGUACCCCUAAACAUUUUUUUAAGAAAGGAAAAAAGCACUGAUUACAGCCAGAAAAAUCUAUCUUAUGGUUCUUAAAGUACAGGAAUUUAAUACGAUGGCGAAUGGGGUAAAAUGGAGUAUUUUAGACAACAGUUCUGCCAGAUGAAUACAGAAGCGGCACGCAAUUUCUGCGUUCACAGAGAGGAGAAAGUGCACUAGAGGGUAGCCAGAGAGAAACCUAAUUAUUCAGAAAGCUAGACGAGCACAAUUAGCAUUCUUUGGAAGAGAGGAGAUGAAAGAGGAUCCUUGCAGUAAUACAGCUCUCAUCUGAAUAGCCAGGAUAAGUGCUUAAAAUACUGAUCCUUGAGGUGAUGCAAUUCCAAACUGAAUAGCUAGGGUAAGUGCUAAAAAGGUACUUAGUUUAGUGUCCAAUCUAUAAACAAAGUGAUACAAAAGUGCUCCCACAAUAAACUGUUCGCCUUGCGACUUGCUAAGAGUUGUUACAGAUGCCGUGAAGCGACGGCAACAGCAACAAAAGUUUCAGAGAGCUUUCAUACAACCUACUUUGAUUUGAGAAAAAAAUACAUUGCGGGAGUUUCAUUGAAGUUUCAAUUUUCAAUUUUCAUUUAUUUAUUUUUCUACAUUAACAGGUUGUGUGCAUUAAUGACAUUUUCUCCCCCCCCCUUUUUAAAUAAACUGGCAGAUAGAUAUGGACAACACGUUUUGUCACAGUUCAUUUACUGUAUAUAAAAAAUAAGGCUAAAAAUAACACACGGGAUUUUUCUUCUUCUAUAGUUAACUGCCAAACUGCAUCUUUCAGGUUUUCAGCUAACUUCCACCGAUGAAGAAAUAUCGUUGCAGAACAAAUGGCAGUCAUUUUUGGGAGCACAUUAUGAGGUGGUGGUAGGUAAACUUUUGCAUGCUGUUUAAAGUGUGUGUGUGUGUGUGUGUGUGUGUGUGUGUGUGUAAUGGGUGGAAGAGCUGUCCUUGCAAAAUUCCAAAGGAAGUAAACAUUAUGUAUUUGUCUUUCAGAAUAUUAAAUUUCAAAAAUAAGCAUAAAAUGCCAUGUUAUGUACGCUUUAGAUGAGAAAAUAAAAUGUGUUCUGGGAAAACAACAGUUCAUAAAGUGCUGCAGUCCUUAGGAAAACUUGGUACUUGACUGAUUCAUAAGUUCACAGUAUGUUAUAUUAUGCUGUGCCAAGUACAUAAAUGGUUGUCGUUUGCCACAACUAUACCAUGCAAACAUGAAGUGAGUACCUGAAGUGUGCCUUGAAAAAUUUAUAAAUAGUAAAAUGAAUUAGUGUUUGCUUUCAUCCAUUUUGAGGUGGCUACUAAGCUACAGUGAAGUGAACCAACCCUUAUUUUCAGAUCACUUUUAGAUGCCAUGCCCUUACAGUGGUACCUUGGUUUACGAAUUUAAUUCGUUCUGGAAGUCUGCUCUUAAACCAAAGCGUGCUUUCCCAUAGCAGUGGGGGACUCAAUUUACAAAUGGAACACACUCAACAGGAAGUGGAACAUGUUCUUAUUCCAAGGCAAAGUUCACAAACCAAAACACCUACUUCCGGGUUUGCAGCGUUCUUAACCCAAGUUGUUCAUCAACUAAGUUGUUCUUAAACUAAGCUACCACUGUAUUCCCAUUGUUUUUUUGGCAAGGAUGGUAUGUGUACAUGAAGUAGCUCUUACCUGCUCUAGAAGUAAGGGGAAAGGUAGGAGAUGAAACCCAGUUAUUUUUAGUUUACUAAUUAUUGUUAUUUACAUUAUAGAAUUAAUUGACAUGAUUAUAAAUUAUAUAUAAGUGAACUAAGAAACCCGGUAAAACAUGAGUGAUUUGCCAUUUCAUUUUGAAAUUCAGGACAACACUUUUUUUGUGAUCUGUUGCACUGCUUUUUGCACUGCGUCCAAUCCUCAUAUGAUUACAACUGACAACAGAGCAUCAUCCCAACUUUCUGGGCAGCAUUUGUUUAUUGAUGUUAUUACACACUGGGCAGUGCUAUAGCAAAAGUACUGUACCCAUAUUGCUGCUUUUGGGGGAUUAAAACAUAGUGGCUUGUUAGUCACUCCACCCCCUUACGUCAUAUGGUGCUCAUCAUAACACAGCCUUCAAAGUAAAACCUUGCUCUAUAAGCUUCUUUGCAUGUAGUUAUUAUUUCAAAUGAAGGGCUUUUCAAAGGACCACCUUUUCUCAUGCGGUUCUGCUCACCCACUGGAUCACUCUGGCAUCACGGAUAUGGUUCACAAGGAUGCAGAACAAAGCCAUUUAUGUUGUAGCACUCCCCUCACACAAAAUCCAAUUGUCUGAUGGUUAAAAUGGUGUUGUUUCCUGCUUUUGGACUGGUCUGAUUUCCGCCCCCUCCCACAAUUCUCUUACAUUGGUUGAUGAUUCUCCGUUUUUUAUUAUGUGUUUGUCUCAUGCUUAACUCGUCAGUUAAGCUAUUUAUUUUGCUGUUCAUUUACGGCUGGUUGAUGAGCAGGGGACGGUGUAGUACAUUUCCUGUGCACUGUAUCAUCCAAAGGAGCGAUACAGUUGCCUGAGCACACAUGGCACUCUGGGGUGGCGGCAGUAUUUUAAAUAUAAUUCAGGGUCACAGUCAGAGCUACAGUUCUCAAUCACUGACUAGCACAGCUGUUCCUCCACCUGGGAUUUAGGGAGCCAGAGGGGAUUAUAUUGCCAGGUGUGCAUCCGGUCCAUGCUUGACUGCUCCCAGAGGGUGACAGCAGCAUGUACCGAAUCUGGAAUCCAGGGCUUUUUACGUUGCGCGGAAACACUUCCGUUUUAGAGCACUGUAUUUUGCUACCCAUUGUCCCUGUGGCACCCACAGAAGCUGACUUCUUGCGUAACGGGAGGUGCGAUUCCUUUGAUUGUGGCAUUUGUUUCAUUUAUUUGUGGCUUUCUCUGGCCGCCUUUCAUCUCUGGGGCAGCUGUAGCUCACCAGCAUCUGUUCCCCUUUGCAAAGGAGAAUGGGACGUUACGGCUGGCUGCCCCCUUUCAGCUUACAUUGCGAUUCCAUCUUGUCUUGAUGUGAGAAAUCAAUGGGCAUGGAUGAUGUUUGAAAGAAGUGAGCUUGUAGCUUAGAAAGUAGAGCAUCUGUGGCAGAAUGUUAGGGUUGCUGCUUUUAAAUCUACUGUCCCUUUUGUCCGUGGGUCCGAGUGCAAUUUUGAGAACAACUAAUCCUUCAGUGUUCUGAAGAGCCAUUGUGUUCCUUCUUUCUAGGUAGCUCACGUGAACAAGUUUAGUGAAAGCAGUGGCCUGGGGAUCAGCUUAGAAGCUACAGUGGGACAUCAUUUCAUCCGAUCUGUUUUGCCAGAAGGGCCAGUUGGACGAUGCGGCAAGCUGUUUAGUGGAGAUGAAUUACUAGAAGUAUGAAAUAAUUUCUGCUUUACUUCCAAUCCUUCUUUAAAGGCGAUUCUGCUGAGGAUUUCCAGUAUUCAUAGAUACUAACAUACUUUACCAUAUGAAAUUCCUGCAUGAAAAUUGUAUGGAUAAAUCCUGCAUUGGCUAAUUGUAUGCAUCAAUUUGUAAUGGUGCACAAUACACUGUAAUUUUUUUUGCAGUGUAAACCCACCUCAUAUGAGUGGAAGUUGUGCAGAUCUGCACUCUUGAGCAAGCCCUGCCUCAUUCAGCGGCAUUUUGAGGAUGAAAAGUUCCCAAAGGAUUGUUGAUAAUAGUAAAAAUGGAUGUGGCUUUCAGAAACCCUUUCCAGCUGACAUUUGAAUUUGUGUUACCUGCUUUCUGCAUUGUGCCUGCAAUUCUUGCAGGGCAUUGUGUUUUGUGUCAUUCUGGUGCACUGUGCAUCUUACAAAUUUCAUUUUAAAUAUAUAUAUAUUUCUGUAUAAUAUUUUGUCUUCUGUCGGCAGGUAAAUGGAAUAUCUUUGCUUGGAGAAAAUCACAAGGAUGUAGUAAAUAUUUUAAAAGACCUGCCCAUCAAAGUAACAAUGGUGUGUUGCCGUGCAGCUCCACCUAUUAGUCAGUUGUUAAUGGAUGAAUCUCAGAUGAUGGAACAGGUAAAUCAAAGCAAAGGCGUGGGCCUUGUAUGUGUAGGAUGCUGUGAAGAAAAUGUGUGAUCACUUGACUCUAAGCAAGGCUGUUUCAGCCUCUCUUACCCCUGUGGCAAAUGGAGACAACCAGAAAAUCUUUACAGGCACUCUUUCUCUCUCUCCCUCCUCCCAUUAUACCUUGUUUAAGGUUCCACUCUGUGCUCAUUCUGAAAUAGAGAGCUUUAUUUCAGGCAUUGCCAAUGUUUCUGGGCCUCUGGGCACACUUGGGAUGUUGAGGAAGUGCCAGUCACAAAAUGGUUGCUGUGGGGUAUGUGGCAUAAAACAAAAUGGCCGUCGUAUUGAAAAAGAGCAGAAAAAAGGGACAAGACACAAAAUGAUGUGAGCAUUCCCUCCCAACCCCAACCCCCCCUCCAAAAAGAAAAAUCAGUGGGCGGAAAAGGCACAUCAGUCACUACCACAUUCACUCACGGAAAAAAGCUCUUUGUUCUUCUCUAUUCUGAUCAGAAGGAAAGGUGGAUGUCCAAAUCUGGCAUCCAAAGACAUGUCAGCAUAUUUAAGGGGCCUAUUGAAUUAGUGUAAAAAAAUCGAAUAGGAAGAGCAAAGAGUGCAUUGUGCAUUGCAGAUUUUUGAGAGGACACUUGCAGAAACCUUUUGUGGGUGCCACAGGAAGUAUUGGUGGGUGCACACAGGCACCAAUUUGGCAACUCUCACAUAACUAUAUAGUGGGACCUUAGCAGUCCUUCUUAUUGGCUGAGUGAAUGUGGGAUCUUGUUGUAAGGACAUACAACAAUAGGCCUUGCAUGUAAGUUAAUUCAGGCUUGUCACUUCCUUGCUAGCACAUACAUUCACUUGAAUGAACAACAGAACAGUUUUAUCCCACUACAGUGGUACCUCAGGUUACAUAUGCUUCAGGUUACAUACGCUUCAGGUUACAGACUCUGCUAACCCAGAAAUAGUGCUUCAGGUUAAGAACUUUGCUUCAGGAUGAGAACAGAAAUCAUGCUCCGGCGGCGCAGUGGCAGCGGGAGGCCCCAUUAGUGGUGCUUCAGGUUAAGAACAGUUUCAGGUUAAGAACGGACCUCCGGAACGAAUUAAGUACUUAACCCGAGGUACCACUGUACAGAGAUGCUCAAUUUGUGUGAGCAGUCUGUUUUACUGAUAAAGCACCACAGUUGAGACUUGAAAAAUUUCGCUUCUCCGACUUCAACAAAAUAUUCAUUUCUUAUCAGAUAACACCAAUGGUGGCAGCUAAUAAGAUGAGGCAGGACAAUCCAGAGGGAGGGGAAGCCCACAUCUGUACCAAUGGGUGGCUGUUAGAAGCAGCUGAGUCAGGAGCAAGGCACACAACACCAUGCAAAGCAUUUGGGACACUCCCUCCCCUGGCUGCCUUCAACACAUGCCCUUUUGGCUUGCCUUUCAGUGGUGGAGAGCCAAUAGCCAUUUACUUCUUAACACUUUCCAUUCUGCCUUUCAUCGCUAUUCAGAGGAGAGAUAGUUGGUAUAUGAAGGCAGACCUGAUGUAGAAGGAAAAUUCAAUCAGAAAAGUUUGGAUGAAUGAAAUAUAUAAUAUAUACAUAUAUGGUACAGCCGGUCCAAUCCAGUGACUGGAAUGUUAGAUAAUAUUUCCACCUACAAAGCCUGUUUUAAAGACCUACUUUAGAUUCUCAAAGUGGCUUUGGCCAUAUUAGUAUGGUUACUCAGAGGAAAAGGAAAAAAAUGUCUCCUCCCACAAAGCCAUAAAAUCGUUUUAGUUCUUUAUCCUGGGUGGGGGGACGGACAAGAUGUUGGCAUUCAAGAAAUGCAAGUCCAAAGUCCUUUAGACACACAGAACUAGUUGCAUAGUUGUUUUUCACAAUGAAGCAAUUACCUCAUGGGGUUUUGUGAAGGGGGCAGGCUAGAGGUAGCUUACCAUUUUGUCAAGCAGAAGUGCUGUGUAAACAACUCGUUAUUAAUAGGAAGGUUGGUUAGAGCUGCCAAGCAAUGUGGACACAAAUAUACAGUUAGAAGCAAAAUUAAAAUGCAGGGGCUAUUCCCUAUGUGGCUUUAGAGUGGCUUCAGAUGUUUUGAAUGUGGAGAGAAUAGAGCAGUGGUUCUCAACCUGUGGGUCCCCAGAUGUUGUUGGACUACAACUCCCAUCAUCCCUGAGCUUUGGCCUUGCUAGCUAGGGAUGAUGGGAGUUGUAGUUCAACAACAUCUGGGGACCCAAGGUUGAGAAAGGCUGGAAUAGAGAGUUCAAAUGACUUCCCUGUUCUCUGCAUAUGUUUGUACCAUCAGAAGUGGAUCUUGCACAUUUCUCUUGUCUCUCAGCCUGUCCCCACCAUCUAAGCUUCUGCAUUUGACCACUUCGGAUGUUAUAAAGAUGCAUGGGGAAUAAGAAAAGCAAAUCAGUCAUGCUUGCCAUUCUCCCAUCUCUCAAUGUCCAGAGUUCCUUUUAGUCUCUUGUUAUAUGUGUAUCUACUUGGAAUCGAGUUUCAGUAAAAAUUGUAGGAUUUUCAGUUUUAUUUAUGGAACUGAAUCUCUUUCAUUUUGCAGUCUGUUAUUGAUCUUGGUGGACUCCUUGGCUCUUCAGAGACAGAGGAUGCUAACUUGGACAUGGAUAAUAUGGGCCAGAGUGCAGAUGAGGUUCAAGGAUCUUCUUUGGCAAUGUGGGAGACAAACAUACAGCAAAUUGAGCUAGAGAAAGGGAGCAUGGGACUUGGAUUUAGCAUAUUAGAUUACCAGGUAAUGUCCAAACUACUUAUUUUGCAGAAUGGGAGUACUUACUCAGGGGAAUUCUGCCCCUUUAAGCAAUGUAAUGUCAUUUACCAGGCCUUUCCAAACUCUACUGUCAAACGUGCAACAUUAAGUAAACAAAUUUGUCAAACUAAUUCUAUGGACCAUCAUUCAUUUUAUGGGACCUCGGUCUAAUUCUAUGGCACAGUGAUCUCUGUAGCAGGUCAGCUUGCAUAAAGUAUUUUGCUACGAUUCAGGAAGAAUCUACACAUUGCAUAACAAUAAAAGCAGUUAACAUUUAUUAAGAUGAUUAUGCAGAAUUGUUGGCAUGAGUCUCCACAGAUUAGAAACACUGAUUUGAUUUUCAACUCUGAUUUGGUCGUUCCUCUGGCCAUGUACUUGGCCAUUUAUGUCUGAUUCUAUUUCUUUUAGAAAUAUUAUUAUUAUUAUCAGUGGCUGGACAUCUGCACAUUCAGCUCAAAGGAGAAAAAUUGAUAUAAUUAAACCAAUUACUGUAUUUUUUGCUCUAUAAGACUCACUUUUUCCCUCCUAAAAAGUAAGGGGAAAUGUGUGUGCGUCUUAUGGAGUGAAUGCAGGCUGUGCAGCUAUCACAGAAGCCCGAACAGCAAGAGGGAUUGCUGCUUUCACUGCGCAGCGAUCCCUCUUGCUGUUCUGGCUUCUGAGAUUCAGAAUAUAUUUUUUCUUGUUUUCCUCCUCCAAAAACUAGGUGCGUCUUGUGGUCUGGUGCGUCUUAUAGAGCGAAAAAUACGUAUAUCAAUUUUUCUCCUUUGAGCCGAAUGUGCAUAUGCCCAGCCAUUGAUAAAAAUAACAAGACCUACAAAGUCUUGCACAAGACCUACAAAGCUGCAGAGGAGUGUGAAAUAGAUAUGCUUGCUAACAGUGAAAUUGCUUUGCCUAAUGCUGCAGAGCUUGGUUAGUAAAAGUCUGAGUAUGUAAACAUUCAUAAAAGAAUUGGACUGUGCCACAUUAGUGGGGAAUUGCUUUCACAUUAAAAAAUCUCUUGUACUUAGAAUGCUAUUCCACUAGAGAGGCGUUUAAGUCGAAUUUCUACCCUAGCGUUCUAGCUUUCCAUGUGCUAGGACUUUCCGAAUUGCUGGAAGGAUUCGAAUCCACAGUCCCCAUUGCAUUCUGAAGUGGCAGAAUCCUGUUUUAUUAAAGAAGUUCAAUAAUCUCCUGAGCUAGAAUCGCAAGCUGUUAUAUUGCCCAGUGUAAUCUCCCAGUGUUACGUAGCCUGAUUUCAUGUUGGGCCUGGAUAAAAUAUUCAGAUUGAAUAUAUACAGUGGUGCCCCACAAGACGAAUGCCUCGCAAGAUGAAAAACCCGCUAGACGAAAGGGUUUUCCAUUUUUCGAUGCGCUUCGCAGGACGAAUUUCCCUAUGGGCUUGCUUCGCAAGAUGAAAAUGUCUUGCAAGUCUUGAGAUUUUUUUCGCUCCCCCCCCUUUUUCUAAGCCGCUAAGCCGCUAAUAGCCUUUUAGCCGCUAAGCCGCUAAGCCUUUAAUAGCCGCUAAACCGCUAAUAGGGCUAAUCCGCUAAGCCACUAAUAGGGUUGCUUCGCAAGACGAAAAAACCGCUAGACGAAGAGACUUGCGGAACGGAUUAAUUUUGUCUUGCGAGGCACCACUGUACAAGAAAAUGAUCUCUACAAAUGUGGGAAUUAAACAUUGGGUCCUGGAGGGUGUGAGUGCUUCCUCUCCUCCUCAGUGCCCCAGCAAACUGGCAGUUUUGGAUAUGCCACAACUCUCGUAAGAUGUUUAAAUAGUGAAACUUUCUAUUCCUUGUGAGGUAAAUGGAGCUUGGGGGAGGGAUAUCCAACUAAUCAAUGACCUAAAAUCCAUUAAUUUCAGUGGGUCUUCUCUGAGUGUACCUAUCAUUGGAUAGCUCCCAUUGGCUUGGAUUCCUGGACUACUGAAGGAGCCAGUGUAACGUUUUUGUCUAGACUGAUAAAGAGGAUUUGGCAUUAUUUUAUUCAUAAUAUGCUUCUUUUAUUUUCAUUAAUGAAUAAAGCGCUUCCUGAAAUGUGUAUUCCCCAGUGCUUUUACAUAAACAUGUUAGGGAUCAAAGAAUACUAUCUUUCCCCCUUGGUUCUUCUGACAUAAUUUGAGUCGGCAUAAACAAAUAUGCUUAAUUAUAGGGAAGCACAUAGCCAUUAGAAGUCUUUCAGCUGAUCACUGCCUGAAACUCUCAGGUUUUAGUUUUAGAUUUUUACAUAAAGAUAUUCCAUAUGCCCAUGUCUAACACAGAAGAGGAGAAUAAAGCAGUGUGGGCACUAUUUAUAUUAUUUGAUGGAGCCUCUUAUUUGCUGUAGCACAAAGCACAAUCGAAAUAAUCUAGUGCAGGCAUAGGCAAACUCGGCCCUCCAGAUGUUUUGGGACUACAAGUCCCAUGAUCCCUAGCUAACAGGACCAGUGGUCAUGGAUGAUGGGAAUUGUAGUCCCAAAACAUCUGGAGGGCUGAGUUUCCCUAUGCCUGAUCUAAUGGCUGCUUGCAGCUGCUAUGUAAAUGCAGACAUAUCUCAUGAAAGUGGGGUUUCACCAUUCACUGGGUUAGGGCUGGGUCAUCUGCACCUUGAAAAGAAGCAUAAAAACUUGCACGGGCUCCUAAUUUAUUGAGAAUAUGUUUUCCCCCACUUUCCUCUUCUUUAAAAAGGACCCUGUGGAUCCUGUGAAUACGGUGAUUGUGAUCCGCUCUCUAGUUUCUGGGGGAGUGGCCGAACAAGAUGGCCGGCUCCUCCCCGGAGACAGACUUAUGUACGUGAAUGACAUCAACUUGGAAAAUGGCAGCCUGGAGGAAGCUGUGCAAGCGCUGAAAGGAGCGCCGAUGGGAACGGUUAGGAUAGGAGUCGCAAAGCCCUUGCCUGUAAGGAACUUAAAUCUUACACAUUUUGUUUGGGGUUUCCUAUUUUGCCAAGAAACCAUACAGGUUGCCUGUUUGCAAAUGCAUGCGUUUCGUUUAUUGACCUAGCAGCUGACGACACUCACUGUGGAUGUGUGAACUAAUCUCGUUUUGUUUUAAAGUGAUGUAAAAAAAAAAAAAAAAAUUCUGUCUGUGGAGUUUCAUCCGUAAAGGUCAGUUCACACAUGUGUAAGUGAUGUGGCUUCGGCUGCCGUCAAGUGAUAAGCAUACACCUGUGAACCUGCCCACAGUGUGUCUAACUGCAAAAAUAAAUAAAUAAAACAAUAGCAAUCUGAAGUGUAUCUGAAGAAGUGUGCAUGAACCCGAAAGCUUAUACCAGAACAAACUUAGUUGGUCUAUAAGCUGCUACUGGAUUUUUUAUAUUUUUUUAUUUUCAUUUCAAUAGCAAUCUGUACUUCAGAUUCAUCAGGGCUUCAGAUUCAUCAUUUACUCAAUAGCAUCUUGUUUUGACCCUAGCUAUGGAGCUUCAUUUGGGAAUAGCAUACAUUGGGCAUAGUAAUGGAAAGAGGAGCGGCCAUCCUGGUUUGACAGAAAAUUCAAAAAGGAAUUUGUUUAAAGCUGGUUUUCUUCCUAACUUCAAACACAGCGUUCUUGACUUCAAUGCUCUUAAGUUCAAUGGAGCUUAUUGAUGAACAUUUGCGUUUAGAUUCUGAGAGUAAGUGGGACUGAAGUCUGUGGGACAAAAUAGGUUUAAAUCCAAUCUGUUAGGCUCAGCUACAUUGGUAAUCGGGCUCUUUUGGCAAAUAUAGUGAAGUAAAUAUAAAUCAUUAGAGCUGAGAAAACAUUCCAAAUUCCUAGGUGCCAGGACUGGAGUAUUAGAUACUACCGUUGUGCACAGCUAAAAUAUUAUUUCAAACUCAUGGGCAUUUCAUUCUUCAGUGCUUUUCCUAGCCUUGUAAACCAUUACACCUGCUCAGGGCUAUAAGAAUAACCUGCAGUUCUCUCUUUUUCGGAGGCUCCCAUUCAUUCCCCUUUCUAAAAAUUCCCUCACGCUGCAUGUCGUGAACAUUAGCCACUAUCCAUCUCAAGAGCUUCAUUCUCUCUGCAGCUUUCACCAGAAGAGGGCUAUGUUUCUGCUAAGGAAGAUUCCUUUUUCUACACUGCCCAGUCCUUUGAGGAGGAAGGGCCAGCUGAUUCAGCCCUCUUCCAUGCUGAGCUGGCUCUGGUUAGUGGCCACUUCCUUUCCAUGAUAAUGUGUUAAAACCCUUUUGAUCUUAUGUUUUCAUACCAAAGAAAAUUUUGUCUAGCGUCAAUGGAGAAACAGCCUUGACAUUGUAACGUAAAGACGUAUUUUAAAAUGCUUGCUUAACUUCUUCUUUUUUAAGGGCUUAAGAAGGUUGUUUUAUUGGGUCAAGAUGCUGAUAUCCAAAUACACACACACACACAAACAAAAAACCCACAGACGCACACACACAGUCAUGAGAAAAAGAAAGUACACCCUCUUUGGUUUUACAUAUCCGGGCAUAAUAACAAUAAUCUGUUCCUUAGCAGUUCAUUGAAUUAGGUAAAUACAACUUCAGGCGGACAGCAACACAUGACCUGUUAAAGCAAAAUGGAGAAGCCACAUGUGGAAAAACUAAAAAACGAGACAGUAACUUGGAUUGGAGUUCAAAAAUAAAUUCUGUGUUUGCACAUUAUCCUGUUUUGAGAAUCGUACAUUGAUACAGGAAAAGGAAAUUAAGGCUGCUGUCCUAUGCUCUUCUGUAGGAGUAGUUAGUAGACUCACAGGUAUUUGUUUCUGGGUAGAAACACAAGAUUGGGCGGUCAACCACUUAUACAAAAGAAGUGUUAUUGACAAGAAUCAGUUAAGGGGACGUGUAUACCACAUUACAAAGUGAAGUUUUUGCUGCUGUUUUUCAGGUCAUGCUAUACCGUCACCACAAAGUCUAUCUAGAAGCUUGAUGGAUUCUUAGUUGGCUGCAAUUUCCAUCGUUCAAGCAAACUAAUCACUUUUAAGUUUCAGUAGGAAGUUUUAAUGCAUGCACUUGUGAUAUCACAUAAGUGCAGGAUUUGUAACAUCCUGGAUAUGUUUUUAUUGGGCAUUAAAAGAUUAGUGAAAAGUGUGCUAGCUUUGGAGUUGGACAAUACAUACACACACACACACACACACACACACACCCUAUUAUUUCAAAUAAAAUGAGAGAUUAGGUAGGCAGCUUUUGUAUCAUGAAGGUAAUUAAUUUUUUUAAAAUGGACCUUUUUAGACAAACUUAAGCAGUGCACCACUUUCUUAAAUUCAGCAAUGGGACAGCAUAUGAGAUUUUUUUUUCCAGAGGCAGAAAAUUAUAGGAAAUCAUUCCCCCUGCCCCAGCACCUGUUUAUCACUUGAUGUACUUGCAAAUUCAGAUCUAAAUAAUAUUCUCAGAUAACACUGGUGUGUCACUGAAUUUGAGGAUAUGGAGACAUAGGUGAAAAUGGAAAUGGGCUCAUUGUGUAUCCAAAAGAUUUUGUAUGUUUGAAAUCAAAAAGAAAACUAAAGCAAGGCAUGGUAGCUAAGAAGUAUUCAUCCACAGAUGCAAAUGUUUGGGGCUUAUGUGAUACGAAUGCAGCAGAUAGCCGGACUGAUUAAAUUGCCUUUGCUGUUAGGUGGAUUCAAGUGAGGCAGAUCUAGUGGAGGAAUCCACCUUCGAAUCGCACUAUUCCCCAGACAAUGAUGGUACAUUCCAGUCUUCAGUUUCAGCUCUGCAUGGCAGCUCCUGUGCCGAUGACCUGAAGUAUAACCUCUCACUACCCUCUUCAACUCCCAAGGUAAAAAGAAAAAUAUGUAUCAUUUUAUUGAUUGUGGCGAAGCACCACUGAAUGUGAAGAUGUUUGCGUUUGGCUGCUGUAUUGGAUGUAGCAAUGACUAAUGUCGCCCCGGUUGGUUCCAUCUGCUCGUAGGUUUGUUAUUAGAUUAAAGAGCAAUUUCAUUUAGGUAGUGUUGACUGAACACCUUUCAGACUUUCGGAGACCAAAUGCAUUUUGUGCUAUAUGAGGAGGACAACAUCGAUUUGAGGUGCUCUUGUUUUGCUUCUUAAAAAAAGAAGAAAGGUUUCAAUGAAUUUUAAUAAUACUGUGGGAUAUUUUCAAAAAGGUUAACGUAGAGUAACGAACUAUUGCUCCAAAAAUAGCAUUUCCACCAUAUAAGACACUGUUCACUUUCUCCGUAUCUUUAAUCGUAGUCAGUUAGUUACUAUAUCCCUUUAGUAAAUGUGAUGUCGCAGUUAGGCUAAAAUUAAAUCAACAGCAAAAUAGAAUCAACAUGUUGACAUUCAAUUUAACCAUAAAGAGCAAUAUAUUUUAAAAAUGAUUUGAUCCCAUACCCAAUCCUGUUCUUUAGCAUGAUGGCAUCUUUUACAUUUUCUUCCCCAUGUUAGGAUUUUUCUCCCUUCCAUUUCUUGGCAACCUGUUAAUUUUUUUCACCUAAGCUUGAAUAAUUUCCUGUGUUUUUUUUAAUACUCAUGGUAGUUCUGGCAUCAUCAUUGUCGGUGAUGUCAAUCCGUUUUCUUGGUUGGUUUGCAGUGUAUAUUCCUGAAAAAAGGAGUUGCUCAUCUUUCACACCUGAGGUUCACCAGCUGGCUGUAUCCCUUCUGGAAUGUAUUUCAGUCUUACUGGCCAUGGGGCUGACAGCCGGAGUUUAUCUCAUAAUGGAAUUUCCUAAUCCACAACAGAAUGUACCUUUGCUGUGCCAAUGAGACAGAUUGCAUUGUUUAACUUGGUAAUUGUUACUUAAAGGGAUUAGACAGAGAGCAUGCUGGGAAAUGUACGUUCUGCAACACAUCUGGUCUUACAGAAGACAUCACAUUGGUGUUCCCAAAGACUCUCUUUCUGUCUCUGUCUCUUCUUUUACAUCUACCAGAUGCAAUCCUAUAUAUGUCUUCUCAGAAGUAAGUCCUGUUGAGUUCAAUGGGGCUUACUCCCAGGUAAGUCCUUAUAAGACUGCAACCCGAGAGUAAAAUGCUAACAUUAAAGCUUGGUAGCAAUUCACGUUUCAUUUUGCCCAGAUAAAAAUAGCCACACAGAAAGCAAUGCAAUAUACCAUUUCAACUGAGCCAGCGACCUCUCUUCACACAGGGAGAGGUAAUAAUAAUAAUAAUAAUAAUAAUAAUAAUAAUAAUAAUAAUUUAUUAUUAUUUAUACUUCUCCCAUCUGACUGAGUUUCCCCAGCCACUCUGGGCGGCUCCCAACAAAAUAUUAAAAUACCUUUCUAGAAGCAGAGGGACAUGUGAAGUAGGGAAUAUCCACCUAAGAGACAUUUUCGUCCUUAAAAGAGCACAGGAAGCCCACACAUGCGGACCUCAAAAUCAUAGAUCUAAAGUUUGGAAUACAGGCAGUUGUAACUCCAAAUGACAGACACAUUGGAGUUUCAGUACAGUCAUUAUUUUGAAGAGGGGGAAAAGUUCAUCUCAAAUUUUACAUGUUUUGGAGCCUUUCUUCACACUUGCAAAAUGAAGCUUUUUGGGUAAUUUAUCUUAGAUACAGUAGUUUGAGAGGAACAUUAAAGCACUGAUGGGUUAAGAAACGAGCAGGGCAUUAACUCCCUUGUUGACAGACGUGCAUUCAAAUAAUGCUCCAUUAGGAGCGGAGUCGUAGGGUUCUAUCAAAAGCAGCACCAGUGAAAUUACGCUUUUGCAGUGGCAGAUUGGGUCCACUUCCUGGUGGGGCCGGGUUGUGGUCUGGCCACCUAGCCACUUCUCUCAGCAUCAGGGUGGUACGGCAUCCUGUCUCAUGCUGGGGGAGACCCCGGCCACAUCAGGUUGCCAGGUGGCUAAUCAGGUCACUUGGGGGUGUGGCCUGGGACAAUUUAUGCCUCAGCGUGACUCUGUGGCUUCCUCUUCUGUUUCCUCUCCCUCCUCCCCGCCCCCCAGUCUGGAGGGUCCUCCAACUCCAGCUGAUUUUGAGGAUGUGUGGAGGGCUGCAGGUGAGGAGGGAAAGCUCUGUCUUGCUUGCACAGGUCUGUUGUGCUAGUGGAGACGGAAGAGUGGCUAUUGCCCUAGAUUUUUAACUAUAUACAUGUUCAGAACAGUAGGUGCUGUUCAGGAAUGCUGAUGCUGUCUGAAAUGUCUCAUGGUCUUUAUGAGAUUGUCAGUGCAGUUUGGUAUCAUGUCUACUUGAAAAUGUGCUGCCCUGAGCUUACUCCCAGGAAACUGGAUAGUAAGGUUGUAUCCUUAGGGUGGUAUUCAACUAUGUUUACUCGGAGUAGAUGCAUUGAAAUUAAUGACCACGGCAAAGUUAGGUCUAUGAAUUUCAGUAGGUCUAUUUGGAGGAAAAUCUGGUUGAAUACCCUUGGGUGCUCUUGCCUGGAAGCAAGCCCCACUGAAUACAGUGAGAUAUACUUCUGAGUAAACAUGUGUCGGUUUUGCUCUGAUGGGCUGUAAUUCUAUGCACACUUACUUGGGGGUAGGUCUCACGGAACUGUGUGAGACUUAACUUCUGAGUAGACGAGCAGAGAUUUUAGUUCUAUCUUGGUGAUUGGAAAAGCAUUUAGUCUUUGCUGAAUUCACUUUCAAGAGAUGGGUAGAACAAUAACAUUGUUAUUGUUUAGUUGUUUAGUCGUGUCCGACUCUUCGUGACCCCAUGGACCAGAGCACACCAGGCACUCCUGUCUUCCACUACCUCCCGGAGUUUUGUCAAAUUCAUGCUGGUAGCUUCAAGAACACUGUCCAACCAUCUCGUCCUCUGUCGUCCCCUUCUCCUUGUUCCCCACCAUCUUUUCCAACAUCAAGAUCCUUUCCAGGGAGUCUUCUCUUCUCAAACAAUAAUAUACCAAGCUGUUAUUCAAAAAGAAAACCUCUAAAAGUCAAAUAAAAUUUUUAAAUCUUCUUCUUUUUUUAAUAAUAGGCUGUUUGCAAAGAAAGUUCAAAUGCCUCAGUUGGUUACCAUUUACCGGACCAAAACCUGUACACCAUGGAUCUAAUGCAAAGGGGAGCAGAGAGCAGAUCUUCUGCUGAUGUAUGUGUGGAACAGUCUGCUGGGAGCACAAGAAAAGAUCCAGUAACACAUUCUCCUAAGAAACAAGCUGAACAUGAAAGCACAGGAACUUGGACAGCUGAAGCCUCACACAAUGCAAAUUUAACUUCUAGAUUGAACCCUGAUGCUACUGGGAAAGUAAGUGUUUCAUUGCGUAUGUCUGUGCAGUAAUGCCAGUAUUUCCAGGGAUCACAAAAUGGAACUGAUAGCCUUCCGGAUAUUACUGUGCUUACAAACUCCCUUAAUAACUCUGCCAGCCUUGAUAGCCUGGUUGAAUUGUGGAAUAAAGUGUGUUCUCCUUCAUGGAGAGCACGUGUUAUGGUGGGGGCCCCCAGGACACUCCAAAGUUGUGGGGCGGGCUAAUUGACCGUUGGCCACUGAUGCGAUUGGGCUUCCCUUGUUGUUGGGAAGAAGUUAAUGUUGCCAUUUGUUGAUUGACAGCCAGAAAUGCUAAAACUCCUUGCACGAGGCUAGGGCUUCCUCUUUUCGCUCCAUGCAUCGGAUUGCCCAUCCCCCCCUUCCCUAUAUUUAGGGUUGUUCGCAUUGACCUUGCUAUUCCUGUCAUGGGGUCGUCUGCACUUGGGGCAGGGGCCUGGUAGGAAUUUUGUCCAUCUGGCUGAUUGGCUGGGGCCAUUUGGGUUUUGCCUACUGCGUAGCAAAUCGUCACAAAUUGUAAGGUUGCAAAUCGUCACAACUUGUAAGGUUGCUCUUGGCUGCAUUUGGGGAGGGCUGAGGGCAGGUUCCCUGCUCUGUCGCUACCCCCAAGUAUAUUCCCCUUUUCUGACUUUCACAGGCGUACGGAAUGUCAGUCUGUCCCCCACGGUGGGGGCAGAUAGUCGCAACCAAUGCCUAAGCAACCGCUUACAUGUUUGUAUUUUAAUAAAGUUCUGGUCAAAAUUAUGCCAAAAACCUUAAACAAAAAAAUUGGUGUGAUGUGUGUGUUAUUGGGGUGGCCCUGGGGACCUCGACACGCAACAGGCUCCCCUUGCAACAUGGUAUAUCUCCCAGGGGUCCUUCCGGCAGUGCAGGUUCCUCUUGUUCAGGGAGCACCAAAGACAACUGAAGUGGCUGGCUUUGUUGUAAAGAUGGCAAUUUUUGUGAUCAAUUUAUGGCCUAGGCCUGCUUCAAAGGGUUGUGCUACUACUAUCAGAGUAGCAUCCGUUCUGUAAAACUGUUCUGAGCGAUAGUAAGUAAGGGCUAAGUUUGCAGAGAGCUCCAAAGUGAAAGGGUGCAGGCAUACAAAGGGGUUUUUCUCUCUCUCGUUCUUCUAGGUCAGGCUGAUUUGCAGCACAAGCACGCAGCAGGAGCUUGUUCUUGGACAGAGCAGGAAGACUUUGGCAUAAAAUCAGGUUUAUAUUCCUGCCUACCUCUCCAGCACUUUGCUGCUGCUGCUUGCGCUGAAGGAGAUAGUUUGCUUUAUUUUCUUGCUUUGCUGCCAAGGAACUUGCAUAAAUGCUGAUGUUUUAGCAGUAAACCAUCGCGUUACUUCUUUUUUUAUCCUUUUAGCUCAGUCAUAUUAAUUUGAAGGGAAACAAGAGUUCUGUAAGCAAAUUAGGAAUUACACAUUUUCUUAUUACGUGAAUGCCUAGCAGAUUGGAAACCAUCUGUAAUUGGCAAAUCACACGGAAUCCAAUAAUGCUCUCCAGUUACUUGUCUCUAUAAACUGACACUGUUUUUCUUCUUAUCAGGAUCAUGUACUCUCGAUGGAAAAUAACAGCUUAACACAUGCUGGGAGGUAUUCUGCAACCCUAAAUACAAACAAAAACAAGUUUGAGAAGACGAUUACUAUUGCAAAAGGCAAUUCAAGUUUAGGUAGUGUAUCUGCAUCACCUUUUCUGCCGUUGUUGUAAUCUCUGCCUACUUGCUCCCCAAAUAGAACUGUGAAAUGGUAUGAAAAAUAACAACAGACAAACCCAUUGAGAGUGUGGCUGCUGUGUAGGCAACCUGCAACUUCUCAGGUCCAUGGUGCUGUCUCCAGGAAUAUGUUUUUCCCAGGAGAGUAGGAAGAUAUUUCAACACAGGUGUUUUGUUUUGUUUUGCUAAUUGGAUGGAAUUCCUUCUAUUGUUUUGCUCACGAUAUGGCAUGAGAUUUAAUGUGAGUCAGUAAUAUCAAACCAACCUACGUAAUUCUAGUAAUUAGUAGUGAGAUGGGAAACAUAUGGCCCUUAAGGUAUUUUUGGCUUUCAGCUCCCAUCAUCCCUAGUUGUGAGAAAUUAUGGGAAACGUGGUCCAACAAGAUCUUUCCAAAGCGUUUGACAUUGGGCUAUUGGAAUUAGUUAAUAGAAUUUAUUGCUUGCAUCUUUUAGCUAAUACUUCAGCUAAGAGUUGUUGCAACCAUGACACUGAAUAAAGCCUCACAAGACUGUCUAAUCUUCUUCAGAGGAUGAACGAACAACAGCACAUUGAGACUGCAGUCCUAUAUAUACUGUUACUUGGAAGCAAAUCCCGUUUAUUUAAAAUAUUUAUAUCCUGCCCUUCAUUACAAGAUUUCCCUGUGGGGAACAAUAAAACUCAUUCUGAAACCACAAAGCCAUUAAACAGAUGCAAGAGUGGGUCAGAUUGCAAUUAGCAUCAGUUAUAAAACUAUAGAGCAACAUCUAUAAAAAUCUCAAGCUGAGCACUUAACAGUUUCCAAAUGCUUGAGUAAAUAACUAUAUCUUGAUCUGAUGCUGAACUGAGAGGCGAUGGGUAUUCCACAACUGGGGCACAACCCCAGUGAAGCUUCUCAAGCCCUUGCAUAGUAUAUAACUCCUGGAAGCUGGACCAUUUAAAUCAAGGGGACUUCAUUCUGAAUAGGAUUACACUGUAAAAAUAGCCAUUCCUCAAUGUUUCAGUGUGAUGUUCAGAAUGCAGUUUGUGCUAGACAGCUGCCAAGAAACAGAAGUUAUGGUCACGCUCACAGCUUUGCAUAAAUGUAAAUAUCAGCAUCUUGCUCAGAAUGAUUCUGUUAAAAGUGCCUUAUCUUAAUAUUAUCAAAUUUCACAUGUGGUUUUAUUUUAUAUUUUGGGUGGGUGGGGCGGUUGUAGGUGGUGGUUUGCUUCUAUGGAUGCAUAUCUGCUAUCAGCAAAAACGCCUAUGUAUAAUGUUUAGGUUGACUGUUUUUUGGGGUCUUCUCAUAGGCUGGAAUUUGCUACCGUAUUACCUGUAAUAUUGGCUGCAAAUUUAUCUUCUUUAUUUUCUUCUACUUCUCCUUUAAGGGAUGACAGUAAGUUCCAAUAAAGAUGGCUCUGGAAUGAUAGUCCGCAGCAUUAUCCAUGGGGGCUCCAUAAGUCGCGAUGGGCGCAUUGGUGUUGGGGACUGCAUUCUGUCUGUCAAUGAGGAACCUACCACUAAUUUAACCAACGCACAGGCACGAGCUAUGCUGCGGAGACAUUCCCUCGUUGGACCAGAUAUAAAGUAUGUAGAGUCAAUUGGUGCAAGAACAAUGUCUGGUGUAUUUAUUUAUUUAUUAUCUUUAAAAAUAAUCUUGAAGGACAUCACAUUCCACACUUACCUUGAAGUUAUGUUCCAAAUUCAGGAUUUAAAUGGCUAGAACAGGCACCCCCAAACUCGGCCCUCCAGAUAUUUUGGGACUACAAUUCCCAUCAUCCCUGACCACUGGUUCUGUUAGCUAGGGAUGAUGGGAGUUGUAGUCCCAAAACAACUGGAGGGCCGAGUUUGGGGAUGCCUGGGCUAGAAAACAACUCAAAAUUGCCAGUGUGAGUCCAGGAAGAAAAUGCAAGAUUGUGAUUCUCAGCACGGCCUGCUCUGACCCAAGUUUACAGCUUUUAAUGAGCAUCCUUAAGAUUUAAGUCUGAUUUAAAUCUGCCAGUCCUCCCUGGGGUACAUUUCUUCCUUUACUCCCACUCUGGGAUCCCUUCAGAUUCAACCUGUUAGGUGGGUUUGACAUAAACAUUUUAUGUUCUCUUGCAUCAGAUUGCAUCAGAUCAGCAUCAGAUUGCCUUCCUUGGGCAAGAAGGGCUCCUUUUUUCACUAGUACACUUGCUGGUUUUCCUUCACCCUCGCAAGGCAGCAAGUGUCCCAGCCCCCACCCCCUUUUCACACAAACAGAUUCUUCCAGCUUCUAGCAGAUGCAAGCAUGUUCCCAUGGGACCCAAGUUAUGCAAUGCCUUUCUGAGUGGAGAGAGCUGUGCCCCGUUAUAUUGUGUUGUGUGACUGCAUGCUUGGUGCAAGAAGAGCCUCUCAGCUCCUUGCUCUUUGAUGGGGAGAAAACGUGGAUUGCACACCUCCUGCGACUGAAGACCUUUGCUCAGGAAGAUAAACUAGGGAAAAUGUUGGAAUUUUUAUAAGGGAAGUCUACUCUCUGUUUGCCAAAGAUUCUUUUCUUUGAGAAAAAUCUCGGUAAUGAACAAGUGGCUAAUUACAGAAACUAUGACACAUGGCAUUAAGACAGAAGAAUAAUGUUUUAAAGUAUAACUCUCAGUACAUCUUUGACAAAUAUCAGGAAAGCAGUUUAUCUUGUACCUACAUUUGUAUUUCACACAUGUAGACUUAGAGGCAGGGUAGCUUGUUACUUGAAAGAGGCACAAAAAUCUAAAGCCUAGAAAUAAAAUACACUGAGUUGAAAUAGUUUGCCGCCUGCUUACUCUUUGAAGACAACAGCAACAGGUGCAUUAUCUUUACUGCAUAUUAGGUGUUCAGAGACAAGAUACUUUCAGGUAACCCAGGUCAUUUACAAGAAACUGGUGUAACCCGUAACUUCCUGGACCUAUUAGUGGUAUCUUGGUCAUUUGCUUAAAUUCCAUGUAUGUAGUAAACGGUAAAUGACCCCUGGAUGGUUAAGUCCAGUCAAUGGUGGAAGGUAAAUACAUGUUGUAGGCCCUUUAUGAAUAGAAAAAAUCCUCUUUACACAUUGAGGUGAGCACAACUUGCUUCCUAAUAAGGGUCCUUAGCUUUCUAUCCUAUCCAAUCAGAAGCAGACCAAAAGUUCAGUUCCUCUGGGCAUGCCUGUCUUAUCUAUCAUCUAUCUAUCUAUCUAUCCAUCUAUCUAUCUAUCUAUCUAUCUAUCUAUCUAUCUAUCUAUCCAAACAUGUACAUUUUUUUCUAAGCAGACAAGCAGAUGUGUAGCCUCACUUCUCACUCCACCUUACAAUUUCUGUAAUAAUAUCUAGGGCUUUGCUUUUUAGCAGCAGUCAUAACAGCUGCUUGUAACAUCUGCCAGAUAAUUACCAAGCUGAUUCAGAAUUCACCUGCCUUCACCGAAUGUGUGGAGAUGAAUCAAGGAAAUAAAAGAUUGAUUGCGGUUCCAUUUUUCAUGCUUGUUAAUAAUCACCGCUAUACACUCCCAAUAAAGAGCAGAUGCUUUCUGUUGGGAGGUGUGGAUAGAAUGGAGGUGGAAAGGGGAGAAGAGGAGAGAGAAUAGGAGUGCACACUUUUAAUGGUGCGUGUGCGCAUCUUGCAUUCAGCACAAGUCACUGACAUUUGUUAACACCAUUGUAAAAAGAUGCUGCGUCGUAUGCUUCACAUUCUAGAUCUUCUCCAACACCUGCUGAUGAUCAGGCCCCCUUUUAUGUGUGAGUAUCGGUGAUUUAAAAGCUCAUUAUAGCUCUGUGUUGCAACUUGUCUGUUAAACCAUUCAUGCUUUCAUAACACCCAAAGUAGCUGGGAUAUAUCCAGAUAUAGGUACAGCAUUAUGUACGCAGACUUACAUGGCUGCCUUCAUCCAAUUAGUCUGUUACUAGAAUCGACAAGUUGAUUCAUUACCCAAUUACAUUACAGUAUACUGGCAUUUUUGGAGGUAUUUAAUAAAGAUAACUUUUUUUUUUGUCUUCUUAAAUAGCACAGUAAAAUAAGAUAUUGGCGGGGGGGGGGAUUCAUCUUCAAAGGGGAGAGGUCCAUUUAUGAGAGGGAGUUUGAUUGUUCACAUGUUUCCUUUACUAGACAAGUCAGCCUGCCAACUGACAAGUAUUAACCAGUGGCACGGGGCAGAGUAUUUUUCUGGACUAAAACAGAAGACACGUUUCAUCCUAUGCUUAAAAAGUUAAACAUGCAUAUAUUUACUCACAUAGUUUCGUGGAGGGGGGGGUUAAGUGUAAUUUAUCCUCUUUUCAACCGCUGGAUAGCUGCAUUAGUACAGGCAACCCCCGUUUUCGGUGCGACAGAUAUGUGUGCAAUUGCACACAUGUGCACAGGGUAGAACCUGGAAUUGACAUGGAAACGUCAUAAAAUAUGUCACUCAAGGUGUGAAACGGGUGGGGCAGUGGCAGAACGGGGGUUUGAAUUGCACACGAUUUCACACAAGCGUGCAGUGACCCGGAACGCAACCUCUGUGCAAAUUGGAGUUUGCCUGUACUGCUUUUAGUUUCAGCAGCCUACAUUCCACUUUGCCCGGUCAGGACUCAGGUAUAGGAUUUUGCUUUCUGAAAAACAAUGAUGCUUUUCUAGUCAUCUGUGACACAGCUUCAUCUGGGAUUCCCAGUGCAUCCUUGUUCCUCUCCUUGUGAUGAUGUAUUGGCAGGGAAAUACAGAAUCAUUGCUCGGAGUCUUUCCUAUUCUGAUAGGCAUAGAGAGCAGUUUGAUACAUGCAAUAUGCAGCAUAAUUCAGUUCAUGUGCAUUCAGAAGUUAAGUCCCUUUGAAUUCAGUAGGACAUACUCCUAGGUAAUUGUGUAUAUAGGAUUACAGUCAUAAUGGCCUGGUUUUGCAAAGCACACUUCAGGAAUUGUCAUAGCACAGGACUGUGCUCCUUCUCACUGCAUUUAUGCAUUCAAUCUGAUUAUAUAUUGUGGCUUUUCAGCGUUGCUAUACAACUGUGUAUCGCAGCACUAGUAAAGAUACCUGAACACUCUUUCCCAAGGUGCUAGUUACUGAUACAAUCAUGGAUGUACUGAUAUCUGGAUUAAUCUCACUGUCAUAUUUUCUGUGAUACUAAUGUUUUACUCUCUCCACUGUGUGACCAAAAGACUCUAGUUGCCAAGCCUGUUGACUGUAUUGUAAAUUGUCCUGAAUGUGAUCACAGAUUUCUUUAUUUGGUAUAUUUCUUAUCAUAGUAUGUACAGAAGGCUUUUUUUUGUCUGGCUAUAGAAUCAAGCAUGCAGUUGAUUCCUUUUAGUAUUGCAUGCUGCCUCAUGUUUACACCCCUGUCCUCUGACUUUAUUUAGCGCAGGAUAUGAUUCAUUCAUUUGUUUAUUUUUGCUUACUUUCUGAGUGCCGAGCUGAUGUGUAGUCAGUUUAGUCCUUUCCAGCUUCAGUUUUUCAGCCUUUCCUGCCAAUUAUGGAAUCUAAAGUGGAUGGGCUUGUGAGCCAUCUCUCCUUUUAUCGUUUCCUUCUUCCUAAAUUGUCUUUCAACCAAAAAGAAUGCUGUACAACUACCCAAUUCUACUCUCAUUUUCCAUCUAAUCUAAAGAUUUGAAGUUGUGACAUCUGCUGGAAAUUUUUUGUUGAAUGUAUGAAUGAAGUUUCCCCUGUUCUGGAGGGAAAUGUUCUUAUCUCUCUAUAUAGUGCUAGAUUUUUUAUUUAUUUAUCCAUGUGAUUUAUUUAUUAAUGUGAUACCAUUUUCAUCUCUAACGUUACCAUAGCUUUAUUCACUUUCCCCCCUAGUUACAAUCAUGUGUUUUGUUGCAUUUAACAGUUUAAAAGAAUCAUGUUACCCCCAUAAAUACCACCAUCUCUCGAGACUUUCUGACCACUACUACUUAUUUCUCUCUAAAAUGAACACUUUAAAGGGAUAACCUUCAGAACAACAAGGCGGCAUUUUAGCCAGAAUGGAUGUCUGCAAACGGCAGGGAUAAUUUCAUCGCAGUCAAGUUGAUAUGGUUGAUUUAUUGAUUGGCAAUGGGGAACAGUAAUGAGGCAUAAGGAAUUUUUGGUGGGUGUUUUUUUUAAAAAAAAUCAAUUUUCCAUAUUUAUGAUUGCCUUUGUGAAGCACCCAAGUUGAUGUACAAGGAAUAAAGCAAAAACAAGCCAAUUAUGAAUAUUCCAAAAAUUAAAAUGACAAAAAACCUCAGCAGCAUUAGCCGCUUUCAUCCUUCCUGUUUUGUGUGCAGAACCUUCUUGGAGAGACUGCUCUACAAUUGCGGUGCCAUUGCUAAGACUAUCCUGCUUUGAGUUCCAAACCACCUAAUCUCAGAGGAAAGAAAAUGGUGCCCAGAGGAAAGAUAUAUCAGUUAAUAUGAAAGGGGAUGUGUGUAGCCAGUGGCAGUUUUUCACUAGUAGAAACUGCUUCCAAUCAUGCAAGGCAACACAAUUUUCAAACUCCUACCAUUGCACACACAAAGAUGUGCUAAAGCCCUCUGUGCCUCAUUCCCUGCUGUUCCAGAGAACCUUCCAACCUUCAGGAGCAGUUUCUUUUUAGCAGACUGGGGUGGGCUGCAGUACUUAGGGAGAAUUAGAGAGUACUGUGAGAGGAAGUGCUUUUCUCCAACACAAAACUAUUAUUGGUAGCAACCCAGAGAGAAGCAGCUCCUGAAAGUAAACACUGGAUCCACGUGUUUCUGUCACCACACCUCUGAUUAUUAACUGUCAUGCUUUUAGCAUUUUCACCAGUUUUAGAGCCCAGCAUGUAUCAUUUAUUCUUAUUUCUAGGUCAUCCAAUAAGAAGAAUGGUUCUGAGUCAUGGCCUAGAUCUUGGUAUCGUGCUCUUGUUUUGAAUUGUUGCAUACCCCAUUAAUUCAAAGAGAGACUUUUGGCUCAAGAACCAAGUAGUGUGGCUGGAGAAAGCCUUAAAAUCUUGACUGCUUGUUACUGAGCUAUUCCUCAGACACCUGCAGCAUUGUAGGUUUUAUUUUUAUGUUUCAUAUUGCAGCAUUACCUAUGUGCCAGCAGAGCAGUUUGAAGAGUACCAGGCCAGCUUAGGGCAGCAGCUAGAAGGAAGAAUGCCACUGGAUGUUUUUCCUUCGCAUGUUGUCAGGUAAUCUACUACACCAUAUUGCUAUAAUCCUCUCCUUUACCUCUGUUUACACAUGCAUAUGCUAAUAGCAUGAAAAUUCUACCUCCAUGCUUGCCGAAGCAAAACACUUUUACUAAAAAAUGAUAGGCAAAUGUCUGGCAUCUGUUUACUCUAGACGAUAAUAUGGUGGUUGUGGGUUUUUUAAAGCACAGACAAAGAAAUACUCGGUCUAGCCAAUGAUUUGUUUCAGAAAAGUUGUUCACCAUUGUGCAAAGAUUUUGACUUGUACAUUGUGCAAAGAUUUUGGCCUGUACUAAACCAGAGUUACUGGUGUGGGCUUCAUGGGGAACUGUUCUUGAUAUAAGCCAGGAUUGUCACAGCGAAGGCAGAGCAUGAUGGGAGGAGAGAUCAGCCCCAACACUAAUUUACAGCAUAAUAAAUCAUAGUCCCCCCCCCCCAAAAAAGAGAAAUUAACAGUUAAUUGACUAGUGGUCAUUCUGCCUUCCUUUUCCCCACCCCCAUUCUUAACCUCCGCCAGUGACUUUUCCUACAAAUGAGAAUAGGAUUAUUCCAGAGGAAUUGUGAAAUUGCAAGAAGGACUUAUGAUAUUUAGCAAUAUGUUCACAGUUUGUAUUUGGGUUGGCAUAAGCUAUGAAUGGAUACCAGUUUUGAAUGAAAUUGUCAAUGUGACUUUGUGAACCGUCUUGUCCAACUGGUAAUGCCUUCAAAUGGAAGGCUGUUGUGUGUCAUGGAGUGCUAUUCUGGAAUACGAGGGAUGUGAGGAGGGGGAGGAGUCCAUAUGUAGAUAUAAAAUACUACCUGCAGUUUUUGGAUCUUGAUUGAUAUACAGAAUAUAGAAUCACCCCCAUUUCCUAUACAUUUCUUAUCCUUCUUCCUAUUCUUGUGCCCUUGUUAUUGUCUUUGUUGUAUUUUUAUUUUCUCAGUUUGCUUGCAAGGUUGUUUUUUUUUUCUCUUUUAUCUCCACCCCCCAAAAGCCCCAAGAUUUCAAAAAACAAUGUAACUGGAAAUUGUAUCCAUUUCUAGUCUGCUUGACUGGGGAAAGUGCUUUAGAUUGUUUGAUUUUUAAAAAAAUGUGGAGCAAGGCUAUAAUCCUGGAUUGUGUUCAGUUAAGUUAUAUUCUGAGUAGACCCACUGAAAUGGAUGGCCUCGAGUUAGUCACACCCAUUAAUUUCAAUGGGUCUACGCUGAGUAGAAUUAACUUUGGUUACAACCCUCUGUCUUCAAUACUUCAGGAUGAUGAGAGAUGCUAUUUGUAGGUUACUAAAGCAUGCUGUACAUGCCCUUGUUUAUUACCAGAGAAAUUCCAGAACUACCAGAACGGGAAGAAGGUGAAGGAGAAGAAAGUGAACUUCAGAAUGCAGGCUACAGUAACUGGAACCAACCAAGGAGGUAUGUGUGUUUCUGCUACUCAGAUAACUCCCUUAGCAGUUUAUUUUGGUGCAGUGUCCAGUUUCUCACAUUUUAUUGAUUUGGGGGCACAACCAGAAUGCCUGGAUAACUGGAAAUCAAGAUAAAUUGAAAUCUUAGUUAAUUCAUAAGGCACGUUUACCAAAUCUUCACCGUGAUCAACUCUUGCCCGGAAACCUAUGUCCCACCUAUGGAAAUACGUGUGGAUCCAGAAUUGGCCUCCACAGUCUCUUACGGACUCAUUGUUAAGACUGUGUUCAUGGAAGACAAUCUUACUUGUCUACAAGUGAUUGCCAAACAAAGAAGACAUGGACAUGGAAUUUGGGUCAUUUGGACAGUUUCCUUUCUUGUGCAGUUUAUUGAAUUGUAGCCAGGAGAACUGGGAGUGCUUCUAACCAUGGUUAGAAAUUCUAGUUGGUGCCAACUGUAAUAAUUAUGUAUGAAUGACCGCCAUACUUAGGAUUGUUUCCAACACACCACUCGUGCAGUGGGACCCCCCCCCCAUUCCUUUCAUCUCCUCAUUCACCACCAGAAUCUGCUACAGAGUGUCCUCAAACCUUCUGGAGCAGAUUUUGAAGGUGCUUCAGGGACUGCAAGGAAGAGGACAGGAGCGGAAAGGUUUCAUUGCACAAGCAGAAGUCUGUUGUGUAAGUUGAAUGGCAUUGCUGGAUGCAGCCCUCGGCUUUGGAAUCAAAAAGGCUUCCUACAAAUUGAAAGGAGCAAAGGAGAAAUCCUCAGACAAGGUGGGAGGAGAUCUGGAGCUGCAGAGGUGUGCCUGAUCAUCAUCACAGGCAGGCAGGCAGAAUUACAUCUGCGUUUGACCUCUUGAAUUCCUAGAUUGGUCUUUGACAGUUCUCCACAGAGCUCUUAACUUGUGUAAUAUUAGCAGUGCCAGAUUUACAUAUACACUAAGCAAGUUAUAGCUUAGGACCCCACUUUCUUGGGGCCCCCCAAAAAAAUUAAAUGAAAAAAACACCUGGAUGUACAUUUCCAAAAUAUAAGAUAAAAAACAAAUAAAAUAAAACCUACAUACAGCAACAGUGUUUUGUGUUGUGUAUGGACCUAAUAGGUCCAUAAAUUACCAUAUAGCAUAUAUUCAACAUAAAAAACAGCAACAAUAUGUUGUUGACAAAGGAUAGCUGGACAUAUAAAGGGCCCCAUUACCUUCAGUAGCUUUAGGGCCUCAUCAAGCCUAAAUCCGGCCCUGUUACCACCUGCCAUCACUGACACCAUAGGAGGAAGAGGAGGCAGCAAUCAGGCACCCAUUUGUCUCCCCUGGGAGUAACCACUGUGUGAGCACAAUUCUAUAUCGUGCUGUCAUUUUAAGCCCUUGUGAAGCUUUUCUUUGUGUGCUUCCUCCAUGUGAAGUCCAGAGGGUGGCAGCAUGAGAGUGGGCCUUCUCUGUAGUGGCUCCCCAUUUGUGGAAUGCUCUCCCCAAGGAGGUUUGCCUGGUGCCUUCAUUAUAUAUUUGUAUAUAUUUUGCCAGGCAAAAAUGUUCCUUUUCAACCAGGCCUUUAGCUGUUUUAUUGUGUUGGUUUAAUUAUUUGCUGUGUUUUAUCUUGCAUUUUAUUCUGUGAACCACCCUGGGAUCUUUUUAUGAAGGCCGAUACAUUAAAAAAUUAAGAAAGAAAGAAAGAAAGAAAGAAAGAAAGAAAGAAAAAGAAACUGUUGUUGUUACUUAAAUCUUAGUAAGGUUGCGUGAGACAUGCCUAUUUAAUUUCAGCCCUGUUGUUACAAGAAACAAAAGCCCAGCUCUCUCCUUGAUGAUUGCAUUGUGAAGCGCUUGAAUGAACAGUUUCUGAUUUUGCCCAUAUUUGUUUUCCUGUUUAAUGAAAUAUUCUCCCCUUGACUCAAAAUGGCACAAUCCUAAAUAGCAACCGAAAGUGACAAAGAGUCUCUUCAGCCCUAAGUUCAAGCACGCUGAGAUGCAAUUUGUAAAAGUCGCAAACCUGUAAUGUAGAUGCGCUGCAUUUCUUAACGUAUUUAUAAUUAUAGGGUUGAACUCUGGAGAGAACCCAGCAAGUCACUGGGAAUCAGCAUUGUCGGUGGACGAGGAAUGGGAAGCCGACUGAGCAGCGGCGAAGUCAUGAGAGGAAUCUUCAUCAAACACAUUCUUGAAGACAGCCCUGCUGGCAAAAACGGAACCUUGAAAACAGGAGAUAGAAUAGUGGAGGUAGUAGAUCGCCCUCCACUUUCCCACAGUUAAAGCCCCCAACCUCCUUACACACAUUUAAUGGGAUUGCUGGUUGUUCUAAGAAGAUUGACUUCCAGAAGUAGAAUGCAUGUUGUAAACAGCUUCUGGCAUGACUGAACUAGAUCUGUAGGGCUCAAUUGGUAGAGCACGAGACUCUUAAUCUCAGGUCAUGAGUUUGAGUCUCCACGUCGAGCAAAAGAUUCAUGCAUUGCAAGGCGUUAAGCUAGAUGGCUCUGGUGAUCGCUUCUCUAUGAUUCUAUGAAAUGAUUUCUAUUACUACUGCACGUUUGAAUUAAGUAUUUUGUUCUGGUACCCAUGGUUUGUGUCCUGCAUCACCCUGGUUUCCACCUCUGGAAGUUUACAAACUCUAAUGGUUGCUCAUCUUUCCAUGCUUUAUAGUGGAUGGUUUAAUUCUCAGUCAACUCAUAAGAACUAAAGUGGUAAAGAGAGCUCUUCCCAUGAGACUUCUAAUGUUAAAAUUGCAACUAACCACUAGCAUGCUGUACCUUGGCUUCCAGCUUCAAUAGUGACUGAAAACCCAAAUUAACUUACUAACACUAAUAUUAUAACCUCAUUUUCUUCGGGUGCCAAAACAGCCUUUGGAUCCUUGUCUUAGACAUCUGCACAAGUGGAAGCCCCCUUUCAGGAAGUGCUAAGUCUUAGCCUUCUUGGAAAGACUGCAUUUUGCAGCUCUUGAGGGAGUCUAAAUGGCAGUGUCUCAACUUUUCCCUUCCUUCCCCCUCCCUUUAAAAUGAACAUUGUACUUUAUACGCAUGUUAAUUGAGCCUUGCAGCAAUUCAAUGAAGCAUGUAAACACAAUCUUGCUUUGGAAAUACGAUUUUAAAAUUUUUAUUUGCAGAAGCCUUUUAGAAAUUCUGUUCGCUGCUUUCAAAUUAUGACCCAUCCUGAGACUUCUCUCUCUUUUUUUUAAAAAAAAAGAAAUAAGUACACAUGUAAAUUGACAUACACAGGUGGUUUGUCUGCUGUGGACUGAUAAUACAUUGAAUUUGAGGCUGGAUCUAUACACAUUAAAAAAACGUGUUGCAGAAAAAUGCGUUAUAAAAGCUGUUAAUGUAAAACCCCACUAGCGAUAGAUCACAGCUCUGCAACGCCAUCUGGUGUCACAUGUUUAUAAUGCAGUUAUAAUGAUAUAGUUGAUGAGUGUAUCUGAGUCCUGAGUUUUCUCAAUGAUUCACAUACAUUUGUCUCAAUAUCCUGUAAGGUAGGUCAGGAUUAUUGCCCUCAUAUUGCGAAAGACGGUACUCAGGCUUGGAUAAAGUGCUUUGCUUAAGGUUAAAGCUCAUGACUGGAACAAGAUUUGAACUAUGGGCUCCUCAUUUGCAGCUCGGUCUCCUUAACACUGCACUAUCCUGAAGGCCUGACGUCAGAAAGGACUGCCCCUAGUUUUUUUCUUGUUUGCUUGUUACGUUUUCACCAUGGCAAAGAGAAGUCAAAUACAUUUUCUAGAAGUUGCUGCAUUAUUAUUUUUCUAGCUGCAUGUACCAUUGUGUUAAGCUUAGGCCUUACGAUUUCAGGUGGACGGAAUUAACCUCAGAGAUGCAAGCCACGAACAAGCUGUGGAAGCCAUACGAAGAGCAGGCAAUCCAGUAGUCUUUAUGGUACAAAGCAUUAUAAACAGACCAAGGGUAAGCAUAUGAACUGUGAAAGAAAGAUUUGCAGAACCAAAAUAUGCAGGGAGAAAUUAAACAUCCAAGGCUGUGUUAUUUUGGGGAGGACAUUUCCACAAAGCUAAGGGCAGGAUUCUUAGUGUUGCAAUUAGCACACACACACACAUGCAAACUAAACAAAAAACCAAUCCUUGAAAACCUACUUUAAAAUGGAUUUGUAAGACAGUGCAGGUUUCUGGAUCAAAGCGAGUGGCAACCAAAAAUAUAAAUGUACAUUUCAUUAGGCAUCCAUCGUGGAAAAGUUCUAAGACAGGGUUUCCCAAACUUGGAUCUGCAGCUGUUUUUUGACUACAACUUCCCUAGCUAGCAAGACCAGUGGUUGAGGAUGAUGGGGAUUGUAGUUCAAAAGCAGCUGGAGGCCCAAGUUUGAGAAAUGCUGUUCUAACAGCUCUUCCACACCAACCAGUAGUUGAGAUUAUGAGACUGGGCAUUCAGUGCAGCUGAGACCCUCCUGCCCCACAGCACCUGUGUAUAUCCCAUCUUGAUUACAUGCUCGUCAAACAUGGCAGCUGGAGACAGCUGUGGGCUGUGCAUGGCCUGCACAAUCUGCAUGGGGCAGAAUAGUUGCAAACACCCAUUGCACCCAAAUGCCCCUUUUCGUUUCAACGCUUCUAAAGCAUUAACCAGGAGGGAUGGAAACUUCCUGUGCAGAUGAACCGUUCAAGUAUGCAGAGGGACCUGUUUCGUUUUGCUUCACUUCACACUUUCAGGAACUUGCGCUGCAUGGGCGACACAAACACCUGCAAAAUAGUUUUAAUAUAGUAGCUUGCAUUGUUUGUAAUGACACUUCCUCCUUGUAGAUUCGCUGUAAGCUGCAUGUCUUGAUUUACAAGCUGUUUCACAAACUUUUUGUUUCCCAGCCAGAAUCUCUCUAUAGCUCUGUAUCGUCCUCUGCUCCCAGCGGGCAGAAACCUAAUAAUCCAUUUUACCGCCAGUCGUCGCAGGUAAAGUCGCAUGGAGUAGCUUUGCAGAAUAUUGGUGAUUGUGUGCAAGACGCUAUUUGAGGCUUGUGCAUUUGCUGUGGCAUGGACAAAAGCAGCGCUUCUAGUUUGUGCUCUUCGUUUGAAAACCGUUGUGUUUUUAGAGCAAGAUCCUAUAAGGGGAUUUCCAUUCUUUGGUCACAGACAGUCAUCCACAAACUAACCGGGUCCUAUAAUGAGAGUUACCUUUUAAUACAGCUUUGUUUUUUUAAAAAAAGUAUCCAGCAAUUUAACACGUUCCACCAGUGCAUGUUGUGGGUGGGAAAUGGCUAAGUGUUACCUAGGGGAUAUGAAUGAUUACUGUGACCAGUUAUAUAUAUUGUUUUGAAACAACUCUUAACUUGCUUGUUUAAUAAGUUAAGUAUUUCGUUGUGCAUUUCCCCCCUGUAACUUAUUUGCAAAGGAUGCGAGUCACGUUGACAAGCCUUUUCAGAUUCUGCUUACCACUAUGUUUUUAUCAAUAUUUAAAGUAUAUACCGUACUUUUCUGUGUAUAAGACUAUGUUUUUUUACUUUAAAAUUAUGUGAAAAACUGUGGGUCUUCUUAUACACGGAUAGUGAAGGGUAGGGAUAUUCUUAAAAUAGGGGGUGUCUUCUACAUGAGGGCAUCUUAUACACGGAAAAAUAUGGUAAUUUAUUGUCUGUUGAUGUAAUAUUUUUGCCUUGUUAAUUGUAACAGUGGCAACAGAAUUCGUAAGUAUCCUUGUACAUUCUGAUCCUGUCCAUUUUUAUUUGAAAGUAAGUCCCAUUGAGUUGAGUGGAAUUUACUUCCAAAUAAGCAGGCAUAGGAUUUGGUAGGAGAUUGGGAAUGCCCCAUGGGCUUUGGGGCUUUCAUUAUCUGUUGCCCUUAUGUUGUGCGCUCCUUCUUCAUCACAUCUUGCAUGGAGAUUCCCCCUUGUUUUCAGUGUCUGAGCUAACGAUGACAUAGGACCAGGGUGGAUUUGAUUUAAAUCAUGAUUUAAAUCACUAGUCAGUAUGAGUUGAUUUAAAUCUUUUCUUUUUUUCACAGAAAGACUCAUUCUAGCUGGUAUAAUCUUAAUAUUUACAACCAGAUGAAGGUUUUAUUUUUGGAAUAAUAAUUUUUCAGAGCAGUUUUUACAGUUACCUAUAUCAGAAAUUACUGAUUUGGUUUUACUAUUAGAAAUAUGUAGACAGAUAAUUAUGGAAUUAUUGUGAGGUUUGAUAAGUUAACUGUUUAUAUUUGGUCAACUUCUCUGCUGUACUUUAUUGGAAGGAGAAAAACAAUCAUUUCCUUCAUAACAAUUUAAACAAUUUAUUUAACUAAAACAAUAACAUUAUAGAAUAUGUAUCCAUGUUUGUUAACUAAUGUGGUUAAACUUUUUUUAAAAAACAAAACACAAAAAAAACUUAGACUGAGUUUUAGCACACAUGAAAAACCUAAAACAAAUCCUUAUUUCCUGAUGAAUAGCCUUUAGACUAUAAUGUAUCUUAAAUAGAAAACUAUAUUUAAAAAGGUUUUUCCUCCAAAGGCAUUUUACUUUAAAAAUCCGAUUUAAAUUACAUUGAUUUUUUAUUCACCCUGCAUAGGACAACAUCUAUAGCGGUGCUAAUCAUGGUUAUGUAAGACCACAGCUUCCAACCUACUUCUAACUAUGGCUGAAAACUGUGGUUUGGCGGUAACCAUGAGGUCUUCCUCCUAAUCCCUUAUCCAUUAGGCAGCUUUGUGGCUGGCAUAUGUUUAUAUUGUUUUCAAGCUACCUAUGCUAGAUCACAGCUAGUGCUGUGGUUGCGCCAAGAGGCAAACCCCUCCACUGCACUAAUUUAAAUUAUGGAUGCGUGCAUCUGCUUUUCUAAUUUGGACUUGCAAUGAUAACGAAGGGAUAUUUGGAACAAUCUUGGUGGAGUCCUGUUCCUUUUCGAGAUGCUUAAAACUACGGAGAGGUCUCGUGCAUAAAGGAUGGUACAAACAUGCAUGCAGGUGCAACACUCGACAACCUUAUUUAUCAGUGAUUCUCAGCUGGAACGUGUGAAUUGCCAUUGAAACGCAUUGUGUCUGAAAUGCUUUGCAAUCACUCUGUGGUAUUUGAUCCGUGACCACCAUUUUCACACAUGGAUUUGAUCAGGGGUCAGCAAACUUUUUGGGGGAGGGCGCCAGUUCACCAUCCCCCAGACCUAGUGGCUGCGGACUGCGGAGGGGGCUUCUCUCUCCCCCCUCUCCCCCAGCCGCUCCCCUCCCCCUGCCUACCUCCGCUGCUGCUCUGCCUGUGGUUGGGAGCUGGCAGUGGUGACCGUGCCUCUCCUUUUCGGGCCAGCUUUCCUGGGUGCCAGGCACAGGGCCAACAGGCGCGUCAAGCUCCAGCCCAUGGGGAGAGGCUGGCGGACGGGUGGCGACGCUUCCUAUCAAAGCCCAGCCCCCUUCCUCAGCAGGGUGGGGAGAAGCCAGGAAGAGGGAGGGAGGAGAUGCCACCACGGUGAGGGAGAGAGGGGGAAAACCACAAAAAAAUGGCUCCUGAAAAGAAAGAAAAAAAAUGGCGAUCGCACCGAUCCAAGUGGUGGUUGCAGAACCAUUUGCGGGCCGGAUCCAGAGGACAAUUGGGCCAGAUCCGGCCCACGGGAUUUUUAGUUUGCCGACCCCUGGAUUUGAUGUUGGCCAAUGGAUGGUCAUGUUUGUGUGGAAGUGCCCUAAUGUAUUUGCCUUUUGGUUAGCGAGCCCCUUUCUGUUUUUCUUGUAGAACCUCCCUAUGCCUUACCUGCAGUACAACCCUUUCAGUAAGCCUCCUGCCUUCAGCAGCACUAACCCUUUUGUUGAGCCUCUACAGUUCAACACUAACAAGGUUGGAUGAUGCAUGGAUAUUUGCGAUGGACUCAGUGAAAAUUUAUGUGUUCCUCUGUUUCUCUGCUCCUUCUCCUCUCCCUCAUUUGAUAUUUUUUGAACAAACAUCAAUAAGCCAGUGUCUUACUGGAGGAAAAGCAUUCUCCUUAUCAGAGAUAGGUCCACCAUACUCACCCAAAAAGCUUUAAUUUGACCAGUGAACCAGCUGGUCCACAAUCAUAGUAAGACAGAGAGGCAGCCUGUUACUUGUGGAAAGACCAGAAGCUGCAAGUGUGUCAUGCUUUGUAUUUAACAGAUAAACUGUUCACUAAAGCUACAAAUCUUCAUUGUAAAAUAUUACAUGAAUCAGUGUGGGUUAGGAUUUUAAAACACACACACAUGUACACAUUGAUGAGACUAAAUUGAUUGGCAGUAUAACCGCAUUGCCAAAUCUUUUUGAGAAUAUUAACGGAAAUAGUUUGGCUCUUCUUUUCCCCCACCCUCCACCCUGCCCCCAGUGAAUUAGGAAUAUUAAGGAAUGGUAUGGAGAAUACAGAACACAAAUAGCUAAGGUUGCAGUUCUGUAAUCGCUUACCUGGGAGCAAGCUGUACUGAUAUCAGUGGGACAUAGUCAUGUGUCAGAGUGGACUGUAAAUGAAUUGUGUCUAGAGGCAUUCUUGUAUUGCUGGUUGCAUUGCCGCCGCCAGAACCUAGUCACAGGACAAUUCUGUGUUCAGUCCUGACAAAGUCAAUAGCAGACCACUGCUGUCUGCAAGGGAAUUCAGGCUACAGAUCUAACUAACAUUGAUGCCUCAGUUGAUAGAGAAUGAGACUCCUAAUCUCAGGGUUGUGGGUUCAAGCCCCAUGCUGGGCAAAAUAUUCCUGUAUUCCUGUCUUGCAGGGAGUUGGACUAGAUGAUCGUUGUGGUCCUUUCCAACUCUACAAUUCUACCUUAGGUUCUCCCCCCAGAUACUUUAUGCUAUCUGUUAUUUGUUGCCAUGAAAGUUGGGGGGGGGGGUGUUGUGAAGCUUAGUGGUGGAGCAUGUGCUUUAGAUGCAAGAAGUUCCUCUGCCUAGUCUCUGGCUUCUUAGACUGAGCUGGGGGGGGGGGGACCUUCUGAAAUCCUGGGCAGCUGCUGUCGGUCAGUGUACUGAGCUAGACACCAGUGGUUUCACUCACUAUAAGGCACCUUCCUGUGUCUCCAAGGUGCCACAUAACUGCUUAAAUGCAAGCGUUCUGUCUCUACUUGGUGAUAUAGGUAAGGGCUAUAGAAGUAAACUUACUUUUCUUUUAAUAAGCUAACAGCUUAGGUCAGGGGUCAGCAAACUUUUUCAGCAGGGGGCUGGUCCACUGUCCCUCAGACCUUGUGGGGUGCCAGACUAUUUUUUUUUUGGGGGGGGAUGAACAAAUUCCUAUGCCCCACAAAUAACCCAUUCUACUCAUGUAAAAACACGCUGAUUCCUGGACCAUCUGCCGGCCGGAUUUAGAAGGCGAUUGAGCCGGAUCUGGCCCCCAGGGCCUAGUUUGCCUACCCAUGGCUUAGGUUCUCAAAACAAACAGAAGGCAAGGGGUUCUCUGCUGUUUUCUCCAGUACUGCUGUUCUGAAAGUAGAAGCCACUUUUGCUCACAGAACAGGACUUAAACUUCCUUUCCUCCCUCCUCCAGCCCCUGAGCCACCUUCAAAAGCUAGUUGGGGGUCCCCCUUGAGCAGAUUUUGGAGGGGCUGCUAUGGUAUUCCACUUCAUGCACAUCUGCAUGCAAAAGUAAAUUGAUGCAUAAAUGUUUGUUCUCAGGUUGCAGAAUUGUCUUUGUCAAUUUUCUCCCAAGAAGGAUUUUCUUUGCUCCAAGGCCUGUGCAAAUACAUAUUGGAUAGGGCCUAUGACUGGUAAUGAUAGGCCCUUUAAGAAAUGUUGAGUCAUUCUGAUGUGAUAAAAAAAAUAAAGUUUAUAUAAAACCCAUUCCCUAUGUAAGAAUACUUGUACAGUACAAAAAGUAGCAUUCUUCCAAGGAUACUGUAAUAAACAGCCUGCUGUUUUCUGUUACCAUAGGAUAUGCAGAAUCCAAUUAGAUUUACCACCAGUUGCUCCCCAUGUAACCCCUUUGCUCCUACACCAUUUAAGGUUUGUUUUAAUUCACGGUUACUGUCCUAAUUUGUAGUUAACUAUCGUAGUCAGUGUAUGUACUGCACUCCUUGUGUGCUGUCUGUCCUCAACCCCCCCAUUUUGCCCCCUUGAUCAUUUCAAAAGACCACGUGCUUCUUCCAAGUGUACCUGCUUCUUUCAGAGUGAUGCUGCUCUCUCUGUACUUACUGUCGCCCAAAUUCGUUGCCUGAAACCCACAGGAUACUAUGGUGAAGGAUUCGGGAGUUGCCACAUUUGUAUUUAUUUCUGCAUCUUUUAUAGUAGUGAUUGGGGGGGGGGGGGCUGUGGUUCUCCAGAAGUUGUCAGGCUACAUUUCCCAUCAGCCCCCAGCAGCUUGGUUGACCGUCAGGUAUCACUGCUGGAAUUCCAGCAAUACCUGGAGAGCCAACUCUUCAUAAUUAAGGUCACCAUUGUUCUUAUUAAGAGCUCCCUGUUCAGAUCCCCAAAGCCAAUUAUUUUGCUUCCAUUCACUCUUAUAGGGUGUCUUCCUAUGUUACCUUAGUGAGACCAUUUGCCAAAGUUAGGCCCCAUACCUCUGCAUACAAGAGGGCCAAGUUGUUGUUGUGUGUGUAAAUUGUUGAUGAUAUGUAGCUUACAGCUAGGAAGCCAAAUAACUCUUCUAGGUGAUCAAUAGCUUCUUUGAAAAGACUAUACAAUGUCCAGACUCUUUACAGUCGUACCUUGGUUCUGGAACACCUUGCGACUCGAACAUUUUGGCUCCUGAAUGCCGCAAACCCAGAAGUGAGUGUUCCGGUUUAUGAACAUUUUUUGGAAGCCAAACGUCUGACGUAGCUUCCGCAGCUUCCAAUUGAGUGCAGAAAGCUCCUGAAGCCAAUCGGAAGUCGUGCCUUGGUUUUCGGUUGUGUUCGAAAACAUUCAGCCGCACAAAAUCUGAAGUUGUGUGCAUAUAGUUAUUAUAUAUGCACACGCUAAGUAUUGAAAUAAAGUUAAAUGCACACAAACACACACACACACACACACACACGGUUGUUUCCAGAGUGUCCCUUUGGCGAAUGGAAGCUCCCAAAGGAGAGGGGAGGAGACAAUGCCCACAAUCUCUCAUGCAGGUUCCCAAAACAACUUCUGCUGUGUUCUGGAGAGGUCCGCCAACUCUCUGUGGCUUGUUUCAAGAGGGCUUCAGGGACACGGAUGUAGGCAUGUAUGGUGAGCAGAGUUCUGUACUUGGGAACUUUGGAUCCAAACUAGUAUUGCUGAAGCCGCGUGUGAGUUUCUCUUCUCCCCCUCCCCACCUUUUGAACAAAGGCACUUUUCUAUAUGAAUCCUCAAAACAACACAUCUCGCCACUUUUCUUUGGGAAUCAGUAAAAUUAUCUCCCUUCCUUCCUUCCUUAUGUUAUACUGUUUUCGGUUUUGGAAAUACACUUUCAUGUCUAUGUAAGUCCUUUGUAUGUACGCCACCCAGCACAUAAACCUUCACUGAAUUUGGCUUUUAGUAACUGUCCUGCUUGCUUAAAGUGCAUUUGAACCUUCAUUUACCAUGCUGGUUUUUUUCCCAUCUGUGAUUGCCUUUCCGUUCUAUUAUUUCACAGUAUUUUAACUUCAAAGGCCCAGCCCUUUCUUUGUCAUCACUUCAUGCAUUUUCUUUGCCCAAUGCCAGUCUGCACGUUCCCAGCCACUGUAUUUUCCUUACUCUCCACAGGCAUCUAGCCAGUCAGAUUCAGAGCUAGAAAAGACUUCGUCUUGUAACCUGCUUCUGCCGCCUCCUUCACUGUCUCCAGGAAUGAGCAGUGAAAUUUUGCAGCGUUCCUGCAACCAAUACCUGGAAGAGCUGGAUAAGGAAGAUGAGUUCGGAUACAGCUGGAGUAAGUUUGCUUCUUGAGAGAACCUUUCACAAUUGUUUACAUCUUCAUAUACUCUGUGAUGGUCAUCUUCCUUUUUUUUAUCUUGCUUGAAUAACUCAUGGAAACAACAUUAUUUUUUGCUAUGUACAUUUUGUUGUAUGAAUUCAGAUUCUGUCUUUUGCAUAAUGGACAAACAUAUUAAGCUCUAUUCUCUGGUUGUCUUUUCCAUUAUAGUCCAAGUGAGAUAAUUGUUGCUAUUAGAAAACAUCUUAAAAACACAAAUAUGUGUGGGAGUUGUGUGUGUGUGUGUUUGUUUGUUUGUGUCAGUGUGUACACACACAGAGAGAGGCAGACUGUAUAGAGCAGUGAGGGAGAGAUUUUCUACUCUUCCAUUCUGAUAAAAUGAAGUGCCUGGAGGCAUUUUCUUCUAGUUAGAGAAUUUUACUGGAAAAGAACCAUAGAUUCCUAUUUGAAUUGUUUCAGUCUGCGUGAGAUUAUGGGUUUAUGACAAUGACUGCUGAAUUUCCAAAGUUUGCGUUCUUUUUAAGUUUUCGGAGAUAAAUACUUCCCUUGCCACCUAAUUUCUCUCUCCUUAUGACUAGGAAAGAUCAGUCAGGGGUAUGGGCAUCUGUCUGGAGAUCUGCACAUGAUAGAGUUGGAGAAAGGGAAGACUGGCUUAGGACUCAGCCUAGCUGGGAACAAAGACCGGUCCAAGAUGAGCGUUUUUGUAGUGGGAAUUGAUCCAAAUGGAGCAGCUGGAAAAGAUGGCAGACUGCAGAUUGCAGACGAGUUACUGGAAGUAAGUGUCUAGUAAUUAUACUUAAAAUGAAACAUGCUGACUCUAAGGACGGGGGGGUGGAGUGGGGACAUUCGAUUAUUGGUGCAAAAUGCAGCCUUUAAUUAACAGCACAUUCUUUUAAUCAGUAUUGCCUUUCUUUACAAUCAUACUAGUUUCCCGUUAUAAAUUUUGUGUUUGCGGUCAAGAUUGUUUUCCAACUAUACUAGCACUGAAGAAAUAAAUAGAUGCUGUGAAACAGGAGAAGUAAGUACCUUUGCUAUGGUUUUGAGAGAAAGAAAGCCAUGAUUUAAUGAAAUAGCAAGACUGCGGUCCUGUUCCACUUAACUGGGAGUAAGCCUCUUUGAGCUCAAUGGGAUUUAUAUAUAGGGUUGUACUGCUAAUAUGUUGUCAUUCAUCCUGAAGCUUUCCCCUUAGGUUUUUAGUUACUUCUGGUUGCCUGACGUCUCACCCGAUUUCUCCUUUCAUGGUCUCCAAAGUUAUACCAGGACUAAUGUCACAGAAGUAGCCAACAUCAUCUCAGAUUUCAUAGUCUCAGAUGAAGGAAGAUACACAAUUGAUUUUAUCAUUCAUUGGACUACUCUUUGGGUUGAUAGAAGAAAAUGGAAGCUUUUGAAGUAUUCAGUACUCAGCACUAGGUCCUAUAGGAGGUUUAGUGCUGGAUGUUAGAAUAUACAGGAACAGGAUUAGAAUAGAAAAAGAGGUGGACUAAGAUAUAGUACAUUUAAUCUAGAGUUUAUCCAGCCCACCAUUUUGUUUCCAUCAGUGGCCAGUCUGAUUACUCUUGUAGUUCACAAACAGGGUAUCAACAUGGAAGCUAUCCCCUCUACAAUUUGUCUGCCACCAGUACUGUAUAUUCAGAGGUAUAGUGAUCACGAGACCCUAUUUAGCUACCUUGGCUAAUGCUGAUAGAGUUAGCCUCCACAAUUCUGUUUAACCCUUUUUUAAAAACUAGGUAGGCCAAUGGUUAUCACAUGUAUUGUAGUAAAUAAAUACUGCAGGUUAACUAUGUAGGUGUGGGUGUGUCUAUUUAUGAAAUAUAUUUUUUUUAAAACAAAAUAUUUAUACAUACCUCUUUCUGCCCCAUAAAUUGGGAAACACACCCCAGCCAGAUAGCUCAUGACAGUAGUUGAAAAGCACAACAAAAAAGUAACAUUUAAAAAAAGUAAAUAACAAGAUUAAAAAUAACUGGUAGGAAAACAAGUGUUCAGGAGUCUGCAGUGUCAUUCAGUUUGUACAACAAAACCACAGUGAAAUGGUACUAUUUUAACUAUAUAUCAAAAUGUCGGGGGGGGGGGGCACAGUCCAUGGGCAACAACUGAAAAGGCCUCAUCCUGUGUAUCCAACAGCUAUUGUUUGGACAGAAGUGAUACAUGGAGCAGCAGCACUGCAAAACACAUCAGUGGAUUGCAGGAUUUUUCAGAAGACAUUCUUUUAAAUAUCACAGUACCAAGCCGUUUAGGGCUCUCAGGGUAAUCAUCACUUUAGAAUUGGGCUCAGAAAUGGUCUAGGAGCUUGAACAAAUAGGGGGUCACAUAUUCUAAACAAUGGGUGCUAGUCAGUAUAGAAAGGCAGGAGCGUGUCAUAACCAACUGAAGCUUCCAAAUAUUCUUCAAUGGUAGCCCCAUGUAGAGUAUGUUGCACUAAACCUCAGUGUGACCAAGGCAUGUGUGAGCAUGGUCACACCUCCCCUUUCCAGGAACAGGUGUGAUUGGUGCACCUGUAAAAGCUGUGCAAAAGUGUUUCUGGCCUCAUACUGAGGAUUUAAGCACACUGUUUAGACACAGUAUGCAAUAGCAGAACAAUCCCAUGUAUGUUUAAUCAGAAGCAAAUCUUACUCUGUUCACUAGGGACUUCAGUGCACUCCAGGGACUGCAUAACAUACCUUUUAUUUUCAUUUCCAUGCUCGUUUACAAAAUGACCUGGUUGGAGUGGGCUGAUUUACCGUUACUUGCUUGUAUAAACCUGCUGUCUUCAUGCCUUUUUUUUCCAUUUGACAAACAGUGAGUCACGAGGUGAUCAAUCACUAGUGGAAAUUGAUAAUGAUGUUCCCAAAGUCAGCCAGCCCACUGCAACCUAAUGAAGGACGAUUUCAGCCAGUCGAGAGCCAAAUACAAACCAGCAGCUGUUUUAUAGAUUUAAAAAGGCGAUAACAAUUAUAGUAUAGAGAUACAGGAUUAGUGCAUUGCAACCAUAAUGGUUGAAUAGCAGUUUUAAUAACAAUAGUGACAAAGAAAUCAAGUUUGCUUUUGUCUGUGGAACAAAGCUGGUAUUCAUAAUUAAAGUAAGUAUCCAUCCCAUUCUGAUUUAUCUAGAUAAAUGGACAAGUUCUCUAUGGAAAGACUCAUCAGAAUGCAUCUUCAAUAAUAAAAUGUGCACCUUCUAAAGUAAAAAUCAUAUUUAUCAGGUAAGCAACCUCUAAUGUUUGUAUCUAUUUUUAACAUUUUGUAAUAUCUAAAUGCAUAUUCAACAGUAUCUUUCCCCAUAUAAUUCAACUUUUGAAGCAUUGCUAAAAGCUUCCCUGAAUGAUAUAUUUGCUUUUCAGGAUUUACCACUAUUGUGGGUAUGUCCUUCAAAAAGCAGAAAGCAAGUGCUUUAGGUAUCGAAAGUAUUGCAGAGUUUUUCAAAAAACCUUUCUGCUCCAUAUAUUAUAGAAACAAAGAUGCUGUCCAACAGAUGGCCGUUUGUCCUGGGAAAUCAACAGAGACUUCACCUUCCUCUUCUGGGCUACUUCAGUAUGAAGAGGUACAAUUUGUAUUUCAUAUUUAUUUUCAUGUGAUAGAAUUAAUAAUGGUAGGGAUGGGAAAAAGGGGAUACUCUUCAGUAUGUUGUAAAUAGCUUCUAAACAAGAGGGAUCAAGGUAGAUUUUAGCAAGACUUGUUUUAACAGAGGUACUUUAAUAUAAAUCUGAAAUUGAGGGUGGGGAGGGAAGUUUGCGUUAAACAAAAUGUUGUAGCACAGAGCACUGCUGCUUCCAGAAUAUCCUGCUCCACUGCCCCUCCCACCCUGGCUUUUCAUUUUUGUCCCUAGUAGCCAGUUAAGAGCUUGUUGAACAAUGAGCAUGCCCAGUGGCUUCUUCCCCCCUCCCCCAAAUACCUUAUCUCCUAUGUGGACAGUGACAUUUUGGCUUCAUAAGGUCUGGCACACAGAGAAAUGAGAUUGCCAUUAGUACAGGCGACCCCCAAUUUGUGUGGGUGUUGCGUUCUGGGUCAUCGUGUGCAACGGCGAAGCACACAUAAACCCGUUCUGCCCUGCCCCUUUCCCCUGCCACUUCCAGCUUGCUGCAAUGCACGUGCGCAUGAAGGGAUGCGGGUGGCGCUGUGGUCUAAACCACCGAGCCUCUUGGGCUUGCCAGUCAGAAGGUUGGCAUUUCAAAUCCCCGCAACAGAGUGAGCUCCCGUUGCUCUGUCCCAGCUCCUGCCAACCUAGCAGUUCAAAAGCAUGCCAGUGCCAAUAGAUAAAUAGGUACCACUGCAGCGGGAAGGUAAACGGUGAUUCCAUGUGCUUUGGUUUCCAUCACGGUGUUCUGUUGUGCCAGAAGCAGUUUAGUCCUGCUGGCCACAUGACCUGGAAAGCUGUCUGUGGACAAACGCUGGCUCCCUUGGCCUGAAAGCGAGAUGAGCUUCGCAACCCCAUAGUCUCCUUUGAAUGAACUUAACAGUCCGGGGGUCCUUUACCUUACCUUUACCCUUUUUAACGUGUGCAUGGUCACAUGUCAAUUGGAUGUGCGUAAAUUGGUCAUUGUCGGGAUGUCAUUAGAUGUAUUGGUUCUGUGACCUCUAUAAUGAACAUGGCAUGUUAUGUUUUUCUGUAUUGAUAAAUUUUGAUACAAUAUUUUUCUUUCUUUCUUUCAGGGUGAAGUGAAUGAUCCAAGCUCUAUUUUUCCUAUAGAUCUGAGUUUAUAUAAGAAUAUUAAAAAUGUGGAAUUGCCUAAAGUGAGUAGAUGCUGAUGCAAAUGGCCCCAAACAGAAUUCUGUCUGUAAUUUCUUUAGUCUGAAAGGGAAGGGACCAUUUCCUACUCUGAAUGAACAAAUUUCUCUAAUGGUCUCAGUUUUCAAUCUUACAAUCAACACUCAGUUUCAUUCUCAAGAUUCACGUGUUUUCCCAUUUUAUAUUGGAUCGCAUGGGGUUAUCUGUGUGGUCAUUAUGCUGGUGCAUAGUCUUAGACUUCCCAAAAUCCAGCAAUGUGUUUGGCUUCAUUCAAAACAUAACUAAACCAUGAAAAUGAGUGGUAGCAGGCCUCGGGCUCACAUUUUCACUCUCCCUUUCAUCGGUCCUCUGGUGUGGAGGAAUUUGGAUUUUUUUUUUACUUUAAUUUUAGAUUAACCACAUAUUGCUUUAUUGUCUAGAUUUAGAAAAGCUGUGGGAAAUGGUAACUAGGAUUUGUUAAAACAACCUAGCUUCAGCCCCUUGUUUCAACUAACUAUAAUUAAGAUUAACCACAGUUUAGUGUGUGGAACUCAGUGCUCAAGGCUAGUUCUUGUAAUACUAAACACUCUUUUUUUGUUUUGUACAAAUGGGGCCUUUCUCUAUACCUGUACUUAUCUGCAGUGAAUAUAUUUUUAACUGAAUUGCUUUAUGAAGUGUAUACUCUUAUGCUAAGCAUGGAUUUACCUAGGAACAUUAUUCUCUCUCUCUCUGUGUGUGUGUGUGUGUGUGCGUGUGUGUGUGUGUGUGUGUGUUGUGAACUGCGGGUAUAAAGUGGUAUACAAAUGUGUGUGUGUUUUAAAAAGGAACAAAUACAGUCAUACCUUUUGUUAUGUUCGGUUCAGGUUAAGUUCUUUCAGGAUACGUCCCGCGGCUUACUUACGGUUACUUCCAGGUUUCGCCGCUCGCGCAUGCGCAUAUGCUCAAAAUGAUGUCACACGCAUGUGCAGAAGCGGCAAAUCGCAGAUGCGCAGAUGCAGGUUGCAUUCUGCUCAUGUUGCAAAUGGGGCUCUGGAACGGAUCCCAUUUGCAACCAGAGGUACCACUGUAAUCAAACAAAUUACAAGCAUACAAAAAAACCCCCCAUUUAUUCAAGAGCCAAUAUUCAAGAGCAACAAAUGUCUAAACCAUAUAGAUGCACAUGGUCUCUCUGAAUAUGUUCCAUAAUUCUGUCCUUUCUGCAUUAAUCUCUGCUUUAAUGCCACCACCAGUCAGUCUCUCUGUCUCACUUUUUUAAUGUGUAUUUUCUGAAAUAAGUAUUUAAUAUGCACCUUGCAACAUUUAAACUGCCAGGGACGGUGCCACAAGUUUCAGAGGAGCGAACUUGUUUUGAUCAAUGCGUUCGAGUGGUGCAGAUCGUUUGGGCCAUCUUUUAAAGAAAUUAACGAAGAUAGCACUUCUCAAGCAUUCAUACUUAAGACAGCUUUGAUUGACAUUCAUCUAUACCUCUGGGUGUCCCUUUGUAUUUCUUAGGAUCAAGGAGGCAUAGGUAUUGCCAUUGGUGAAGAAGACACAUUUAACGGUGUGGUUAUUCAGAGCUUAACAGAGCAUGGUGCAGCAGGAAAGGUAAGGCUGUUAAAUUGUGACCCAUUCAGAGAAGAAGGUAAUAAGUGUAUAGAUGGGAAAACCUUCUGCCCCCCUCCAUCCCAUCCCAGAGUUGUUAUUUUUAUUUCAGGAUGGCCGAAUUAAAGUUGGAGAUCAGAUUCUGGCAGUGGACGAUGAAGUUGUUGUGGGGUAUCCUAUAGAAAAGGUACUUGAACGAUUCCUUACAGCAUGCGACUUACUGACGCCUGUUCUAUACAACCAUUUAAGGGCAUAAAAAUACAGAUACCAGGAUUCUGUUUAGGCAUUUAGUCAGGGUGCUAUGGGACCAGGGAUGCUCUGUCUGUUUCAGGAGGGUUGCUAAAUCUUUUCUCUUUCUUCUCAUUCUUUCCUGUCACACUUCUGAACCCAAAAUAGCACUUUAUGUUGGCUUUUUGGGGAAGCUGAAGUGGCUUGUGGGGCAUAUUAUUUAGCUGUGAGGAUAUUUAAAUGUUUUUAAUCCUGUUUUGUUGUUUGCUGCCCUGGGGUCCUUUGUUAGGAAGGGCAGAAUAAAUGUAUACCGUAUUUUUCGCUCCAUAGGAUGCACUUUCCCCCUUUUAAAAACUAAGGGGGAAAGUCUGUGCGUCCUAUGGAGCGAAUGCAGGGGGGAGGCAGGCAGGAAAAGCCCCCAAGAGCUGCACACAAGCUUUGCGUGGCUCUUGCAGGCUUUUCCCCAGGAGGGAGAAGGGACUUAUGCGGCCAGUCAGUCCCUUCUCCCUCCUCGUAGAAAAGCCCUCAGGAGCCGCGCGCUCCUUAAAGGGUGCGUGGCUCCUGUGGGCUUUUGCAGGAGGUGGGGGAAUUGCCAUAGCUGCGCGCAGCCUCUCCAGCUGGGAGAGGCUGUGCAAGGCUAAAGAGGAAGCCAAGGCAGCGAGCGGGAUGGAUCGCACUCACCGCCUUGGCUUCUUUAGCCACACUUCUUUAGCCUCACUGGAGAGGUUUAGCUCCCGGCUGGAGAGGUUGCGCGGCUAUGGCAGAAGCCAAGACAGCCAGCGGGAUGGAUCCCGCUGGCUGUCUUGGCUUCUUUGCUCUUUGGGGCUGGGGAAGAAACCCGGGCUUCCCCCAGGCUUCCCCGAGCAGCCUGUUCACUGCUCUUUGGGGUUGAGGGGGAAUAAUUCCCCCCCUUGAUUUCCCCCUCUAAAAACUAGGUGCGUCUUGUGGUCCGGUGCGUCCUAUAGAGCGAAAAAUACGGUAUAUAUAAUUAAUAAAUGGAGCACUGAUGGUUGCAUGUGUAUUAAGCCUAUUAACUGCAGUUCUUGUGAUCAGCUCUUUGGAGGGGAAGGGCAGAGCAGGGAUUCCAGCUCCAUUUUUAAAGCAGCUGAAUUUAUUAUUUCAUUAUUAUUUAUUAAAUUUCUACACUGCCUUUCACCUGAGGAUCACAGGGCAUUUUAAAAUAUAAAAAAACCCCUCAAGUUAUGUGUUGAAAGAAGCGGUGUCUACCAUGACUUUAAUAAAAUAUAUGGGGGGAGGCAGCACCCCACAUAAUCAGUUUAGAAGAUCUGGCACAUGCACCAUUUGGAUGGCAAUGCCCAUUGACUUUGGGGGCCCCUGGCCCCCUCAGAUUUGGGGGGGGAGCCAACAGGACCUCGGUCCCCGGGACUUGACUCCUAUGCAUGCUUUUGGAAAUCUGUUACAAUAUGCCUGCUAUACGAUUUUCUGUACUCUAGAAUGAUAAAAAAUCAUGUAUCUAUAUUGGCUUGUUACAUGAAAGUUUGCUCUUCUUUACUGUUCAAGUUUAUCAGUUUGCUGAAGACAUCAAAGCCCACUGUGAAACUCACAAUCAAUUCAGCUGAAGAGGAGAGUCAGACAGCUGCUCAGCCACAAACACCGAUUUACAGUGCUACUUCGGGUGAGAGAACUAAUAUCCAACAAUCAGCCGUUGUUUCACCUUCUGAAUCACCAGAACCAGAGUCGGUUAAAAGUAAGAAUCUUCUAGUUACCCCAAGUCUUGGAAAAGAAUUCAGUGACAUUCAUUCGUAGAACUAAGCCAUUGUCUGUUUUAGUCAUGGUUUUGUUCACCAAACCACGAGACAAAUGUGCAGAGAAGACUAGAAACCACAGCUUAUUUAUUUCUCCAAAGCUUGGUUUGUUUUCAAGCUGCUGUUUCCUUGGGCCUCUUUCCCUUAGUGAGUGUCUAGGGUGGGAUGGCCAAAUAACAGAUGCCUAAGCAAAGCUAUUACAUUUAGAUACAAUAACAAACCAUUGUUAAAACAAGCUAUGGUUCAUAAGCCCAGGAACAAGGCUUUCUGCAUGGAGGCUUGUCAGAAACCAUCUUUAUUUUUAUGCAGCAGGCAAAAACUUGCCUUUUUACCCAGGCUUUGGGGCCUUAAUAUGAAUUACUCUAAGUACUCCAUUAGUGUGGCAGAUACUGUAAGACCUGUCUUUUGUCUGUAUAAAUGUGUUUUUUUAAUUGGCUUUGUUGUAAUUGAUUUUAAUGUUUAUAUGUUACUGUAAGUCGCUUUGUGACAUUAUUAUUAUUAGGGAACCUGCAUACCUGUGAUUUUGCCUAGCAAGCCAAAGGCACUUAAAAAUUGUUAGUUUUCUUCCAAGUAGGGAAGUUUACUUAUCAUCAGCUGGAUGUAACUCUGUGAUUUUAGUGCCCUUCACUUCACCAGUUUAUGGCAUGAGUCCAAGCUGGUUGAAUGAGCAGGCAUGACUAGAUCACUGCAGAAAUCCAAUUUAAGUAGUCUAUUAAGGAAUAGGAAAAUAAGAGAAAAAUCAUAGGUUGCAUUUUUUAAAACAAAACAAAAGCAUACACUAGCUGAUCUUUGGCCAAAGCAGUUGAAUAAAGUAAUUAAAGACCCUACAAACAAAAUAUGAUGUGCCCUCAGCCAAAGUGGGAGUGGCAGACAUCCCACAUGGAAAAAGUUGAAAACAACAUCUAAAACCAUCCCAUUUUAUAGUUUUUUCAACAUUGAUGCAUCCAGCCAAAUGUGUGUGUGAGAAGAGAUGGUUUCUCUCAGAUAAGUUGUAAACAUAACUUUGUAUUUCUGAGAGAUUUCAGACUUUGCAGGAGAAAAAGAAGCAGGCAAGAAUUCAGGUGGCAUCUCUGUUUCUUGGGGCCAGAGCUCAUCACAGGUUUUCUUAUGUGCAUUGAGGCGAACCGUAUAUGUGGGUAUUUGUUGGGGGCGGGAGAAUGGACAAGAAAAGCCUUCUUCACCUUAAUGAAUAAAAGGAUAAAGUCCAUAGUAGACAAGGAUUUUUAAGGAGGAGAGUAGUUAUAGCUAUAACUAGUCGGUUUUCUGUUUCUAGACACAAGCAGGUCCUCAACUCCAGCCACAUUGAUAUCUGACCCAGCUACAUGCCCAAUCAUCCCGGGUUGUGAAACGACAAUUGAUAUCUCCAAGGGACGCACCGGUCUUGGCUUGAGCAUAGUAGGAGGAGCCGAUACUUUGCUGGUUUGUAACGAAUGCCUUUCAUAACCCCAAACUAAAGAAGGAAAAUGCUUCUUUCUUUGACAUACCAUACUUUUCUGUGUAUGACUAGGGUUUUGUCUAUAAAAAUCAUACUAAAAAUUGGGGCUCGUUUUAUACACAGAUAGUGAAAAGGGGGGACGUGGGGUUGGUUGCUGCCGAGAGCCAGAGAUUGUUAGUGUGUUAUUGGAAGUCUGGUGGUUGAGUGAAUUUCGGCAAUCUCCUCUGAAAAAGCUCUACAAGUAUGGGCAAUCCUCCCCAAAAGAGUUUAGCAACUCUGGGCAAUCUCCCCCUCUCCCAUUUUCUUAAUUUGGAGUCCCAAAAAUAGGGGGUAUCUUAUAAAAGGGGGCGUUAUACACGGAAAAAUACAGUAUACAAUGCGACUCAAAUAAAUGGAUGGGAACAAUUGAUCUCUAAGUUGGGGGAUAAAAUUUAUGUCCAUAAUUGCACUAGGCAGGAGUGUCUCCCCGCAAUUCUGUUUGUUUGAGUGUGUGUGUGUGUGUGUGUGUGUGUGUAUUGGAGCAUUAUUUUUAGCAUCCGUACAAGUGUUACAAAGUUUUUAAAUGUAUUUGUUGCCACUUGCCACAUAAAACACAUUUUAAAUAAUGGGUUUCAUCCUUAUUAUGUUUUAUAAGCAUUUUAACAUUUUUUCUGAAGUGUGAAAUGUUGCUGUUCUAAUCUGUAGUGCUCCCGAAGAAGGGUGCUUUGAAAUGUAUUAUGUAAAUGCAAUCUUUAUUUCCGUGCACCAUUGAAAUUUCACUCACUCACUCUCUCACACACAAACAUUGGUGCUUUCCCUCUUUUCGUUUUUCUUGACCACACACUUUCAUCAGGACAGCAAAUGAAAACUUAUUUAAAUACAAUUUUUACUUUUGUACCGGAAUUUAUUCUAGGCACCACUAUUCAUGUGUAUUACUUUGUGUGUGUGUGUGUGUGUGUGUGUGCGUUUUCAAUUUUACAAAUACUAACAAAAAAAGACACACACCCCCCAAAAAAAGACAGAAUACAAACGAUGUAUCCCUUUGGACUCCCCCCCCUUUUUGUGGUUCCUUUUGUUAUUGUUUUCCUUCUGCAUCUUCUCAUUAAUUCCAAUUAUUAUAAAACCUUAAUCAGUCCAUAAUUCAAUUUUUUUACUACAAGAUUUCUGUCAAACCUCCUAAAGUGUGUAGUCCUUUACAAUAUUUUUUCAAAUACAUUACGUACUUUCUCUCAUUCCUUAGUAAAAUUUGAUUCAUCUGUAUUCCUUUGAGAUCUCCACAAAACCCCCUUUUAUUCUUUUCUUAGGCUCAAAAUAGUUGAACUGAAUGACGAAUGAAAAGGUCUAGCAAGUUUUAUAUUUUGCUUUUAAAUCCACAGGGCGCAAUUAUUAUCCAUGAGGUGUAUGAAGAAGGAGCAGCGUCCAAAGAUGGAAGGCUCUGGGCUGGUGAUCAAAUCUUGGAGGUAUAACAUUGUGCAACGUACAAGCCAUCCUUACAUUGCAUACUUCUGAAAGUGGGAGUGGCGGCGGCGGGGGGCAAGGAGAAAGGCAGGAGUAGAGGGGGCCUAUAUGCUUCUGACAUCUGCCGUACAAUUGAAUCCCAGGUGAACGGAAUCGACCUAAGGAACGCAACGCACGACGAGGCCAUAAACGUUCUCAGACAGACGCCUCAGAAAGUCCGCCUCACUGUCUACAGAGACGAAGCCCAGUAUAAGGAAGAAGACAUGUAUGAUGUGCUCAGUAUAGAGCUACAGAAGAAGCCAGGCAAAGGCCUUGGAUUAAGUAUUGUUGGGAAGAGGUGGGUACAUGAGGAGAGCUUCUGGAAGUCUGUUUGGUCUUUGUGUGCAGUGCCGGAUUUACGUAUAUGUUAAACAAGCUAUAGCUUAGGACCCCACUCUCUUGGGGUCCCCAAAAUAAUUUAAAGGGGAAAAAACCUGGAUGUACAUUUCCAAAAUAUAAGAUAAAUAACAAAUAAAGUAAAACCUACAUACAGCAAAUCGAAUCCCCGCGGCGGGGUGAGCUCCCGUCGUUCGGUCCCAGCUCCUGCCCACCUAGCAGUUCGAAAGCACCCCUAAGUGCAAGUAGAUAAAUAGGGACCGCUUUAUAGCGGGAAGGUAAAUGGCGUUUCCGUGUGCUGUGCUGGUGCUGGCUCGCCAGAGCAGCUUCGUCACGCUGGCCACGUGACCCGGAAGUGUCUGCGGACAGCGCUGGCUCCCGGCCUCUUAAGUGAGAUGAGCGCACAACCCUAGAGUCGGACACGACUGGCCCGUACGGGCAGGGGUACCUUUAACUUUACCUUACAUACAGCAAAAGUGGUUUGUGCUGUGUAGGAUCCUAUUUGUUAUGUGCAAAGGGCUUUAGAUACCUAUUAGGUCCAUAAAUUACCAUAUAGCAUAUAUUCAACACAAAACAGCGACAAUUUGUUGUUUACAAAGGAGAGCAGGACAUUUAAAGAGCCCCAUUACCUUCAGUAGCUUAGGGCCUCAUCAAACCUAAAUCCGGCCCUGUUUGUGUGCAAGCUAAUGCGGAGACAACAUUGCUGAGAGAAGGUAAAAUAAGAAUCGCCUCCCUUAGCAUUUGAACCUAAUGCCUAAGGGAGGGAAUUCUUAUUUUACCUUCUCUCACUAAUGUUGUUAGUGAGUGCAACUUUGACCUGGGAGAUAUAGUUCAUUUUUCUUUCUUUCUUUCUUUCUUUCUUUCUUUCUUUCUUUCUUUCUUUCUUUCUUUCUGGAAAUGUGAAAUACCUUUAUUUAUUUAUUUGGAAAUGCAUUAUAUUAAGGUUUAUAGAGAAAAAUACAAAGCUUAAUAUCUCUCCCCCCCUUGCUUUUUUCAAACAAACCAAGCUCUAGAUACAAUAAAAACACAAAAGGCAGGGGGAGAAAUAGAGAAAGAAAAAUAAAUAAAUAAAUAGAAAGAGUAGGGAAGAGGUUAAAAGAGAAAGAUAGAAAAAUAAGAUUCAGAAAAUAAAGAACUUCUGAUUGUACAUCUGUCCACUAUAUAAAUGCAAUAUUCACUUUGUCUAAUCCAAGAUAAGACCCAACAAAGAUAUCGCUUCAACGCACCCCUCACCUCUUGCUUAGCCAUGCUGCAAGUCAGCUUCACUUCCUCAUUUGUACAACUAAAAUAAGAGCUGUCUACCCUUACUGCUUAGGGGUGAGGAAAUGUUGUCCCCUUUAGGACUGCAUCUGCUAUUAAGUCUCUAAGCUUCCUUGUUUGACUAGAUAGCAAACUUGCUCAGAAAAGGACAAGACAAAGAAGAUCCUUUUCUUCAGCACCCCACAAGAACGAAGAAGCUAUUGAUAGAUGCAUUACUCUUAAGUCUCUUAACACAAAUGUAACCACCGGAACAUAACAUUUUUACAUGCACCAAUCAGGUGAUCUGGAAAGAAGAAAAACAGCUGCCUUGGCAAAGCACUUUUAGACAGCCUCGCACUCCCUGGCUCAUACACACACACAUAAUUUUAUUUGCCCUUCCUCUAUUCAAACCAUCGGUUCAAACCAUCCUCAAUAAUCCCACUGCAAAAACCUCCAAACAACACCCUGGCCCUAGAGUCUGUUAAGCAGCUUCAGCUUUUGUAGUUGGAGUCAGUCAGAGCCAUACCCUCCUUCCCAGAUUGGAAAAGGCCUCCAAGGCAGGGAGCAGGUCUUCCAGAUGGUUCUUGUUUGAGCCACCAGUUCCAACAAUAAGGAUUUCAAAGCACAGCAUCACCUAAUGUCAUCGUGACAUCAGAUAAUUGACAGGUAAACAACCCUUUCUACCUGUCAGACUUGGCCUGCCAGGGAAUCUGGCCCACUAGUCCCCUCUGCUGACAUACACGAACCAUUCUUACUAAAUUCAGCAUGUUGUCAUUCUUAGUUUACACACUUUAUGACUGCAGAAAUAAAUUCAUAUUUGGCGUAAGGAGCAAUUGUGUCUACGGCAUUGUUACCUUGGUCUCCCUUAUUCACCAGGACAUCAUAUUCUGCUGUAAGAUCUGCAUAUGAGAAUCCAUCCUGUUAGGUUGUAUGUAUAUAUAAGAAAGUGCUGAAAUCUCAUGUUACCCACCAAAAUACUUGUUUGAUCAUUGCUUUUAAAAGCUCGUUCUUAACCAGGUAACUAUUUAAUGAAUACAUUCAUAAGUAAACCACCUUGGAAAUGUCUUCUUGAAGGGCAAUAUAUAAUGUUUUAAAUAAAGAAACCCAACAAAAUAUACUUCCAUUAUUUUGUUUACAGGAAUGACACUGGAGUGUUUGUGUCAGACAUUGUCAAAGGAGGCAUAGCAGAUCUGGAUGGGAGACUGAUGCAGGGAGACCAGAUAUUAAUGGUGAACGGGGAAGAUGUUCGAAAUGCUAACCAGGAAGCGGUGGCCGCUUUGUUAAAGGUAAUGGCAGAACGAUAGAGAAAAACAUAACUGCAUAAAUGGAUACUAGGUCCUCUCUUUUUCCAAAACGAGAAUCGCAAACGGGAAUAGUGCUGUUGCACUCCCAUCUGGCUUGCGGACUUCCCAUAGGUAUCUGAUGGGCCUCUUGCCUGAUGUAACAGGGACUUCCUCGUAAUUCUAGGGACAAGUCUUGUGCAGGGGGGGUUGGUGAGGAGAGGUUGCCACUGUGCACAAGGGCCUCCUGGCAGUGGAGUUGCUGCUACUUCUUGGAAGAGAGGGUGAUGGGAAGGUUGGCACUACAACUGCACAUUGGUAGGAGGGUAUCCUUUAAGUGUGAAUGACUCUGCUGCUGGGAGGCCACCCCUACUGAUCAUUCCCGGUCUCUUCUGGUAUUUUCUUAAGGGAUGCUAAGGUUGGCAUUUUUUAACGUUCCAUAUUUGUAAAGCAAAUGAAAGGCAGUUCCUUUUAGGUACGUUUGCACACCCACCCACCCCGCUUUCAUUGUUGCAUUCAGCACAUACAGAACCAACAGACUGGGGAUUAAAAGAUAUUCACUUGUUCCGGGGGAUUAAAAUAUGCUGCUACUUCUGAUUUAGCACUGCAGUGCACGGCCAGCAGUGGAAACAAAAGCUACUGUUUCUAAAUGAAGUUCCUUUAUCGUUCCUACUUGUCAAAGUCAGGAUUAUACGUUGUGCUUUGAAGCAACUUGCAAGCAUCAUGUUGCUGUGGCUUUUUCAUAGAUAGGGAUGAAAAGAGGGGGGGGAGCAUUAGCGCUGCGUUAUGUGAUACUCUGGGCAGAAAAGAAAUGCUAGCUAGAUGUUAGAAGGGCUAGGUUUAGCCACUUAACGUUGGGGUCACUGAAGACAUCAAUAGUGGAUGUCCUUGCUGAGGGUUAAAGUAGGGACUAAUGCAAAUUUCUGUUGGACUUGGAAUGUACAGAAGCAAAGCCUGGAAUGGCUGAAGGUGGUUUUGCUUGGUUUUCCAAAACAGGUUUCGGGUCGCAUUCCUUAUUUGGUGAAUACGUCUUCAUUCUCUGUGUAUUUUGGAAUUGAUUCUUCUCACAUGCCAUUCGAUGUUGCAGUUAGAGAAGAGCUUCUCCCACUUAAAGCACUCAAAGUAUAAUUUUGUUACCUUGGUUGUCCAAACAGCAAUUUGUUAAUGGGCAUAGCUGGCUGUGAAAUACAGCUGAUGUACCAUCCUUAUUAUGCCAUUGCUUCUGUAGGGACCUCCCUCUAUGUCCUUGUUGAACCAACUGGCAGGCAUGGACAAUGUGCAAUCUACAUGCUCCUUUGUGAUUUCAGACAAGGUUCAUGCAAUUUUCUCAGCACGGGUGUAAUCACACAAUGGACAACACUUACAGAAGGUUCAGCUAAGACUUGUGUGAAAUGGCCCUUGAUCUUCCUUUAACUAAGAUAUGCCUUUACAUCAUUAUACUCUGGGUUAAGGAAUCUGUGUCUUACAAAUAAUGCCUGCUCUCUAGUGCUCAUUAGGUACAGUCAGACUAGAAGUUGGAAGAAUAAAGGCAGGCCCAUUCCAUUCGGAGAGGAGAACGUCUCAGAGCAGCCAGGUUUGUAAUUGCUUGCAUUGGCUUCAUUUGGAACCAUCACAAGCAUUGUUAAAAUUAUAUAAGCAAAUAAAAGGGAAUUGAUUUCGCAGUGGCAGUGAUUUUUCUGUAGAGGCUGAACAGAGAUGAAUAAACUCCAAGCCAAGUACAUAAAAGGCAGUUUUAUGUACCCAUAGCCAUAUUGGGUUUAUUCUAGCUUUUUUUUUAAACAGCUUAGAUCCUCAAAGCUGCUGUGUAGCACAGCCCUGUUCCCAAUGCUGUGUAAGGCAAGACACAUCUACAAAUGUACUGAAAACUAAGUUGGGAUUUAACUGUAUGAUUUUUGCUGUCACAACUAAACAUUUGGGGUAUGAUCUAGUCCCCCUCCCCUCCUUUCUGUCUCCUCCCAUGUACUAUGUUGUGCCUGAAGGGAUGUUCUGGUGCUAACCCCUCUUCUCACUGUUAGCAGCUGUACUGCAUCUGUAGGAGGGCUGUGCAUGCCUGAUUGGUUGCUCUGCACAGGGAACAGAAUUGACCGUUGUCUUUCUCUCUGAGUAACUUGGUUACAUCUCCAUUCAAGAUAGCUGCUGAGAAGUCUGAUUUAGCAGGGAAAGAGAGUAUAAUAUCUCACAUAUCUGGAGGGUUCUUUCACUCCAGAAAAGUGCUUCCUUCUACCGGUACACAGUAUUUUUACGCCAAACAAGAUACUCUGCCAAGCGCUUGCUCUGACUGCUCUAAUAUGCUGCAAACUAUUAAGUUUGCCAUUCAUACUUGUACUUUCACUCCCAUAGGGGGGACCAUGUCCUUGAGCACAACUGGCAGACAUGGUCCAAGUAAAAUAUUACUUACGAAAUAUGAGACAGUAGUUAUACUUGGAUGAUAAAAUAUCAGCUUAGUGAGCCAAGUUAUGAACAAGCUACAUGCAGCCACUUUGCUCCUUCCUCUGCAAGAAAGCCAGGAAACAAGUUAGCUAUAGUUUCCUGUUGCAUCCUAACUAGGAAACUGUGGUUAAUGGCUUCCAAAGAAAUUAGGAUAUUAAACAAACUUUAAACCUUGGUUUCAUAUCCUGGGUUGUAUGAAGAGAGGAGUGACCUAGCUGAGUGUGGUUGCACGAAGCUUGUUGGUAUUUUGGAUUAUUAAGCUGGACAUCUGAACAUGCCAUUGUUGAUGUAGAAAGAAAACUGGACUUACGGGCUUCUAGUAAUUCUCAGUGGUGUAACUCUUUAAGGUCAGCGAGGGAAGCAGCAGCCUGUCAUCAUUCAGUUUCCCAGGUUCGGGAUCCAACCCACCAGAAAGUUAUGAAAGUACUCUGAAGAAGAAUUCCUGUAAGUUUCAGCUGCUGCUGUUCAAAUUCUGUAACUAAUAUCUUCUCAGUUAUUUCUGUGCUGUUAGAUACAUGCUGUUCUCCCAGCAAUCACAUGACAUUUUGUGCUUUCAUGCUCACGUGUAUUGGUCAUGUUCCAAAAUUUAAAAAAUAUUUGUGUGUCGGCAGUCACACAUCAAUUGGAUGCUUCUAAAAUGGUCGUUGGCUGUGUGCAGGAAAUGUCGAGCUAUGACUUGCCAUUGGAUCCCUUAAUUGAGCUUGUGUCUGUGAAAUCCAGUAGUUCCAAUGGAAGAAUAAGGAAUUAUUACUCACCUUUUAAUAACAGUAGGAAUUUCCAUUAGAAGGCAGAACUUGAAAAAUAAAGAUAAUCCAUUUAUAUCAGAUUAUUUCCUAAGAAUGUGGGAUAAUUUAUAUAUAAGAUAAAAUUAACAAAUUUGGCCAGUCAGAGAAGGUAGACAAAAAGAAAACCGAUUGAUUGAGAAAUGGGGCAUUUUCAUACUGCAUUGGAAUUUGAAAGUAUGGGAUUCUAUAAAGUGGUACCUCGGGUUAAGUACUUAAUUCGUUCCAGAGGUCCGUUCUUAACCUGAAACUGUUCUUAACCUGAAGCACCACUUUAGCUAAUGGGGCCUCCUGCUGCCGCCAUGCCACCGGAGCACGAUUUCUGUUCUCAUCCUGAAGCAAAGUUCUUAACCUGAGGUACUAUUUCUGGGUUAGCAGAGUCUGUAACCUGAAGCAUAUGUAACCCAAGGUACCAUUGUAUAUCCAUAUGCAUUACUGUGCGUAAUUUAGUAAUCCUCAGUAUUGUUUCGGUGGUAUUUCUUUCCUUCUAUUUAUUGUGCCUCCGUACAAUUCAGAUAACAGUUGAUAUUUCAUUAUUGUAUGAAAAUAUAACAAAUUAUCUUAUCAAUUGAAAGUAUACAUAUAAAAAGAUUUUGUGCACUGGGGAUGAAAGCGAUAUUCAUGACGAACCUCAGUGACUUCAGAAAUAAGCAAAACAAAACUCUCUUCUUGUUUAUUGGCCAUUGAUUACAAUUUCCCUCUAGGAAUGAAAUGUUUAAGCCAGGGAUGAUGGGCAGAUUUUGAUCUACUUUGUUUUUGACUAGAACUACCAGAUAUAUCAACCAGAGACUGUGGUUAAAUUUUUUGGGCUCCCCCAAGAGAGUGGGGCCCUAAGCUAUAGCUUGUUUAGCUUAUAUGUAAAUCCAGUACUGAGUAGAUCCCAAUCUUUCUUAUGCCCACCCUAAUUGAAACAUUCAAGAACCAGCUUUUCUUGUGGCAGUAUUCAACAGUAUGGGAGUACUGCCACCUCUUUUUCUGUUGCCGGGGCAGCCAUUUUUUUGCUGGUACCCACAACACUUUUAUCAAGAUACAAGUAGCAGCACUUCAUUUUUUAUUUUUAUUUUACCAAAAAAGGCACUGGUUAUUUCUGUGGGGAAAAAUCAAGCAAGUUCCCCAUUGCCUCUGAUGAAGCACAUAACCCUGACUUUCCAGCAGCAACUUAAUGACCAUGAAGGAAAGAGGGAGAUGUGCUUAAAGAAAAAUUUAUCAUUUUUGUUUGCUUUUAAGUAAACAAGCAAACCUAGAGACUAGCGCUACCAGGUUCCUUAAAUUGCUUUGAAAACAAUGUAAGCUUUAACAGUGAUAAAAAAAAAUGUUCUGGAGUGCAUGGAAAAUAAUGUUUCAAAGUGGAAAACACCAGUGAUAACAGUGCUGUUUCCCUUUUUAACAGUAGCAUCUGAAAUACAAGGAUUAAGAACAGUCGAAAUAAAAAAGGUAAGUAGAACCUAGAAGCUGGUAUAAAAUUAAGGAGAAUUUAUUACUAACUUGAAUAGAUGCAGGAUUGCAUCAUGCAUCAAUUUGGCUAUUCUGCUUAAUGGAAGAUUUCGACUGCAUUAUAUUUUAUUAGUUUUGUUUUUUUUUAUCAAUAGACCUCUCACACAUAUUUUGAAGUUACAUAACACAAAUUCCCAUUAUUUAUCCAAGGAAAGAAAGUUAGGUUUGGAGAUUUGAAAAUUGCUUCUCUGCCUGAUUUUUGGGUGAACCUAUCAGUAGUCUUAUUUACUUGGGAAUUGCAGAAUCUGAAUCUUCAGAAUGUUUUGUAUCUCUUCCUUUUACAAACAUACCACCAUUUGCAUUAUGAAUUUAUAUUGUGCUUUUGGUUGGAAACCAGAGAGCUCCUGCUGGCAUUCUGAAAAGCUAAGGCAUGCCCAGUGGGCAGGUUGGUUUUGUUGCUUUCCUACUUUAAAAUAAUCCCAUAUUACUAGCUGCCUUUGUAAGCACCUUCUGUUCCAGAAACAAUUUGCCACAUGGCAUGGAGAUGGACGUGUUGUGGAAGAAGCACAAGCCCAAAUCUCCCUUGAUCAUGCACAUCUAUUUACAAAGCUGUUCCUUAUCCUCAUCUUUGUCAGGAAUCUUCAGAUCAUUUCAAAACACAAACACUGAGCUUCAUAACAGGAAUAGAAUAAAGUAGGUGCAAGAGCUGUGUUCAAAUUCCACUUCCUGCGAUGAACUUUUAAAUAAAGGUUUUAAACUGCACAAAACAGCAAGGGGAAUAAAACUGGACAAGCGAUGCUCUCCAGUGUGGAAACUUUAACUGACAAGAAUGCUUGCUUUGCAAUGCAGUUGCUAUGAAACAUGCAGGAAGACGCAGCUGCUCAGAUAAUGUGGCCCCACGCCAUCUGGGCCUUGAGAUGCUGAUGUUAAAAUCCUUGAGCUGAACACAAUGGCUAAUAAAGCAUCAAGUUGAGCUCCUACAGAAGAUGUGGGAUACAGUUGCAGCAGCGAAAAUUCCUCACAGAAAACAAGCCUAUUAGACUGUGCAAAGUUGCAGCCAUUAAAUACUUAAUGCUAAAGGCAGCAUUAAACAAAGUGCAAGAUUCACAGAUUGCCAUGCUAUUCCCCCUCAGCAGGCUCAGAGAUUUGACGUUAUACGCGCAAAGAAGCACUAGAGGGAGCUUGGCUUUCUUUAUAUAGCUGUUUCAUUUUUACUUCCACAUUUUAAAAAAACCCACUGGUAUUGCAGAUAACGGUGUACUGAUAAAUGUGGGUAUGUUUGUUUAUACAGUGGUACCUCUGGUUGAGAACUUAAUUUGUUCUGGAGGUCCGUUCUUAACCUGAAACUGUUCUUAACCUGAGGUACCACUUUAGCUAAUGGGGCCUCCCGCUGCCGCCGCACCGCUGGCAUGCAAUUUCUGUUCCCAUUCUGAGGUAAAGUUCUUAACCUGAAGUACUAUUUCUGGGUUAGCAGAGUCUGUAACCUGAAGCAUCUGUAACCUGAAGCGUCUGUAACCCGAGAUACCACUGUACAGUAGACUAGGGUUCAUUGGAUUGGUUACAAAGAAUUAGGGCAGUAGGAAUAGAACAAAGGUAACAAUGAGAUGCUAACUUGGCUGAAUCAAGCCAAUUUAAAGUGUUGGUGCUGAUCUGUAUACCUUAAGAGCGUCUCCACGCCCAUCGUUCAGCCCAGACACUGAGGUCCAGCUCCGAGGGCCUUUUGGCGGUUCCCCCACUGCGUUAAGUGGACUUACAGGGAAUCUCGAUAGUGGCGCCCACCCUGUGGGUCACCCUCCUGUCAGAUGUCAAGGAAAUAAACAACUACCUGCCUUUUAGAAGACAUCUGAAGGCAGCCUUGUAUAGGGGAGUUUUUAAUCUGUUAUCAAGAUAACCAGGUGACAGCAAAAACUGCAAAAAAAGUAGGGACAAUUAAGAUAUAUUAUUUGAUCAACUUUCUAACAUUGCUCAGGUCUUUUUUAAUCAAAAGAAAGCCUGUUGCUUCACAUGUCUUAACUGUGGUUAAAAGAUUAUGUAUCAGUCCUGUCAUUUGUAUUGAUGAUACGUCUAGAACGUAUUUCAUAUCUAAGCAUUUAGCCUUAUCCUCAGUAUAUUGUAUUUUAUUUUAUUGCUAUGGCUAGUGGCUGAUGCAAAUAAAGUUUCUAUGUCUUAUGUCAAGCUGUUUGAAGCAGCCCAGAGUAGUUGGGGCAACCCAGUCAGAUGGACAGAAUAAUGAUAAUAAUAAUAAUAAUAAUAAUAAUAAUAAUAAUAAUAAUGUGGAAGUUUAGAUGGGAAGCCUUUGGCUGUAGAUGGGGAUGAAGGGAGUUGUAGCUCUGAUUUUAGAACUUGCACAAAACGAUUCGAGUGUUGAAUAAUAGCAGCUUUUCUUUUGUUGUUGUUGACUUUGUGUUACAGGGCCCUUCAGAUUCCUUGGGAGUUAGUAUUGCUGGUGGCGUCGGAAGCCCUCUUGGAGACGUUCCGAUUUUUAUAGCCAUGAUGCAUCCUAAUGGAGUUGCAGCUCAAACUCAGAAAUUGAGGGUAAGAAAAGAGUAAAACAAAACCUUGAAAAUGAAAUGUUCUAACUUCAAGAUAACAACUUCAGUUGUUGCUUUUCACCCUCCAAUAGGUGUCUUGGGGGGGGGGUUGUCUAGCAAAUGGUGUGGCAAAUUCCAGAAAGGCUGUAGACUCACUUCAAAGGAAGAAGGCAGGGUCUUUUCGUUUCUUGGCCCAUUCCCACAUUGAAACUACAUCAGUUGCAGAGCACAUUGAACAUCUCAGAAAGGAUGGUGUCGAAUGCAGAAACCUGUGAACCCCUCCCACUUGGUUGGCUCAGAAAUCUUAAGACACUGCAUGGAUGGAUGAAAAUUUCAAGCAGGGGUGCUUGAUGGUGCAAGCAGAAUAAAGGUGGAUCCACCUCAGGUUGACUCCCCAACUUGAUUCCGCCACACCCUCACAAGCAGGCUCCCCAACUCAAUUUUGUUUACGCACACCAGCUGCUAGUAUGUCAUUUGUUUUCACAAGCACGGUUUUGACGGGCCGCAUUCAGGGAAGUUGCUAGAGAAGGACUUUUGCCUCAGAAGUCUUUUGCAUGGAUGGGCAUUUGUGCCGAAGCAGCAGUUUUUCAUGGUGCAUACACUGAAAUAGGCUCCCAAGGGAGGGAAGCACCUGUGGAUGUAGUCUGUGAACCCACAAACACCUGGCUUGUGGCCAGAUCUUACGUUAUACAUAUAUAUAUAUAUAUAUAUAUAUAUAUAUAUAUAUAUAUAUGAUUUUCAAAAAUAAAGAAAAAAGAAAAUAAACAUACAUCCAAAGAUCAUACAGAAUCCACAUAUCGAGAUUACUCUGAAUCGCCUGACUUCCCCCCCAUCCCAUCCAUGGGUCCUCUUAAUUCUGUUUUCAACUGAAUAUCAAUACUUCUCCAUAUUUUUCAUCUUCCUAAGUUAUCUGUACUUUCUGUUAUAUUACAAGUUGUAUUUAGAACCCUGCUCAUGUUUUGACCUGUCUGCAAUGAUUUUGCAUAUGCAUUAUAAACAUUUCCCAUUCUUUUUUAAAAUAUCUUGUCCUCUUGGUUCCUGAGCUUCCCAGUCAAUUUUGCCAUUUUGGCAUAGUCCAUCAACUUGAUUUGCUAUUCUUCUUUGGUUGGGGUUGUCUCUUCCUUCCAUCUCUGGCUGAGCAGCAUCCGAGUGGCCGUUGUAGCAUACAUGAACAAUUUCCUCUGGUCUUUUGGGAUCUCGGUACCUAUAAUUCCUAGUAAAAAAGCUUCUGUUUUUUUUAACAAAGGCUAUUUUAAACAUUUUCCCCCAUUUCAUUAUAUAACAUUUCCCUUAUAUAUUUUUUAUUACAUUACUAUUCCACCACAUGUUAUACUCUUCAUGAGCAACCUUUUUAAAGACCAUCUUCCUUGCCUGCUUAUAAUUCCGGAGGCAGGAGCAAGUUCUCAUUUUUUUUGCUGUUAUUCCUGCAAUCAGCAAAGGCUGAAAAACCCUUGAAAUAUACACUUGUCCCUUGCCGUCUUCAAAGCCCUCACAAUACAAUGAAGCUCCCUCACCUUCACAAAGGGAAGAAGGGAAUCACUACCGUGAAUUUUUCCAUCUGUCUUUGCAAUGGACAGGAGAAGCUGAGCACAAAAUAAACCACCACCUGAGCAAUACCGUAUUUUUAAUGGUACAGACAUAAAGUGCUUUCCCGAGCUGCAGUUCUGUGGCAAGCAGCUGGCAAUGCAGAAUGUGUAUCUGUGGUGAUCUGUACUACAUACUUAGGGAAGCAGUUUCAAACUUGCCUUGAAAUGGGAAGGGGGUUGUUAAAAGUCUUCCUUGCCCAGUGACUUUCAAGAGGCCAACUUGAUAUCAUUGACAUCUGACUUCUCUCCCCCCUCCCUCUUUUAUAUUCCAGGUAGGGGAUAGGAUUGUUAGCAUCUGUGGAACACCAACCGAAGGAAUGACUCAUUCUCAGGCUGUCAGCUUGUUAAAAAAUGCUUCUGGCACUAUUGAAAUACAGGUAAAAAAAACACACAACAGAGACAAAAAUAAAGAUUGCCCGCAGAGCUAUUCAGAACAUUUAUUCAAACUUUGUUUUCAAGGACAGAAAUUAUAGCCUUUGAGGGUCUGAGGAGAAUUUAGCUUCCAGUGGCUGUAAUUUAAUAUAUUUUGUCCAUGGAAUGGUUUAUCCAUUUUGAUGAACGGUUAGUAGCCACAAUGUUUCAUUGUUGUCGUUUUUCACACGGUUUGUAAUCAACGUGUUUCCUGAAACAGCUUUGGGCUGCAAUUAUAGGCAAUGGUAUGCAUAGGGGAGAACUGGAAGCAUAACUGAAGGUGUUUAGCAGCUGAUCGCAUGGAUGAACAGGCAAGCGAUUCCCUGUUAAAGGGAAUAGCUUUUUACCCAGUCCACUGUGCGAACUUCUGUUUGCCUAGUCCACUGUGUGGCUGGUAGCAGGAGGAGGGGGAUCUAAACAGCUUUCAAAGCACAAAUAUUACUUUCUGAACCAUGGGAGCCCAGGUAGUUUCAUUAUGUCACACAUGCAAGCCAUAAUUGGAUUUUCACGGGCAUUCAAGAUAUCAGAUGGUCCAAAAGCCAUGGGUACACUUGGAAACUUGUCAGUUCUUUCCAAAUUCAGGCCUGUUUGCUUUAGGACAUUUCCACAUUAAUGUCUCGGUGUGUAUAGGUGUGAGCCUGCUGUGGUUAGAUGUGCAACCUCUAAGCAUCAGGCUCAGUGGAGAUUCAUUAUUCCUCUUUGCAGCCACAGAAGCUGCGCACAGCCCUAAUAACUUAACCUUUGUGGCAGUUGCAAAGUUGCCUCCCAGCACUAUUCUGGAAAAGUGUUUCGAACUUUAAAAAAACACCUGAUCGGUAAAAAACGGGAGAGGGCACUGAAGAAAUGUUAAACUUGCAAAGCACUUGAAUAAAUUUAACCUGUCUGAAGCAUGCGGGUGGGACCAAAUAGGAAAUGAAAAUCAUGUUGGUAAGAGAAAAAGCCAAGCUAGCUCCGAAGGAAAACACACAAACUGACCCUCAUGUUUUUAGGUAGUGUAUCUGUGAGCCUUAACAGAGCAGUUGCUCUCAAAGUUCUGAGUGGAACCACAGGUGCAAAUCUGUCUCUGAAACAAGCAUGUAUGAAUUAAAGAAAACAAUCAGAAGCAUUUGGCGAAGUGUCUGUGGCAUCAAACACUAUACAAAUCUUGGGGUGCAUUUGGUAAAAAAACAAUGGAGGACACAGAAACAUUCAGUUGAUGUUGCCCCAUCAGUUUUAGUCCAUUUCCUGCUACAAAACCUUGCGCAUUCUCACAAGAGCAACCCUGUCUGUAUCCAAAGCAAGGCACCAUUUGUCUGGCUUGGGAACCAGAAACAGUAAUGCUGCUAUUGUGUUUGUAAAUCACCUAGGAAGUGCUUCAUAUUUCCACCUGCGUCUUAAAAGUGUCCUUGCAAGCACAUACAAAAGCCUCAGAUCCUGAUCAACACCUGAAGUGGAGACUUGCACGCUUCUCCCAGUGACGUACACAAGCUCCUUGGGCUUCUCCCUCUGAGGAACAUGCACAGGUCAAUCCUUUGGAUUUUGCAGGGAGGAGAAACAAGCGCAACUCUCCCACCGAUUCUGACAUCCUCCACUCUCUUGCCUGCCCAUAACAACUGUGGGGCUUCUCUGCAUGCAGUUUUCAUGUGAUAAUCUGUGUACUCGUUUCAUUUAUAUUUAAACUGAACCUGCAGGUUGUAGCUGGUGGAGAUGUCAGUGUCAUAACCAGCCAGCAGCAAGAUCCACCAACAUCUAGCCUUUCGUUUGCCGGCCUAACAACAAACAGCAUCUUUCAAGAUGAUUUGGGGUGAGUGGCUAUGCUGAAACUGGUAUCUUAACGGGGGGCGGGGGGGAAUGGUCCCAUACAUUGGCAUAUGUUCCCGUGACCAACCAGUCACCUCUUCAUGUGACCUUUGGAGCAAAAAGUUCUGCCCAUCCCUGAUUCAGAGUGGCUGUUGCUGAACUUCACCUUUCUGACUCUUGCCUUACAGACCUCCACAGUAUAAAACCAUCACUCUGGAUCGGGGACCCGAUGGCUUGGGCUUCAGCAUUGUAGGCGGGUAUGGAAGUCCUCAUGGAGAUCUGCCCAUUUAUGUUAAGACUGUGUUUGCAAAGGUAUGCGCCAAGAUCAAAUUUUUGUUUUAAUUAAGUUGUUACUGAAGAUUUUCUUGCGUUACCAAACAAACAAGGAGAAGUACAUAUAGCGUCUCCACUUUCAAUUCAUAUAGGUUUUUUCACAGCUCGUUCACAUUUGGUAUGAGUGUCAUAGGCAUCUUGCGAUUGGGAGGAAAGAAAGGGGGAAGAAAGAGAGAAGGAGGGAGAUGGGGGGGUUGUCAUUUCGUUCUAUUGCAUAGUGUUAGUGCAGGGCAGGCAUGUCCGACCGGUCGAUCAUGAUCUACUGGUCGAUCAGGUGAUCCUGGUUGAUCAUGAUGCACCCCGCCCUCGUUGCUAUUUCCUCUCGCUGCCACCGGUGCUUUUGUGAAUGCCUUAAUUCCCUGCAUUUGCAGGCAGAGUGUGUGAAGGAGUUAGAGCUGUGGACUGUAGGGUGAGUGAUUUUAUGCAACUCACUCCCCCUAAAAAUAGCUCAACAACUAUGGGCAAUGACAAUGGGUAAAUCACCCCCUGUUUUAUUAAACUGGGAGUAGAUCACAGUCUCUAUAGAGUUGGACGUGCCUGGUGUAGAGAUAGGUCAUUGUCUUUUUGUGCUGUGUAUAAAGGGGAACCACACCUGGGUGAAGGUGUCCUCCUUUGCUUGUCCCCGUGCUAGUUUAAAUUUAUGACUCCCACUACUUGGAAUUAACAUUUCAAACAGUGGCAUAGCGUGGGGGGUGCAGGGGGGCCAGCCGCACCGGGCGCAACAUCUGGGGGUUAGGGUUAGGGGGCGCAAAUCCACGGGUUAAGGGGCGCAAUUCCAUGGGUUAGGGGGCGCAAAUUACUUGCCUUGCCCCGGGUGCUGACAACCCACGCUACGCCACUGAUUUCAAAUACAGAAAUACAGUUUGUAUUUCAAUUUAUAUCUUUUCUAAUUUACUUGUGGGGCAAAAACUAUCUCCCCAACUUUUGUGUGUGUUGUUGUUGUUUUAAUUGCUGUAUAAACUUGCUGCAGUAAGCUGCAGGCACAAUCCAGUACUUGGCUGCUUUUCAAUUUCAGGGUGCCGCAGCAGAAGAUGGGCGCCUGAAGAGAGGGGAUCAGAUCAUUGCCGUCAAUGGGCAGAGCUUGGAAGGGAUCACACACGAAGAAGCGGUGGCUAUUCUGAAAAGGACGAAAGGAACAGUGACCCUGACUGUUCUCUCUUGA